AGUACGUGAACACGACGACGUGCGUGACGUAGCGUUGUAGGCUUCGCCUGUUUCCUCAACCAAACAUUCAACUGAUAAUUGUGUGAUAAAACUGGAAGUCAGCCGGUCGACGAGGGGCUACUUUACCGAGAAAAAGCCCACGGACCCUGUUCCCCUCGUCGUUACAAACACAUUCAGUCGUCUGUGCACCGAGACCGGUCCCAUUUAGGAGGAAGACGGCGAAAAUCCCACUUUUAAACCCAAGCAAAGGCUGCUUUUUAUUUUGCUCUGGCUGUCGAAAGGCGGGGAAUACAAAGCGACGUGUAGCCAAAUCCGGUGAAUUUUGGACUCAUUGAAGCAAAAACGGGAUUACUACAAAGCCAGUUCGUGCUGCAGAGACUGGUCAGCGAUAGUACAUGGAUUAUCUGGUGAGUAAAUGAGCCGAAAUGCUGUUUAACAGCGUAUUUCAACCAAAGAAUGCUCCCAACGUUUGGUUUUUGUCGGUUGGACUUCUAAUUAGUGCUCAAUUUCAACCAGGUGUGUGAUAAUUAACACUUAGCUAGUUUUCAGUACUAGUGUGUCAGCUCUAGCCUUUAGCAUUUUGCCUAUCAGUGUUGUGUGAACAAGGUCUAACUGGUUGACCCAGAACCCUAUCUGUUUACAUGUGAAACAACUAGCCAACUAGCUACACUGUGGAAACACUGCCAGCUAAGUUAUGUGACAGUGUUAGUCCACAAAACCCACUGUGGUAUCUCUGGGUAAAGCUGCACUGUUAGCUGGUUAAGCUGUGUGGGAGUGAGAUAAUGCUCAUAGUUUUUAUGAAUGUAUCAGUAACUGUGACAAGAAGGAAAUAUAACUGUCCAGGCACUGUCUGUGUCAGCUUUAGCCCAGGAGAUUAUGGCUUUUGGGCCUUUGCCCACAUUGUAGGGACGGGAUGGGUGCUGUUGAAAAAGUGUAACAAUAGAGAGGAAGCUGUAACUAUAAGCCAUCCCUGGGAAUUUAUAAAGCCAGAGGGGAAAAAAAAGAAACUAGUUCACAGACACUGUACUGUCACCUCACAGGAGGGGACAUAGUGACAGCGUGAAAUGCAGAGGAACUUGCCCACCCAGUGUUAUCAGCUUGUUUAUAGUGGGCCUCCCAAGAUGUGAGACCUAACAGGAACUUUGAACUUUGGCUUCACUGGGACAUUUCUUGAAUCAGACUAACAAAGUCCUUUUCCUGUGACUGGCACCACAACAGUUGCACUAUAGUCAAAUAAACUGAUAUGGGUUUAGAUAGUCUGUGGCUUCCUGCCUCGGAGUGAGAAAUUUAAUGUGGAACAAAAUAAGGAACAAAGUGGUGCAUUCAUAGAGAACAUGUGUAAUAGUGCAAUACCAGUCAGUGUUUAUAAGCAUUUGUUGGUUUAGAAGUAAAAGGCAUUGUUGUUUAAAGGAGCAAACUUGUGAUAUGAGAUGAUACAAAAACAGCUUGCUCUCUCAGCUCUUUUCUCUCACUCAGUAAGCAACAUUCACACAGUUUUUGUGUUUUGCUCAGUUUUGACUAUGUUUAGUCUUGGCCUGCACUCUGGGUUAACAAAAAAAAGAUAAAAUAAACUCCAUACAUAACUUUCUGUGACAAAUAGCUUUCUGUGGAAAGCACAGCUGUAACUCUGCAGACUGCUGGAGCUCAGUGCUUUGCUGUCCUCUGAGGUCAUGUGCGCAACAGGCACCAGGCCCCCUAACAUGCUGUGAAACACCAGAGACCUGGCACAAAACGCAGGCCAAAACUCUGUCUCUCUUUUCCAUAUAAAUCAAUAAGACCUUGUCACAUUACUUGUUCUUGGUUUUUCUCCCGUUCUUGCUGCUUGGGUAUGCUUGAAAUCAGGUCAGGGCUAAAGAGCCAAAUUAGUAUUUGGGAUAAACAGAAAUGAGAGCAUAUAAUUAUUGCACACUGCUUGGUAAUAACUGUGGUUUGAAUUAUGACUGCCUGGCCUAUGGUGGAGGACUGUGUGCCAGAGCAGUCAGCACAGCGUUAAAAACGCCACUCAGAACUGCUGCACUGAUAGAGGACUUUGGGGUUAGCGCUGUCCACAAAACAAUCUUUCUGGGUUAAAAGGGCUCUGUUUUCUGAACCUGUACCUCUUUCUUUCUUAAAAUACAUCUACUCUAUAAACAGAUGACAGCUGUUUGUAUGUGUUAAAAUGAUAUUUAGGUUUGCAGGUAUGGAGCAACAACUAUAGUUUAUUUCAAUUUAGAUUAUGUCAAUAAUUCAGAGACAACAGCUAGCAGCCGUUGACUGUGAAAAGUGUAGUACUGGUGGGUGUGGCACAUAACGGAGUAAAGUCUCCUUUUCUAAUGCCACACCUCCACUUGUGUGGCUUUGUAAAAAAGAAGGAAGAAAAACACAGAGCAUUGGAGUGAUAUUCUAUGACUUUGUGAAGUGUAAAGGUUAAUUUUUCACACAACACUAACUUGCAUUUUUGUCACUUAUCAUAUCUUAACAUUAGGCUGUGAAUUGUGCCAAGUUUUAUUUUAGAAUAAUGUCAAAACAUUAACCUACUUGCAUGUGAUGACAAGUUUUAAGCUGUGAUUGUGACAGGGGAAACAGUCUGACAGGUAAGAGCUUUUCCACUCAAGCCAAAACAUGCCAAGCCUGUACCUGGCAAUAGCAUUUUUGUGCUGGUCAUUUCAUGAUUGUCAUCGAUAGAGCUGAUGUGCUGCUGACAUUAAAGCAACUACACCCACACAAUACCUCUGCAAAGAAAAGAAGAAAAAAACAUUAGCUACACAGGGAUCAACUAAGACAGCAAUUAUCCAGCUGUCAUCACUAUUAAUAGUUUUGUCAGGCUUAAAAGGUUGGCUUAACACCUGUUUUAGUGCCUUACCCUGACAGUCUGACACCUGUCUAUCCGUAUGUCUUCUUUCUUGUAUGUAGGAAUGGUUCAAAUGGGGGAUAUACACAAAAUUAUUUAAAAAAAAUGAAACAUCAUUUAACAACUAUAAUUUUAUAAGUUGGAUCUCAGCUAAUGUUUUCUAUCUUUGAGCUGAAAUCAUUUUAAUACUCGGUUUGAUUAAACUACUAUUUGGCAAGAGGAGAUGAUUUCAGAUUUUUAUUUAACCUUCAUUUAAUGUGUCAAUAGUGUCUCUACCAAAAUAGACAGCAGCAGCACAGUUUACAAAGUUCCAAAGCAAAAAUUUAAAAUAUAUGACACAGGAGAAUUAUUGUUAUUUGUUUCUGAGGGAAAUCUAUUUAGGAUGAUGUUUAUUGUAUUAAAUGUUAGAGUGAUUUUUUUUUUUAAAUACUCUUUUUUUUUAAUUUUUGGUCUUCCUUCAGAGGCAGACAGUACAGAGACAGGCAGGAAAUGAGGGGAAGAGAAAGGCCUGGCAUGUAUCAAAGGUCCCCAGUUUGAAUCAAGCUGAGAUGCUGCUGUUCUGUUGUACAUCCAUCGACUCUUUGCAGAUCUUAAGAGUUCCUAUUGCUAAUACAGCCUGCAACACGAUCUCGCCUAAUGAGAAGAAAUGGUCCUAGUAGAGGCUUGCAUGUGUUUUCAGCUGACUAACUGCACCGAGCAGAGCAGAUCUCCCUUCCAAGGGCACACAGCAGGCUGUAGCACUUUGAAUUCUCACCAUUGAGCAGAGAGGAAGGAGAGCUGAUGGGAAGUUCUUGGCAGCAUCUGAAUACAGCUUAUUAGCCUAUGUGGGAUACUAGGCUGGUAUACAUUUCCUCUCAGUGUUGUCCCCCAUCUGACCGUGCUCCACACCUCACUGGUGCCGGACAAGGUCUCCAAACAAAAACGACCUAUUGUAUGAACGUAAUCAACAGUCCCACAAAACAAUGUGUGUUCUUUUUAUAUGCCAAAGAGUCUGAGGCUAAUCAUUGACUCUAUCCGUUGGCAGGUCAGGUUUACUCAGGUUUCAGCUUGAAUGGGUUUGAUUUGAUAUUAACUUGAAGUUUGGUACGCUGGUAACAGUUUCUUAAGCUUUCCCUCAGCCUCCAGCAGUUCAGCGCAAUACCAUUCUGAGCACUGCAUUCCUGAACCUAAGUCCCUGAUUUUAACCUGCUAGCAGAAUGUCAGCUAUGUUUUUGUCUGCAAGCUGGCUCAUUGCAGUGAUUCCCCGAUGUCUGUGGAGAGUGCUAGUGAGUCAGCAUCUUAGGCUGGAGCUUCAUCAGUGUUACAGUGGGAGAUAAGGGAGUAUUUGUGGGAUUUUAUAAUGCUGUUAUCGUGAUCAAGCACAAGCACUUUAAGCUCCUUUUACAUCAGCAUCCACAUAGCUUUAUGAGCUCCCGAUUUAAAGAGGCAUCAGUGAACUGUUUUCAUAGUUUUUAUUGCUUUUCAUUUUCUUCACUCUGUCUCCUCUAUCAUUGCUUUUCUAAACUAGAUGAAGAAAUCUUAAAAAGGACAGGGAUAUUUGGAGGUAUUUGUUGUCAGUUGUUUUAGUUUGGUAAAAAGUUUUGUAAAAGCCAUAAGCAGAUGUGGUUUGUUCAGCAGAGCUUUACCAGUGGCUAUAAGUUUUAGAAAUAAUGAUUUGUUGAUUUACUGGCUAAUGAAUGAACUUCUCAAUGCUGAAAAUUUUACUUUUUGUCUUCUUGUUUCAGGAGUGAUUCAAUAACACAAAAUAUCUGCUGUAAAACUUGUAAUGCAUGUGGCAUGCAUUUGUUGUUGAGGUCUGUAUUUAUUUAUUUAUAAUUUUAAAAAGAGAGAAUAAAAGCAUUUUCUUUUCUUUCAGAGAAGUGGUCCUAACAUUUUGCCCUGAUUCUUACCCUUAAGUCCUAAAUAAAUUAUAUUAGUCUGUGGCAAAGGGACCACAAUGAUGCUGAAAUGCUCUAGUUUUAAACCACUGAACAAAAGAUAUUUUGCUUUGGGAGUGACAAUUUGUUGUGUAGCAGAUUAUAAUGUGAGACUUCUUUAAAAUCUGAGAUUAUAAUCUUAAAUAACUUUAAUUUCCAGCAGUGUAUUUCACAGCUGCUAUAAUUUACUGCACUGUGGAAUGUGUUAUUUUGCUGAGACAGAAAAUACCAACUCAUAUCAUAACUUAUUUUUUACUCCCCUGCUAAAACCAGACCAGAUGGAGUAACACUCUGUGGUCAGAAUGUGUUAAUGUUUUCCCGCAGCUGUACACUGACGACUUGUAAAUACUAAUCCGAGUUACAGUGAGUACCUUGCCAUUGACAGUCGUCCCAUUGCCUGUUAUUGUUAUUUUCAUAUUCAAUGACUGUAGUAGUAGACUAUGUGGAAGCCAAACAGAUUUGUUUGCUGAACAGAACAUUAUUCAAAAGCAUUACACGUUACUUUGAAUCUGCAGACUUAGCAGGUUGUGGCAGCGACCACCUUUUGAGAGCUGAUCUGACCAAACAGUCUACUUGAACAUUACUCACCUUUCUCUAUGAACAGACCGGCUUCAGACAAAGCAUCCCACAGCAGCUGUUCAAAUCCCCAUGACCACUGUGAACUCAAAUGGUCGGUGUCUUCCUCCUCUUUUAUGCAUAGAGAGCAAUGGUUUCUUACUGCAUGGAGCUGAGCAUACAGUAUGGACAGUGUGUGGGUGUGUAAUAGUGACUAAUCCAAUUUGUAGUCUUAUUCUAGAUCCCUAGUUGUCACUGAGUGCUUAAUCUCUAUGUAGAGAUUCCCACAAAGUAAUCUCAAGCUUGUGUCUGUCGGCUGAUCCUUGUGGCGAUAGUUUUUUUUUUUUUUUUUAUCUCCUUUUGAAGAAUUUUGGGAGUAAACGCAAGACAGCCUUCUGCUGGAGUUGCUCAUCUAUGUCCUCAUAAAACCCUGUUGUAAAGCCCUGCUUAGAAAAAGAAAUGGACCUUUUGAGCUGCUGAUAAUGACACGACAAAGGGCUGGACCCGUGUUGAUGACCUGACGCUGUUUUUGCUUCUGAUCCUCCUACAUCCAUUCACUUACUCCAGAGGCUUGGCUUGUUUGUUGCCGGGGGUUACGCUUGUUGCUGAGCACAAUGUCGGAGCACAUGCAGCUCUCCCUUGCCUUGUGUAGGAUUGGGUUUUACACGGUAAGAAGACUCACGCACGUUGCUGUCUGUUGUGUAGAGUAUAGCAUGGAUGUGCUGUGUUUUAGGUGUGUGCGUGUGUGUGUGUGCUUGUUUGAUUUCUGUCAGUUUCCUUGUGGUUGAAUCUUUGCUUGACUGUUUUUAAACAGAUUGUGUCCAGUGGCUGCUGCUUCACUGUUGCUUGGUCACUGAAUGGAGAGUAUGCUCUGUUUCAUUCGAGUGGGUGUUCACAUAAUAUAAAGGUGGAACAGGUUGGUCGUCUGUACUGAGAGCUGUAACUGAAACCUACAGAGAACAAGCUGUCUUUGAGUGCUGACAGUUUCACUGAGAAUAGAAAUAAAGAUAGCUGAUGUUUUUGCUGCAGCUCCUAGCAACUGGCUCAGUCAGUGGUUGUAGUUCAAGCUGCCUUAAGAGCUUUCCACUCUGUAACUAAUUGUCAAUUAAUACUAUGUUGAAAAGGAGUAUUUGCUCGCAACACAACAGAAAAGAAAGCUUAAAAAAUCAUUGCCCAGUGAGAUUAUGGUAUGUAGUUAUAUAUUUACUUUAAAUGCAUGUUUCAGAUUGAUGACAGUGUGCAUUCAGUGCUGAAAUCACCUAAAAACUGUUGCUUAAAGACACUCUUUAAUUUCCUUGUAUUUGAUGACAAAUGUUGCCAAUCGUCAGAUCUCCUGUUAUUCCCUUACCAGCUUAUGAUCUCUCUGAAAGAACAUUAACAGAGAGGCUUUUUUGAAUUUUUAACUUAAGGCUUUGUGUGCAGCUGCAUAAGCCUUGCCUCUUUAGUCCUAUUUUGGUUACUGCGAAGAAAUUUUUAAAGACAGUGAAGACUAAAAAGGAAUAUGAUAAUAAUAACUGUUGCAGCUGGUGACUCUUGCAGGUUAAAGACCUACUGUGAUAAGCUUUUUUGAGUGCCAUGUAUGUAUCAUAAUCUGCUGGUUCCCCUGGGGACAAAGUUUAUCUGAACAGCAGAACCAGAGUCAAGCUGCUAUCUCCAAAAAUUUGGUGGUUAAAUUUGACCAGCUUUAAGUAAGCAAAAAUAAAAAAUAGUUUCAGCUUGAGUGAACUUAAUGUGGUGAAUAACAGAUCAACUGUAAAUCUUGUUGAAGCCAAAUAAUUUUCACCACUUAUCUAAUAUGACGCUUUAAAAUGUGUUCAUUCAAGUUAAAUUCUCUCAUGCCACUUUAUAAACCGCUGUGGGAUUAUUGAGUGCUCAAGAUGGGGGUCAGUGAACAUGUAAGGGUUGUAAGGAGUGAUGGUUUUUAUUGGCUGUUAGUAUCGACAUUCAAACCCCCGCUGAGUCACCACAAUAUCCUGUACAGUGGUGUGCAAAAUCCAACUCCAGUUUGCGCUAUGCUGUGUUUGAGAAAUGAUGUGAUCCAUUCCACGUGUGUUUGCAUGUCUUACUAUAUAAAACAUAGCCAGAGAUGAAAAUGUCAUUUUUGAACCUAUUACCUGCAGUGGUGGUGAUGCUACUGGUGGAUUUGAUGAGAAGAUCAAUAAAAUAGUUUUUUUUUUUUGUUUUGUUUUCAUUCUGACCUAAUAACUCACUGUUUAGCUGUUAAUCUGUGAUUAGCCUGUGAUUUAAAGCUUGAGCUUCCUAACCCAAACAGAACCCACUGACACUGUGUACACUAAAAAUAGAAGGACAUCAAAUCAAACUGUUUCGCAAUAUUAUAUUAUAUUACAUUACAUUAUAUUAUAUUGUAUUAUAUUACAAUCUCAUUAAUUCUCACCGUAAUUUAUCAGAGGUCUUGGUAAUGUUGUUUUUGUUAAAGAACCACAAGAACUAUGAACUACAGGCAGGGUUUGUUUCAUCUAGUGUCUAACUCUUUUUCAGAGAUGUGACCCCUUGAAAGGUGCCCUUAUACUAUAUUUGCCUUUCAUCAUGCCAGUCUGGGGCACUAAUACAAUUGCUUUGAUUUGCUGCUCAGAUAUCUACUUUUUAUUCCAUACUAGUGCCUUUGAAAACCCUAAUUUGAGCAACUCUUCAGCCUCUGCCUAAAACACUUUGUUUUGGCGGCUUUUUCAGUGAUAAGUUGGAUAAUUUUGGGGUCUUACUUGAACAGUUUUGACCUAAAAGUCAUAACUUCAGGUGUCUAAGGCUAGACAUUCACACCUGCUGAGCUCUCCAUUUAGUCCUGUUAGCAUACGUUUGCUAUUGUUAUAAUGGUACAGUUUGUGGCCCCAAGUUUUUACUAAAAGUCUGUAUGGAUGAAACAGCCCAAGGUAUGACAGUGACUGGCCUUAUUUCAUGAAGAAGUCAUUGGUGAUGUAGGGAGCACAAACAGCUGUGAUCUGGCUGUUAAAAAACUUCCCAGUGUUUCCCAGUGUCUGUUUUUAGAGAGAGAAAAUAGCUGUUGCUUUCCUUUUAUAAACAAGAGAACGCUAGCAAGAAACUUUCUGAAUCUACAAAGUGCAGAGUGGAGGAAAUGCCAAAAGGUGGAAUAGAUUUUCUAACUUCUGGUUUGGCCUGUCCUUGAGGACAUGCUCCUCCUGUAGUAUUGACCCAAUUGGACACAACCUGAUGUCAGGUUAAGGCCAUGUCUUAAAACAGGCUGUUUUAAGAGGCUGUAAAACCGGUUCAGAAAAUUCACAACCAUCCAUAUAUGUCAUUUUUUAAAUUUUUCACCAAGGUUUAGUGUGGACAGCCAAAAUUUAAACACCAUGUACACUCACCGGCCACUUUAUUAGGUACACCUGUCCAACUGCUCGUUAACACUUAAUUUCUAAUCAGCCAAUCACAUGGCGGCAACUUAGUGCAUUUAGGCAUGUAGACAUGGUCAAGACAAUCUCCUGCAGUUCAAACCGAGCAUCAGUAUGGGGAAGAAAGGUGAUUUGAGUGACUUUGAACGUGGCAUGGUUGUUGGUGCCAGAAGGGCUGGUCUGAGUAUUUCAGAAACUGCUGAUCUACUGGGAUUUUCACGCACAACCAUCUCUAGGGUUUACAGAGAAUGGUCCGAAAAAGAAAAAAUAUCCAGUGAGCGGCAGUUCUGUGGGCGGAAAUGCCUUGUUGAUGCCAGAGGUCAGAGGAGAAUGGCCAGACUGGUUCGAGCUGAUAGAAAGGCAACAGUGACUCAAAUAACCACCCGUUACAACCAAGGUAGGCAGAAGAGCAUCUCUGAACGCACAGUAUGUCGAACUUUGAGGCAGAUGGGCUACAGCAGCAGAAGACCACGCCGGGUGCCACUCCUUUCAGCUAAGAACAGGAAACUGAGGCUACAAUUUGCACAAGCUCAUCGAAAUUGGACAAUAGAAGAUUGGAAAAACGUUGCCUGGUCUGAUGAGUCUCGAUUUCUGCUGCGACAUUCGGAUGGUAGGGUCAGAAUUUGGUGUCAACAACAUGAAAGCAUGGAUCCAUCCUGCCUUGUAUCAACGGUUCAGGCUGGUGGUGGUGGUGUCAUGGUGUGGGGAAUAUUUUCUUGGCACUCUCUGGGCCCCUUGGUACCAAUUGAGCAUCAUUGCAACGCCACAGCCUACCUGAGUAUUGUUGCUGACCAUGUCCAUCCCUUUAUGACCACAAUGUACCCAACUUCUGAUGGCUACUUUCAGCAGGAUAAUGCGCCAUGUCAUAAAGCUGGAAUCAUCUCAGACUGGUUUCUUGAACAUGACAAUGAGUUCACUGUACUCAAAUGGCCUCCACAGUCACCAGAUCUCAAUCCAAUAGAGCAUCUUUGGGAUGUGGUGGAACGGGAGAUUCGCAUCAUGGAUGUGCAGCCGACAAAUCUGCGGCAACUGUGUGAUGCCAUCAUGUCAAUAUGGACCAAGCUCUCUGAGGAAUGCUUCCAGCACCUUGUUGAAUCUAUGCCACGAAGAAUUGAGGCAGUUCUGAAGGCAAAAGGGGGUCCAACCCGUUACUAGCAUGGUGUACCUAAUAAAGUGGCCGGUGAGUGUAUAUGAUUAAGCCAUCACUACCAGCAUCACAAGUCUUAUUCACAGUUGGUAUAAUUGACAUGUAAAUGAUAUAUUUACCAGUAGAGCUUUUAUUUCAGAAGUAAUUUUGAAUUUUUUUAAAUUAUGAAACAGGUGCAGAUGCUGACUUGGGUCAAGAAUGAGUUCAUUGAAUAUUUAUACCAGACUUGGAUCAAAUGUCAGUAUAGCAGCAUGUGCUCGUCCUUAAAGAAGUGUGUUUUUUUCUGAAAGAGUCUCCUCAGUGUUUUUGAGAGACGGACCCGAACCAGCUGCUGUCCACUUAACUGUGAGCUACACACUGUGGCUGGCAUUUAUUUUCUUCAACAUGUCAAUGAAUGUCAGAUGAGACUGAAAGAUAUGGACAAAAUUUCACAUCUUGGUAUUCGUGCCAGGUUUCGCAAUAUCAAUACAAUACGAUAUGAUUAUGGGUUCAGUGAAAAUGAUGCAUUUUUAAGGAAACUAAAAACAUCAUAAUACAAAAGGAUGUGGAAAGUGCAGUUUCAUUGAUUAGAACUCGUGAAAAUCUAUAUGGUUGAUAUAAUUGAUUUGUGGAUAUCAAUAUCUGAAAUGUUCAUGUCUGAAUACAGAUACGAUAAUGAUAUAUCUCUCAGCCCUAAUCUCAGAGUCACUGCAACAAUACAUGGAGACACCAUGUAGAGAAAACAAACCUGUGAUUGGUUGUUUGCUUUAUCUUUUACACAUGGGCAGACAGCAUGAAACUUCUUCUACUUUUCACCAUCACUUGUUUCAGUCAUCUUGUCUUCAUCUAGGCCUACUGCUUACUCCACUGAAUAGACCAACAGACAUGAACUAAUACUAACCCAACAUUUGACCUAUAAACCCAAGCAUCAGGUUUCUUCACCUCUCAUAGUCCUUCUUUAUAAGGUGACUUUACGGACUACUACAAUAAUUCUUCACCUAACUUCAGAUUGUGACCUUUUAAACCCAAGCAUCAGGUUUCUGCAGCUCCCAUCGUCCUUUAAGUGUAAAUCCAGCUGAAAAGCCAAUCAGAUCUCUUUGGUUAAGUUCUUGGCUACAGCAGGUGCCAUGUGACUGUAGUGCAAGGGACCAUGUGUGUAGCUGCCGUAGCUACUGCUCUUGAGCCCCUAUCUUUGCAGGAUGUCUUAACCAUUAAGGAUUUAAGUGAUCGCAUUAGGCACAUCAUGGUCACCUCAUUAUGUUAUUAAUGGAGUGGAAAAUGGCUGCUCCACCGAAUACUGGCUCUGACCCCCGGGCCCAGACCACAUCAUUUGGGCAGACAUUCUUAAGGCAGGGUCAAGCUUUAUUUGGAAAGAAACGCUGAGAGAGUGUGCCGAGAGACAAUUACCUGAUUGAAGUUAAAAUGCAAAUCAGAACCUUACUCUGGAUUGCAUAAAAAAACUAAACGUGUCAAAUCCUGUCUCAGAACCUCCAUGCAGAGUUCAUAUGAGGUUGUGGGUUCAAUGAUGAAAUGUUUCACAGUUGUUUUUUAUGCAGCUGGAACACUUAAUUGUUAAUGACAAGUUUUGUGAAGUUCAUGUUCUCUUUGUUCUGGGUUUUGAGGUCGUAUCAUCGCACAUUUAUGAACAUCACUGGAAAAAAGCAGUACGAAUAACAAAAUGAUUAGGUGUUUUCUCAAAAAAACAUUGCAUUGUGCCUUGUGCUUCAACACUGGGGUCAAAAAUCAAGGAGGCUGCUGUAUUGUCUGUCGUUUGUUUGUCAUUUGUCUGUCAUACAGUGUGCAGGACAACAGCGUGUCUCUGUGUCAUUUUACUUAAUCCGUGUGUCAGUCUCAUGCUGAGGGCUGUAUUUGACACCUGAAUAGACAGGGCCUGUGAAGUUGUUUGCUCCUUUGUGUCUCCUUGGUUUCCGUGCUCCGUCACUGCUUGGGUUUAGCCUUUUCCUGUUCGCACAGGGCUGAGCACCGACAGCCCCCUCCAUCAGCUGUGAGCAGCCACAUCCUCCUGCUACUUUUUUGAAGCCAUUCAAUCACUUUUCCAUUACUCCCAGUAUUCUUUUCAUUCUUUAAUUUUAAGUUGGCUCUGAGAAUCCAAGUGCGAAUAUUGCUGUGUGCAGCAAUCCUUCAAUAUGUUUUGACAGUCAGUGUAUCAUUCAUGAUGGUUCAUAUCAAUAUCAUCUUCAAAGAAACAGUCAAAAAUAAAUUUGCUCAUCAUUCAAGCAGAAUAUGUCAACAAGCUUCAAUAGCAGUAGAAUCCUGCCUUAUAGCUGCUGCAUUUACCUUUUACUCUGCACAUUUGUUUUUAAAUCCAACUGCUCUUCUGAUGUGGGACGUGACCUAGGAUCUGUCUUUGUUUUCUGAGUUAAGGCAAGAAAAACAAAUGUAUUUGUAUCCCACACAUCCCAUCCUUAGGCAGACGAAAGUGCUGAAGGCAAGAAGGAAAUCCUUAAGGCUUAAGCAAAUAAGAACAGUAAAAAAAGCACACAGUAAUCUCACAAAACAAACAAAUAUUUUUGAUUUAAAAUGACAGCUGAUUGAAUGCAAUGCUAAACAUGAUGUUCUUGGCUUGGGUUUGAAAGUCCAGCUGUGGGAAGCUUCUGUACCAUGUUGCUCUGCAUGCCUGGUUUUGAAUAGAUAACUGCUAGACCUUGCUAAAUGGCUACAAAGUUCGAGAGACCCUGUGCCCUGGCGAGGGACAGUCUGUGAUAACUGAAAUGAUUGACCACGAGGCUCCACACCAGAAAUGAAACAUCCAACUCAGAGUUAUCAAGGGGUAACAAGACUUUCUGUCUAGCCAUUCCCUCUUUUAAGCAGCUCAUGUGUAUAGCUGCUACAAUGGUUUUGUACCACCCUUUUUGGUGUGGUAACCUGCCAUAUGUGAUGUAGUUUUAUUAAUUUGUUGGGGUUUGUGCCUUGUAGCUGCAACCAAACCCUGCCUAAGAGCCAAGGGAGUCAUUGUACAAUUUCAAAAUGAUUUUAGCCUGUAUGAAGAGGGUCAUGACAGGCACAUAGGAUUGCUUCUGAAAGCCUGUUUUAUUUUGUUAUAGCUCUUAUAAAUGUAUGAAUGAUUAUUCAGCCUCCUCCCCAAACAUGCCAGUGAAGUGAUAAUCAACUCAUAUCCAUGCAUUUAUUUCCAGCAGAGUAUGUUCGAACACCUGUAGUUACUGUGAGUGCAGCUCUCAGUAUGCUGCACCUCGAAGUGAAUGUGUGUGGUCUGAAGUUUAGUGUCUCUGCUGUAUCCUUGUUGAAUAUUUUCAGACGUAACCUGUAUUUUUACUGUUUAAGGAGCCCUAUUGAGUUCCUGCUGCAGCUGAAGACAUUUGUAAUCACAUAGUAACAAAAGACUCUUACUGCAAAGACUGUGUUGGAAAUAAUAGUCCUGUGUGUUAAUCAUCAAAGGAAGUGGGUUUUUCACAAACGAACUUCAGCUGUGUUUUUAAAAAUGCCGCACACAUUUACAGUAUUGGUGGUCGCUCUUUUGACUACAGUCCCUACAGCCUGCUUCCCUUUGUGCUUUCUGGCUUGAGGUGAGCAGGUCUUCAGUCCAAAUACACUUCAUGCUGGUAGAACUACUAUAAUGGAACUACAAGUACCAGCUGUGCUCAGUUCAGGUCAAACCAAGCUGAGCCAGUCCAGCGCAUAGCUGCUGUUCAAACCCCAGAAAGACCCAAAGGGAGGCAAUGCAAGCGAGUACACCCACUUAACGUUGCUGUUAUUAGCAGACAUCCAACUUUGGGAGGAGAGCAGGCAAGAUAAUCCAAUGACUGAGCCACUGUGCACUUUCAUUGUAAACAGUAACAGCAGCUUUGACACCAGGCGGAGGCGGUGCUCUUUAGUCAGUGAGCGUGUGAGCCUGCCUGGCUCUGCACUGCAACGUCACACUUCAUUGCAUCGCUAUUUCACCGAUAUUGUGAUGAGACCUUUUUCUUUUUAGUCUAUCACUGUUGGUUUCAUCAGGAAUAAUAUAAUACUUUUUCAUAACAAAUUUACCUGUAAGUCAAAGAGCCUUUUAAUUCGCAACUUAUAUUUUUAGCUCCUCUUAUCUCAAGAUAGCACAGGAACCAGGUGUAAUCCACUCAUUAUUUUAAGACCUGAUCUUACCGAUCAUAACCAAGCAUCAACCUGAUAGUGGAUUGUUUACUAAGUGCAGCAAAGUGCAGCAGUUAUUUGCAGACAAAGUGUAUCUGGCUACGUCAGAAUUCAUUGAUGGGUCUAGAAAUUUGAAGCCCUGGGGACUCAUCAUUCCCCGAGAGUUAUUGUCUCUACUGCCUAUUAUGUCAGAAAGUUUCUGCACAGUAAAUAAAGCCCUCUUCCCACAGUGAGUGAGCAGCAUAAAUUUCCAACCUGCUUCCGUGAUUUUGAAAGGCAGGAUGGGAGCAGCCAUUCCCCCAUCCUGGACCACGAAUAUCCCACACUUAAAAUAACCACAAGACCUGAUGGGAUGAUGGCUGAGAGAUCACACAGGGUUGCCCACCCACCACCAAGUACUGUUUUGUGAAGUCUGGCUGCCAGUCACUACCUGUUUUUUUUUCUUUUUCUUUUUUUUGUCAAGGACAUUUUAGGACGGAAUUUGGCUCUGGCUUUUUGUGAAAUGACAAAGAAUAACUUCCUGUUGGAGAUGUAUUGGCUAACUGAGCUGGAGAAUGCCGUGUUUCACCUUUUGUAGCACCAUGUAUGUAUACCAGAAACUUGAAGCUGGUUUUCUUUAAGACAACAUGCCUUACAGAGGCACUUUUUACAUAGUACUCAUGUCUGUUGAGGUGCAGUACAUGGUGUACAUGGACUUGAAUGAUUUUUUUGUGUGUUCAUUAGGUUAGACUAUAUAUCCAAAUUUCAGCUGUUUGAAUAUGCGUUGGGUUCUCCACUAACAGUGAAACAUUAGGAACCAGGCUAAGGGGCAAGCAGAUCAAUGAACAAGGAUGUCUUUAUUAUUCCUGAGGGGCAAUUUGCUCCACAACCAGCAGUACCAUACACACAAUUCACACAAAAGUUCAGACACAUAGAAAAACAAUGGAAGACAUUUGAAACAAUGCCAAUAACAUCGUAAGAAAUAAAUCAUAGACAAAUAUUUAUCUUGAACUGUUUAAAAGGCUGACCUGCGUUUAUUUAUUUCAUCUUGAUGUUUAUUGUAGUGUUUUUUCUUUUAAUUUUAUUGUGCAGCACUUUGAUAAACUUGAAUGUUUUUUUUUAAUGUGCUAUAUAAAUAAAGUGGAUUGGAUUGAAAUGGAUUGCUUAUGGCAGUCGUGAUAAAAGACAUUUUAAAAUCCCUUCGUUUUACAUGGAUGGUCUGAUUCAGCAAGUACAGACUUUGUUUUUUUAAGAGUUCUGAGUUUGAAUAAGUCUGUCAGAUCACUCAGAGUAGUGCCUGCAAAUUUGCAGCAGGUUUUAACUAAGCCGAAAAGCUGUCUGUUUUUGUUUUUCAGAUUAAGUGAACUACAAAAACAGAUCAAAGAAAAUGUAAGAAGGAAUUUGAUUAAAAAAAGAAUAAAACAUUUUCAUAAAAACACUGCCCACAUUAAAAUUCCUGAGCUCGCAAUAAAAGUACAGUCUUUGUUUGACUUUCUUGCAGACAGCGUCUACCUGAGACUCAAAGCCUAUUUUGUCAUUGACAACAGUACCCAGGUAUUUAUACUGGCUCACUUUCUCCAUGGAGUGUACAGAACAAGAGUAUCAAAGGAAACAGCAACAGUUCAACUAUGAAAGACUGUAACUGCAACAAAAAAAAGAUACACCAGAAUUACAGAAGAGGGGCAGUGGGACAGCAAGCUGAACAGUAACAGCCAGACGCAAAAUUAGGGAAAAAAAACAUAGAUGGUGUAUAGAAUGGACGCCGUCCGCCUUCUCUGGCUGCAGUAUAGGUCAUAAAUCCCGCCUCCUCCAGCAAUCCUUAUAUUCUGUGUAAUAAAUUUCUAAAGUUUGUCCACAGCUCCAUAAGUUUUUCUCCCCCCUGCUUGCGAUGUUAACAUGUAGUUAUUGUAAGACUGGUUUGUGUUCAAGUCCUCUUUUUCUGUACAGCUCAGUUUUUGAAAGUUUUUAGGGGGUUCAUGUUUUCUGUGAUUGACACUUGAUACAGCCAAUGGGUGUACGAAGACUGCGUAGCUCACCUGGGGGAUGCGCUGAUUGAAUACAAUUACAAUGGUACUGCGCAAGUGGUGGAGUGCGUACAACGCUACUGCGCAAUGUUGGUUUCAGGAAGUGAAGAGAAAAAAAUUGCCGUUACUGUUGUUUAUUGUACCAUUGCUUGCAAGGCUAAUAGCAGAUGGCUAACUCUAACUUGCAUAUUACAUGGUGCUUCACCGUUAAUUUGGCGUGACCGAGACCAGCGUGUGCGUGCGUGCGUGCGUGCGUGUGUGUGUGUGUGUGUGUGUGUGUGUGUGUGAGAGAGAGAGAGAUGCCAGUUGCGUCCCUGAGUUCUGCUGUCGUUCGAAGAGACUGCACCCUUAGGCUCAAGUGCAUCAUUUGAAUAAGUAUGGAUAGUGUAAAAGAUUUUUUUAAGCCCAUGAGCAAUUCUUUUUGCUGUAUGAAACAAGAAAGAAGAAAACAUAAAUAAGCAUGUGCUUUGAAUAAUGAAUGAACAUCUUGAUUUAGGAGUAGAAUUAAACAUUUAUUCCUGUUACAGCACGGAACAUCCUCAAUCUUUCUUUUCACUGCACUACUGGAUAACAACAUGUCUAACUGCCUAAAGUUAAUCACAAACGUAUGUGCAGGUGAUGUUCAUGUGUCCUGUUCUUAGUGGAUCAUGAUCGGCCUCUUAGCUACUUCAAAAUGUCACAAAAUCAUCUCCUGUGUACAUGUCAAAACUGAGGCUAGAGGUGAGCACAUCGAAACUCUGCACAACACAGUUCUGCACUAAGGGGUCAUUCAUCCAGAUGUUGUUUCAGUGCGUGUUUGAACCUGAUCUGUUGGCCUGAAUUUUCUGAGGCCUCUCUCACAAUGCCCUUAAACGUGAAACCUCUCUUGUUAGGCUUUUGUUGUGAGACGCCUCCAAGCGUCUUCCGUUAUACAAGAGUCUUUGUCCCUGUGACAUGACGAGGACCCAUCUUCACACUGAGCUCAGGGCCUGACGCACAUAUUUUAAUAUGCUUAUCCAGCAGACAUUGUAAUACACAAGUGGGCUGCAAUCUCCUUUGGUAAUCCUUCAAGCCAGAGGGCCUCAUGCUUUUUACUACCAGGCUUUAACCUACCAGGCAUUGUUGAUCUGUGCAGACCAAGUGAAUUUAGAUUUUUUUCAAUGCAGUCUUUCACUAUCUCUACAAAGCAAACAAAUAUUCCAUUAUGGAUGAGCUUUAUAUGUCUGUUCUACAUGAGUAUGUUGGUGUCUGUGAGCUGAACACAGUAGCUAGUGUUUGUUUGCAACAAAUCACAUUUUUUCCUCAAUCCCUAAAACAGCCGGAGCUUCAUUUUGAAGCAAUACCCUUCCUUUUUGGAUAAAGUCAACUUGGAGAAACUCCAGCCAUUAAAACAAAUCCUAUAAAUUUUAAAUUCAAGAUGAGAUGUCGUGAGAAUAACCAUGGAUGGAUGAUCCCAAAAUUUGACAGUCAUUUGUGAUGGCUUUAUUCCUUCAACCCAGCUUUUGUCUCUGAUCUCUGCAAUGAAAAAGGGUCAGUGAAACUGAAAACCAAAGUGAAAGGGACUGUUGGACUGUAGUAGUUUUGCAAAGCCUGCUUUCAACAGAUUUUGAUUCAGCAUGAAUCAGUCACCGUAAGGAUCAAAUGUGCGAAAUUUGAAAGGAUUGUCUUCAGAGGGUUUAAAAACAAAAUGAUCCUUUAUUUGUAUAGCACUUUUCAAUCAAACAGAAACAGUAAGAAACUGCUCUGGGUUUUGAGCUGGGUCAGUACAGUCACAGAUGCAUUCUUGGAGAGAGUUCCAGAAGGAGGAGGCAGCAAUCAAAAACACUGGGCCGCUGCAUGUUUUGCGCUUGGUCCCAUAAAUCUGGGACAGAAGGUUGGCAUCGGGGGAAUGGAGACUGCAGGGGAGUAUGGGGUGAAACUGGAUGGUUAGGUAGGGAGAGGUCAGGUUAUGAAGGGCUUUCUAAGUUAGGAGAUGGACUUUUAUUGGGGAACAGGGAGCCAAUAGAGGUUCUGGAGGACAGGGUAAUAUGUUGUAACCCCCUACUACUGUGUAAAAACUGGAAUAAAAAAUAAAUAAGAGUAUAUGUACUGACAGUUAAAGUACCAUAAAUAUGUCAAAGUGCAUUAUAUGUGCUGAAGGUGGUUUGGAAAACUCAGACAGGUUUCAGAGCAGUGAAAGAGCAGUAAAGAUGUUCUUCAUUUGAAAAUCAUAGACACGAAUAUUCACUUGUUUUCUCCGUAGCAGUCAUUCAAAUAGAGGCUUGGCUUACAUUUCCACAGCAGAGAACAAUUUUCCACCUGAUGCUGUCAGCCACAUAGUCAAUGCAAUCUCUGAGGGACUCCUAAUUAUGACAAUGGAGCUGUGGCAGAUCGUGCUCCAGUUACUAUUUCUGACAGCUCUAUUUCACAGCAGCAUAUAAAAGGCAUGUCAACCUGUUAAAAACACAAGCAUUGGAAUGAGUCUCCGUUUUUACUUCAAGGAGCAAAUGAGGUCCAAUGAGCUUUUUAAAGAAAGCUCUCUGUUCAGAUUCGGCUGUGGGGACACAAUUGUUGAGCAGAAACAUCUGUUUGUUGUAUCUGCUGUUUUGCUUGUGUGAUGAACAUAUUAGAUAACACUUUGUGACCACCUCAGUGCAGAGCCUCUUCCCUCCCCCACUUGUAAUCCUCUUUGAUAUGAGUGAUGAGAGCAAGACCCAAUCCCACAAAAAAGGGUUUCCUUUUUUCCAUUUUUUCAAUGAGAACAUUUAUUUUUGGCUUCCUGUGGAGGAGGUGUGACAAGAUGUAAUGUUAGCAGUUGUGCGGUUGAUCUCUGCAUGGAUAUGCCCAGAUGCAUACACCCACCCACGUUAAAUCAUUUAUGAACUACAAGCUUCCUUCUGGAUGUAUAUGUAACUCCGUGUUAAAAAUAAACCCAACACUGACAGUUUGAAGUCUUCACGCCGGUUUGCAUGGACAUCCUGCAGGCCCAAUUUUACAAAGAUAUUUAUGGUCCGGAUGAGGAGGGUUAAUACCAAAUCUUAUUCACAGCAUCAGGAUCUGAAAACGGUUCGACAAUGCAUGUUGGAAUAAGGUGCUGAGAAAGAUUCACAGAAUUGUUAUGUUUUAAUUAGACUUUUGGGGUUUUAAACCCACUUUUAGGCAAUUUCAGAGUCAUCUUUAAAAAAUGUUUCAUUUCAGAAUUCAGAUUAAUUUUAAAAUUUCUUAAAUUGAAAUGGGAAUUUGUUGGAACCAGUCAUUUACUCAGAGUAAGGUACUAAGGGAAGAUUGCUCUUAACAUUGCUGCUGGCAUUUAUUUUCUAGUGUCAGCAGCACUAAUGUUGAAACACCAAACAGUUCCAAGGCAUCAAAGUGACAUGUAUACAUAACAAGAGUAGUACACAUAUUUACAUUAUUCCUUUAUUUUGAGGUAAGGACAAACAAUAUUUUGGUCUUACGAGUAUUUCACGUCCUCUAAAAGAGAAUAAUUUAGAUGUGUACUCCAUUAGAUGGUUUCCGUUUAACAAUAGAAACAGAUGUUCAAGAUAAUGGAAUAAUUUGCUGAUUUGAUAAAAUGUGAAAUGUGAGUCAGUAAAUGCAUCAUAAAAGCUCAGCGUGAUCUAUUAACAGACUUCAGGUAGAGGUUAAACACCAGUGUUACUGGAGUGAGGGAAGGAUUGAUGUAAUUGAUUUGUUAGUGAGCUGCUGAUUUUAGAAAAGUGCAGUGGCGCCCUCUGUUGUUGAUGAGCAGGUACUGUUGUAGCUGAAAGGAGCAGGUAGGAGGGUGCUGAACUUAUUGAGAUCAUCUGUCCAUGGAAGUCUUGUAUCUCUCACUUUAGGCCUCUGUAGGCCGCUGCUUUAAACACCUAUAGGAACUUAAAAAUUAUUUUAAGUGCAAGACGAACUGAAACAUUUACUGAUUCUUACUUUCUUUCUUUGAUACUGAGAUAUGACACUAAAAAGACCAUUGGUUUUUUGACUGUGGAGGAUAGUUAAGAAAGGAGGUAUGGCUUUCAACUUUGGGAAAUAGUCAUAAGCAUUUUUAUUGACUUCUUUGGAUGAAAAUAUUUAUCAGUGUGUCUGUCAGAGCAUUCAGUCGAUCAACUUAUAAGGAAAGUUUGUGUACCCAUGGAAUAAUGGCUGUUGCCCAAUCACUUCAGUUCUGAGACUAAUGGUCAAAGGCUGUUACAUAUUAGGUGGUUUUCAAAAUUAUUACAGCAUUUUUUGAGGAGAUAUUAGAGCAAGACAUGAAUUUUGCAAAAAUCAUCAAAGGAUCAGGUCUAUUUAAAGUCUUUACAGGGUUAGACGAUUUUCUCAGAAACGGAAAAUUGAGCACUUAAUAAAUUACCUUAAAUCUUCAUUGGUUGAUAAAUCGCAGGGAGUGGGAGAAAAAUCGAUACAACAUAGUAUUGCAGUAUUUUGUCUGGUGAUAUAUCGUAUCGUCUCAUCCACCAAGUAUUGAAUUUUUUUUUCAAAGUAAUUGCUAAUAUGAACUCAAGUCUAUAGAAAUGGGGGGAAAAAAUCAAUAACUUGUUCAAGUUGGCAGAGGUGACAUCAUAGAGCAGGAAAAAGUUAGCACAACAAACAGCACCUGGGGAGGGACAAUAGGAAUGAAAUAGGGUACAAAUGAGAUGGACAUGACACAAGAUUUGCAAGAAGUGUUACAUGAAUAUAAAAUACUGUGUAAAUAAGACAAACAUAGAGUAAAGACAAAUGCUCUAACAGCUAAGCAGUUGAAAAAAAUUGUAUAAAUCUCAAGAUAUGGUAUCGCAAUACUCAGUGUAUUGCAAAAUGUUUAAAAUCGCAAUAAUAUCGAAUCAUGGCCCAAGUAUUGUGAUAAUAUUAUAGUAGUUAGUAAUUUCAUACUUGCAAAUCAUGAUCAAAAGAAGACGGUGUUUGGUCAGUAUUGGGUCUGCAUUUUUGUGUCCUUAGCUGAAAUUACUGCUCAUGAAACAAACACAGUAAGGUUUUCAUGAGAUUUAGUCUUUCUCUCUUAUCUUUCAAAUACAUGGAUGUUUACUGUGUACACAGACUCUAAUAGGGGAAGUUGUGUUGCAAUGAGUAAACACUUGGUGUUCAAAUUCCUCUCAUCUAUCAGGGAAUGAAAUUUUCCCUCUUAAAGAAUUCUAUAAUGUCCCAUCAGACACAGCUUCACACAGAAAAGACUUUUACUGAUUGGUCACUUCUAACCACCAGAGCUGUACAUUAGUUUUUAUUUUUGUCCUUAAAUUGACUUGUAUUUAUGUAUUUAUACCACUUAGCUACUUUUAGUCAGAUGUCUGGACAGUAAAACAUGGUAGAUUAAAAUUUCAGAAGUCAAAAUUCAUAUUCCUCAAAAACCAAACCAAACUGAAAUUCCCCUCAGUGUCCUCUGGGUGGAGCCAUAUGGCCACUUACCAUCUCAUCAGUUCACCUGGAAAACUUCUCACAACCUACUGAAGUUUUUCAACUGAUUGUUUCCUAAAGCAAACAAGUUUUGAGAUACUCACAGGAAACAAACAUAACAAGUCAGAUGCUCAGGUGUCAGUACAGGAACAUAAAUACAUUAGCUAAGAAAUAAACCCCUGCACACUUUAAAGUCACAGUGAGUUCAUCUAUUUUGCAGUGGUCUAUUUCUCAAAAGCUAUAACUUUGAUAUUAUGGACUCUUGGAUGUCUCAUUGCAUUAGAUCAAAUUCAGAUGUGCCAUGCAGAGUGAAUCAUAUACUAUUGUGUUUGGGGGUCAACUCAUGUUCCUGAACUCGGUGAAGGAAAUGCCUUCAGUCUUUUGAUAGUAUAGUAUAUCACCUACUUAUGUGGUUUGUUUUAAGAUGCAUUAACUAUGCUGGCCAUAAGACAAUAUAUGAAAAACCUCUGGGCAGUUGGAGGCAAACUGAGAGUGGAGGGUCUUUCAUGGUAUCUGAGGCAAUGUGUAAGAGUCUGCAGAAGCCACAUCAGAGUUCACAGUUUAAAGGCUUUCAUAUGGUGAAAGUUUGCCGUCUUUUGCUCUGACUUGUUUAUGGCGUGUAAUCAUUUUCACUCUUUUAAAACAAGAGUGAAGGGGUACCAAAGCAUAAAAGAGUUUCCUGUGUGUCAUCCGUGAUUUCACACGUGAAGUAUUUGCUUGGAUUCAAAUAAAAAACAGUCACCUGUGGAUAUUUGAUCAUGCCCCUUUUUGUCUUAAUGUAUUCCUGAUACAUUUUUUACAAUAGUUCCUUUAGCGUGAUUCACUUUCCAUGACGAUUUAACACAGCAGAGUUUAGCGAAAUUCAACCAUUAAACUUCUCUUUCAGCAUAGUGAAAUUGUUGCACAAAAAGCUGCUUACCCAAGGGGAGUAUGAGAAUGGAGUCCUAGGUUUAGAACUAAAUAAAAUAAAUUUACAAAGGACUAUUUUCACAUUUUCAGAUCAAGUCAUUUCAUCGCUUCAGCCCAACACCAGUUAGUUAGUGUUCAGGUUCUGUCACAAAGAUAUUGUAUUUUUUAGCAGCUGGCACACUUUCCUUUCAGGCUGGUUUCUUGAGCUGUCUGUAGCACUCUCUAACAUGCAGGCAUUUUCCUGGUUAUCAUUCACAGAGAAUCCCAACUGGUAGGCUGGAUUCUCUCUCUGCGUCUCUCACUCUCAAUCCCUCUCUUGAGAGGCAAGCCUCCAAGACAACCCCAGAAUCAGGUUGCACUGUAUAAUGUCAUAGGUAGGCCUGUGAUGGAUCAUGGCACAGUUUGCCUCUGUCUGUUCUUUCCUGUCUCUGACUAAGUAAACGUUUCCCUCUGUGCUCAGCCGUUUAUGAAAGCUCCUUUGCGCAGUACUGCCAUAGGCACCUCUAUCCAUCAGCCUUGGCUCUUACCCUCUGUGUGUGCAUGUGUGCGUGUGCUUUUCUUUUCUCCCACUUGUCUGGUGUCCAUCUCUUCCGGUGUGUAUAGCUCUGAUUUUGAAAUGUGGAGCUGUCUCUUGUUCUGGAUCACAGCAGGCUGUUGCACAUGGUGUUAAUCUGCUGUGUGUUUUAGUUUUGAUAGUUCACCCUCUACCAGGACCAGUUCCAAAAGUAUCGUUUGCAUUAUUAUGCCAUGAUGGACAACAGUCUUGCUCAUGUAGCUGAAUCAACUGUGUUUUACUGUGGGAGUAAUGUCAAAAGAACAAAACGGUACCAGCUGUGUGUUGUUCCUUGAUGAUGUUGUUUCAUUACACACCUCAAUGACAGUGGGAUGUAGCCAUUCAGUAGGUGUCAGAGUAAUACAGAGCAAACACAGGGAUGGACUCAGUGUGUGAUUCCUGAAACAUCAUGAUUUUACUCUUCACCAUUUCCUAAACCGAUGAUAUCCCACAGCUUACUCUGUGUUUCAUCUACAAAAAUCAGCACUCAUGAUAAAACACUUACAGUUCAAUAGUUAAAAUUGGUGUGAUAGCAGUGUGAUUGACUUUUAUGUCUGUCUCCUGUCUAGAAAGAGGAUGGGCUUGAAUGAUGUGUUACAUUUCUGUCCCUUUGAUGUAGAAAAGACAUGUGGUGUCCAUUGGCUGUAGUCAAGUGCUCCCUGUGUGGGAUUUAGCUGUAUGGUUUGUGUAGUGGUAGCCAGUGCACACGUGUUCCUCUGUUUCAGCCCGUCGCCUUUUCACAUACAUGCACACACUGCAGUUAAAAAGUAUUGUUUCACAGUGAUGGUUUGAAAUGCUGAAGAUGUUUACAGACAUCACCUAUUCUGUUCAAUUAUUUGGCCACAUUAGCAUUUUUAGACACUUGAUUUCUGUCCAGGUGAGAUCUUGGAUUCAUCUUGUCGGUUGAUAAGUGUCAACACAUAAAUGCUGUGUGUUUGGCACUGACCUAAAAACCACAGUCAAGCUGUGGUUUCCAAGCUUGCUUGUAUUUGAAACCCACUGUACCGCAGUCCUCCUCUACAUGCUGUCAGCAUCCUCAUACUUUUGGCAAAAGCACAUGUACAGGUCAGUUUAGUGCAGCUGAACCACAUUGACCUUUUUAUGUACUGGGAAGAGCUUUGUCCCCGCUUGGCUGCUUGAAUAUAGCUAUACAACAGCUGUUAAGCAUUUUUCUAAAUGAAAACCAGUAAUGCAAGCAUCAUCACUCAGUUUGAAAUCAGUGCAUCGUGAUACCAUCAAUGAGAAGUAGAACUGUGCAGGGCUGAGAGGUUGUUGCAAGAUGUUCUCAUAUGUAUCAAAAAACAUGAGACACCUGUAUCCCACAGAGAAGAAAUCUAGUCCUGCUCCCACAGCUUUACUUGGGUGGGUUUUUGACCAGUGAAGGCAACAAUCUGGUCCUGAUUUACUAUUACAUAAGUGCCUUGAGAGUGUUGUUUUUGAAAAGUUUGCUUUGUGGGGAAAAGACUCUGGAAAAUAAAAUAACAAACAGGAGAGCAGUUCCAAAAGCAAACGUGGUGUGUAAACAGUUCUCAGGGUGGUGUUUGAUUGGUUUUCUCUCACAACCCCAGCCAUUGCAUCCAUCCAUCCCCCAACAACCCAUUCUCUCCACAAUUAGCAAGAGGUUAAUGGGUUUAGAUGGAGGGUUGAGGGGGAGCGGGUUAAAAUUGGUGCCAAUAACAUUCCCCCUACAAUGGAGAUGACCCCCCACCCCCCAAAUGGUGGGUAAACAAUAUACCUGAACCAAACAGCAGGCAGCGAUAAAGGCAUUUGCCAGGGAGGUGGACGUAUACGAGCCCUGAUGGGGUGGGAAGAGGUAGGUUAAAGUGGAUUUGAGGUUUUUGAGGCUGGCCCUACAAAGAAUCCGCCAGUCACAACUGAGGGGCCCAAAGCGUGUGAUUAUUAAUUACUGAUGGCUCUCCAGCCUUUGAAAUCAGGGGGCCGCAGACAUCAGAUUUGUGGAAGAGGCAGAGGAGCGAAAGGCCUGUCAUUACCAUCACAGAAACAAUGUUCGAAUUUGGCUGUCAUGCAUUUUUGCCUAAUUGACUGUUUUGAUGCUGUUUUUUUUUCUUUAUUUUGUUUUUGGGGGGCACUGAUGCCCCCCACUCCCCAGUCUUGAUGAGGAGAACUUGGUGGGCUUUCAGCUGCACCCAGCAAGAACCUUCCGGAGGUUCUUUGAUGGCAAGAAAAGCCACUGGAGAUCUUAGGGGCCUCAUCGGCCUCCAUUUAUGUAUCGGCACCAUAACACCCCAUUUCUGAUUCCUGACAAGAAAUGAGUGAGGAGGAAAAGUAACGUAUGAAAGGCAUACAGUGUGUGUGUUAGUGAAUGUAUGUGCUAUAUGGACCGUGUGUGUGUCUGCAGGGUGGUACUUUUUGUGUGAGAGUCUGCAAUGAAAAGGGGGAGGCCAGGGAUCCACAAUCCACAUGAGGGGUCUUCUUAUUUGCAUAAUUAACUGUUGACACUAACUGUGCUUAAUGAAGGCCUAUUGAAGUCACUGACCCUUUUACACAGCCAGCCCCUGGGAAUGGGAGGCUCCUCUGGCAAAGGUUAAAACAAUGUGUCUGGUUAACUUCCGACAAACGCGCCGAAACGCCCCAAAGUCUCAAAGAUUCAUGCUCAACGGAAGAGGUUAUGGCACAAAGCGACCCAGGUUUUCCCAGACCUGAAAUAUCACCAGAUGUUUGGCUUUGCUGUUUCAGCCCUUAUUAUGAUUUUUGUUUUCCAUAAGUUACAGUCACUCAUUUUUUUAUUGUUAUGUGUCAGGAGAAUUGUGUUAUUGUACAGAAUAGUGCAAUUUUAGAUCAGUGCUCUGCUCCAGAUAAUGUUGCUUACAUCAUCUCCCAGAGAAAUCACGGAAGAAGUUACACAACCGUUUAAAAAUAUUUUUGUCCUACCACAAAUUACAAACCCUAUUGUCAGGGGAGUGGCCUCUCUUGAAAACUUGAUGACCUCCUGGUUAGGUUGCUGUUGUAUCCCUCCCGUAAGAAAAAAGCCACACAACAGGAUGACAGAGUAUUUAUUUGUCACACUAGUUUAAAGCAUGAAUAUUGAAACUAGCAGGAUUAUUUAAAAAUUUUUUUUAACAAUAUGUAUCUAUUAAGCAGGUGACAAGGUGUUUUAAUGUGUUUAUGGAAGCUGCUGUGAUAGACAUUGUAGUAUUUAGCGUGUGUAAGUUGAUUAUCAGAGAGGGGCGGCACCAGCCACUUUUGGACCAUUAAAACACCAGACAUCAAGUGAAAGCCGACAGUGUGUAAAGUAGAGGUGUGUGGUCAGAGUGCCGUGGCCUGUGUUUCGGUUGUGGAAAACACACUAAAACACUGAAGGACCACUUAGUGUACAGCUGUGAUCUCUUUAUACAGCCUUGUAAAUAGGCCCAUUCACUGCUUCUGGAGAGGAGUAAGAGCAGUAAAACCGAACUGCAUUUACGCACCAUGACACAAAUUUCUCAAAUGAUUCUUAGAUAGAUUAAAUUUUGAUCAUCUAAACACAAGAAAAGCUCAAUAUUGCAGUUUAUCUUUGGAGUGUUAGUCCUUAGAAACUGUCAGUAUGUGUUCUGUCAGUAAGUCACAAAAACACUGUUGUGUGCUGCGGUGGAGUUCAGUUAUCGCUUCAUGUUGAAAACGGUAUCCUGUAAUGCUUCAAUGUUUUAGACCUCACAGACAAUUUUAAAACAAAGGUAACAACCUAGAGAUGGAGAUGUACAACAUCACAUUCCCUGCUGACAGUGGAUACUGUACAUACAGUCUAUGUGUGCUUGAUACUCACAGAGUUAUUUCUGAGGAGUAAAACCAAACCGACCUGUGGAAGUUCUGGUUCAGGUAAGUAUAACUGAUGGAGAUGUGAAGCAAUAAAAGUUGUUCACAAGUUUGGUUUUGCUAUUUUGUAACAGCAGAUGAAAGGAAAUCUGUUCAACAAGUGGUCUUUAAAGUCAUUUGAGGCUGUCUAAUACCAGGUGUGAGCUGGAAUCUGUCUCAACUGGACACAGACCAAGUCCAUCUGGGUACAAGGUGCCGAAAAGGUCUCCCUGUCCAAGAAACAUACAAUAUACUAUAAAGGAUGCACACAUGUCAAAUGUCCUCCCGGCUGUAGCUCUCUGCAUGAACUGAUAAAUGUUAAAAGAUACGUUCAAAAAAAGGUGAGCACACAUUUUGUCACAGUAACUACAUUUUUGGAAAUUCUGAGCUGUCUGGAAAUAAAAACAGUCUGUUGAAGGAAGUUGUCAAAUAUUUGAGCACUUUAAUUGCCGCUUCUCUUACACCCAGCUUUGACGCAUUAUGACUCAUUUCUCCUUUUGCUGCAGACACCACUGGGUGUUUGCUUAUCAUCCAGCAGUACUCCAGGGUCAAGAAUCUUCUCUUCCUGUAGUAUCCCUCUGAUCUCUUCUUGACGUCACUGUUUGUGGUUCACUCCUAUUAAUGGCUUUUCCAUUUCGUUGGUCUGAAAGGCCUCAAGAGUCUGAUCUACCAUCCCUGUUCACCAUUUGUAGAGCAGACAGAUUCUCUUGUUGUAUCUUGUAUUUGUCAUAGAUAGCCCAAAACAGAUUUCCUUCUGUUGUUCCUGUUAAUCUUCAUGCUCUGACGUGUUUUACAAGGUCAACAGGGAUAUUGUGAAUGGGCAUCGUGGUCAGGCCUUGUUUUGGUGGUGUGAGGAGAGGAAUAAUCCACUAAAAGGAAAUCAUAAGUGUUCUGUUUCCUGUGAGAAUCUCUGUAUUAAAAAAAAGUGUUUUUUAGACCUCACUGAGCUCUACUCAUCAACCUAAUUCUGGACUGUGUAUAAAAACAGAUUUAUUGUUUGCUUGGUCCCCGUCAGGUUUUGUGUCUCAGAGGGGCCUAGAACUAGUUAAUGGGGAGGGGUCUUUUACAUUUAAUGACGACUCUCUUAAGCUUGAAACUUUCCCACACUUGUUUCAGGGCGAAAUGGGGCCCUGGGAUUUGUUUUUUGAAAUCAGAAAUUGAGGUGGUCAUCGAUAGAUAGAUGCUGUAUGAAAAUGUGCCAUAACUGAUGUAAGUGGGACAAGUGCCCUCCCAUCCACCGACCCUUUUUAUGUCUAUAAGAUGGGGCGCCCCCCACCCCCCUUGGUUCUUGCACACUGGUUUCAGGGCCUUCAAAAGGAGGCCCCUAAAGCUUUGAUCCUCUACAUGGGUGCGGAAAAACAUCUUUUUGCCCUACACUGUGCCCAGGAAACCAAAGUUUUUGCCGCCGCCGUAUGCUAAUGUAGCCAAGCUAAUCACCCUUCCCAGUUACAAGAUUUAUAUACCAUAAUGGCACCCAGUGGUACCCCCUCAUUUCUGUGGCCCCUUAUCUAGCCUCCGGAUGUCCCAUGGAGCAAAGGUGUCCUCUGUCUGUGAAUGCAGCUGCCUUGCCACCACCUCAGCCUCUUGCUUUCUUUUACAAAAAGAGAGUGACAUGAAAACAGUCCUGUGGGUGGGCCCCUUAAUGCUGCCCCUCUUAUUCUCCGCCUAAUGUACUUUUCCAGUAAAUGUCAUGAAACACACAGGAGCUGCAAGGUGGACUCCAGACAGAUAAAUGUGUGUAUGGGGGGCGGAGCUGUGGCCCCUCAGUCCCCCUUAGUAUGUCUAGUGGACCUGCUGCUCGGACUGUUUUUGUGUCCUAACUUACUACCCCAAACCAUUUUGUUGUACUAGUCCUAUAAGCAAGCUUCCUCAAGGUGACUGAUUACAAAACACAUCUUCAUUAAGUCCUCCUAUCCUCGCCUCCUUUCAGGCUUUUAGAAUUUAAAUUCAAACGGUGUUUUUGGGAAACGAAGCUUAUGAACUUUGUUUCCUACAAAUGUACAAAUGUCCCCUCACCAACAAAGCGCCAGCAGCAAGCUAUAGGGAAACACUAUUCAACCUCAGUCUGUGCUGUGGCCCACUCCGGGCCCCUCUGAAUGGGACAAAGUGGAGCUCGUGUAGUGCUGGCUGAACUCGCCGGAGCACUUGGAUCUAACCCAGGAUUUCCUCAGGUGAACUCUAGUCCUGCUUUUUGAGAGGAAAAACAUGUUCUUUCCAAGAAAAUGGCAAUUACUCAAAAGGAAAUUUAUUUAAAUUUAAAAUGUAGAUAUUAACAGUUUUAAAAGUUUACUUUGAAAUUAUAAAUGUGAGAAACACUGGCUCAAGUAUUCAACUAAAAAGAAACAUAUCCACACUUACAAAGAGUUAUGGACUCUUCUUAAAAAGUUCAAAAGGGCAGUUUCCAGAGGUGUGAUGUGCUGCUCUUCAGCUUCUGCAGUAACAUUAGUUUUGGUUCCCUUUAAAGCAAUGGUUUAAAGUGACGUCCAUGGAGUGCUGGGACCUGACAUAGAUCUGACAUUGUGCAGAAUUUGUACAACCCCUCUCCCAAAAAUCAUAUAAUCAGUGUUAGACUUCAGCUCCAGUAAUAAUUCAACAAACAGUCUAGUUUUUCCCCUGCGUGUGUUUGAUGAAAUUGUUUGUAACAUUAAUCUAGAAUGACAUAAAACAACAAGUGGUAGGCAAACACAGUUGGUAUAGUAUCUGUUUUAAUGCAGCGGUGUGUCUGAAGAUUUUAUGAGCAACCUGUUGUUCUGGGGUAUGUCUGUACUAAUCAUCACAUCAAUGAAUUCCAGUUUGUGUUUGUGUGUCAGCAUGUGUGUGCGCAUGUGAACCACAACAGCGGGUACUUACUGCCACAUCCAGAUGGUGCUGAAACAAACAGAGCUACGCUGUAGGACCCCUCAAUAGGAGCGUCUAGACUGGUCCCUGACCAGACAGAUACAGCCUCCCAUCAAAUUAGCGUUUGUCAGAUUUAUGGUAAUGGUCCGCAACAGUCUUCCUGUCAGUGACAUCAAGAUUUACAGCACUGACACCCAUCCCCAACCCCCCCCCUGCUGCAAGAAAACACACAUACACAUGUACACAAUCCUCAUUCUGAGCAUUCUCUGGAUCUUACUGGCUCCUACUAAGACACCCUCCCCUGGUCCAUCCCUCAUUUCUCAGACCCUGCUCACUGCCAUCGAACAACUCGUUCUAACCACCGUGGCCUUGUCUUUUCAACUCAUUGGAGAAGUUGGGGACGUUGUUGUGUGUGUUUGUACAUUAGGAGGUUAGAAAGGAGGUUAGGCCAUGACGUUCCACAGUCUCCUUCUCUAAAGGCACCACAAACCCCAGGGGAAAAAAAGACCCACUCGGGGUGGCAAAACCACCCAAGCCCCCUCUGCCUCCCUAACAAUGGCUUGUGUCAGGGUUUCCUGUUAAUCCUCUGUGAUGAGGCUUGAGUGUUUUUGGGUGAAGGAGUUGGGGAGGAGGGUGAGGUGGUGGUGCAUGGAAGCCUGCAGAGGGGGGUUUGGGCAUGCUGGGUUGGUGUAGUUUGGGGGUGACCCGAUGGUACUCUGCGGUGAAGGUUAUAGGGAAGGAUACAUUAUAGGCAGUGCAAGUGAAGGACGAACAGAGUGUCCCAUGUUUUUGGAUUAGCGUCGCCUCCUCUUUCAUGUCGGCGUUUUUGGGUAGUAACCUGAUCCCCGUACCCUAGCACAAGUGAGCCCAGUGGGAAAGGCUUCCUGACAGAUAUCCCAUCCGUUCUCAGCCCAAAUGUUUUUCCAAGGCUGCUCCACCGCCUUUGAUCUGACCUCCUCCUCAAACACGCAGGGUCACAAGCUACCAUGGCAGGCCAGAUAGGAGAAGGCCAACACUGAAGCACUUACUGACAAAAAGAGAAGAGGGGGUCGGGGGGCUGCUGGCUGUUGUACAGAAAAUCUGGCCACAUAGUCUAGACAAGUCUCUAAAAAAUGGACUUUACUCCUCAAAUAUUCAGUGUAUCACAUCCUCUCAGUCAGUCAGCUUUUAUUCUGCCAUGCACAGUUAUUCCUUAGACAGUGCAGUGUGUUCUAAGAAGCUGUUUUCAGAAAGCUGGAGGGCGCUCUAACUUCAGCCUGUGGCUGCUUCUCUGUGUGUAAUGUAGUGUGUGCGUUUGUGCGCGCGCGCGUGUGCGUGUGUGUGUGUGUGAGUGUGUUUUAGCUUGUCUCCUUGUCCAGACACCUUAGCAUCAGGGCAAUAGUGUUCGAGCUCUGAAACGAGGGCCAGACAGACAGAAGUGGGAUGAAUGAAUUGGGUGGCGGGGGUGAUAGGAGAGAGAGGGGAAGAGAGAGAGAGAAAGAGAGAGUAAGAGAGAGAGAGAGUGAAAGAGGGUGAGGCAGAGCGGGUGUUAUUGCUUCAGAAUAAGGGGAUGAUGUGCCUGCAAAACAGUGACAAGCAAAUCAGCUUUAAAACCGGGCCUCCCCAUACACACACAGACACACAGGCAUAAUGGGUUGUUUUGCCGACUUAAGUAAGACACGGUCUACUUCACCAGACUGGAUGUUGAGCUGUUGCAGACAGGGUCAUCCUUUUAUCGCUGAAUAUCUCUGACAUCUCAUUCCAGUAGGUCUCUAUGAUGUCAUGUUUAAGACAUUGAAAUUAACAGUAGACACAUUUAACAUUCACUCUGCAUCAAAAACAUGAUGGAUGUGUGUUGUUGAGGCGUGGAAUGGGACUGACACAGUGAGCUCUUUCUGUGUGUGUGUGUGUGUGUGUGUGUGUGUGUGUGUGUGUGUGUGUGUGUGUGUGUGUGUGUGUGUGUGUGUGCGUGCGUGCCUGCCUUCCUGCGUGCGUGUGAAUGUGUGUGCGUGCGCGUGUGUGUGGAGGUGCCUGUGUUUGUACUGGGAUCUAUUUCUGAUGUCGGGGUAAUGAAUGGCACCUGUUUAGUGUCCUUAGUAGGCCAUCAUUUUGGACGUGCAGUAAAUCUUGUAUUUCAUCACCUACAGCUCCAGUUGAAAGCGUGUCAGAGCGUUUGCCUCCUUCACAUUUUGUUUGUUCUAUCCCGCAAUUUCGGUUACAACUCCAUCUUUCCUGUUGUGACAAGUAUCCUGCCUCCGGUAUCAUGCAGCCUGCAGCCUUAGGGACUGAGAUGCAGCGGUGGUGAUGGUUAGAGCGCCUGAGGAAGUGCUAUCAAAACAAAGAGGACUUGUGCAAUCAAAGGUUUGGUCUAAAUAUGUGUCAUGUCACAGAGCAGAAUGUAAAGUGCUUUGUGGUUUGGCGAGGUGGACUGGUGCCCCAGGCCUGAAACCAUCUGUGGUUGGCAGAAACGGCUCACCAUGGGAAGAGUCCAGUGAGCUGCCUUGUGUGUCUAGCAUGUCUCUCUCACCCCUUAACGAGAAUGGCAUGCAGUGCGCCCCACACACCCCCUCUCCCUCACUGUACUGAACCACUCUGUGUCCCACCGUGCACCCCCCAUCCUGCUUCAAAGCGGCAAAUAACAACAACAACUGAAGGGAGGAGAAGAUGAAUGAGGAUGAAUGAAUGUGCCCCUUCCAUCCCCCCUUUUGCCCGUGCAGCCCCUCCACCUUCCUGCUCCCCUCUACACUCCUCUCCUCUCUCUGACAGACUGCCUUCCUGCAUGCCCUUCCCCUCUCCCGCCCUCUGCUUACCCCUGGUCCUGCAGUCCUGUGUUAUGACUGUGGCUGGUGUGUAUUACACACAUAUCUGUUAGCGCCACUCCUCCGCUGGGACGCCCAUAUAAAGGACUGUCAUUUCCAAAGGUCACGAGUGAGCCCUGAACACAAGUGUUGUCCCGACACUUGGUCUGGAAAAAUAAAAACGGCCAGCUUGCCAGUCCCUGUCCUGUGUCUGUCUGUGGCCGCUAUGACUCCCAGAAGCAAGUGUCUCAGAUGUCCUUUCCCUUUUCUCCUCCUCCUCCUGCUCCUCUCUUCUUUCCUUUAUAAGCUGAGCUCCACUCUUGUUGGGGAAUAAACAUACCUACGCUGUGUUAACUGGCAGGCACAGAGGAAGUCGUGUUUGCAUUUCUUGUGCCUGGCAGUCAGAGAUGACUGACAUUAGCAUCCCUGCUAUGAUCAGUGUGAACAGUUCAAGCACAUUAGUCGAAGUGUUUGCUACAUUUUAGGAAGUAGUACGACUGCGCUGAGAGAGGACAUGAGCCUCAGUACAUUUUUAAGUUAUUCUUAGGGACAUGGUUUGUUUGUCUUCGUCAGCCAAUCUACAUAGAAGUCAUGGUAACAGAUUUCCUUAUCCUUGGUUUUCAGAUCAACACCCUUUUUUAUGACUGAGUGCUAAAUGAGGUCAAGAUGUAUUAACAGAGUGGCGAAUGAGUCAUCAGGAGCUUACUUCCUGUUACUCAGGGCACUUAAAUUUAUUUAUUUCCCCGGUGUUUUAAGAGUCUCUGGUUGACCCCGAGUGGAUUUCCUCCAACAAGAUGACGAUCAUCUGUGUCUAAUUUUUCCCUCACUGAACAUCCCAUAAAGAGUUUCCCUUUGGCUGUAAAGAUGGUGUGGAGAAAAUCCUUCAUUAUUAAUCACUGUCAAACCAAUCACUCAAUACAGCAACACAAUUUCCCUUCAAAAUGUCAUUGCCACUCACUGUGGAUCAACCACACAGAUUGUGUUUUCUGUUUUCUGACUCUAGACCACAGACUAUUUAACAUUGUUUAUUGCGGCUGCACCAACAGUGCAAAUGGAACUUUUUAUGGUCUCGUCUAUCAUUAGCAACAGUUUUCUCUUUGACUCAGCCACACAUAUUUAGUAUUUUGGGAGAUAUUUGUAAUAUUUCGCCUCAUUUAGUGAUCAUGAAGUAUGCUUUUCUUUUGCGAAGGGAUGUUGUUGUAAGAAAAGUCCUCUUCUAGAUCACUUCUGUAUGACAAGUGUGGAAUUUAAGUUAGGAAAUGUCAAGUAAACAUGUGGACAGACACAAUAAACUAAUGAUCCAUAAAUCUGCUAACCUUCUUUGGACGAGACCUUGGGCGUGUUAAAAUCUAGUCCUGAGUGUUCCAGCUAAAACAUGAGUUAAUGCUGCACAUUAAUGCAGCUGUUUCAAAUGUAUUAAAUCUUACAUCCCACCAACCUGCACACAUAUACAGUGUACCAUUCUUUCAGAAAAGUCAAAGACUAACCCUACGAGAGCAUAUGGUGCUCACAUGUAUGUUAUACUGACCCCAGUUUCUAAUAUUCCUUUCAUAAGUGAAGCAGGGUGAUCACCAGUCCAUAGACACUGGAGCUUGUUGGGGUACCAUCACGCUGUUCUCCUGUCCUGUGGUGUCGUCACAGCAGUCAGAGAGUAGGAGAGUGAAACAUGAACUAGUCUGCUGUGGUUUGAGUGGCUUCCCACUAACUCCCAUUUAUUAGCUCUACAAAUGAAAAAGCGGUUUUGUAAAGCAAGCCCAGCUCCUGUUCUGUCCAACGACAUCAGGUGAGUCUGUCACAUAAUGGGUUGUGACUCAUUGACAUUGACUAGUUUUCUACUAAAUAUUUCAACUCCAACUGAACCUGUCAGGUUGAAGUAGUCGAACCCUGUGCCUCAGACCAUCUCUAUUUAUGUACUGUUCAAAUAACCAUAGAAGGGUCAUGGGUUAAUUGUAUGCAAACAGAAGGUCUCCUGAGCUCAGCGCUUUAUGAUGGUGAUACUGUAGCAUGUGGUAUGAUUUUGAGCAGGGUUUUAGGGGGAAGUCAUUGAAGGAAAAGGUCACUACUGUGGUUCAGUUUCUUUCAAACAACUGAACUAUGAAUGUGUGCUGAAUCUUUCCCCUGAAUAUGUUAACAUAUGAGGUUAAACUGUAUUAAGCUCAGCCUCUGCAGAUCACUGGAACUGCACUGACCUCUUCUUACACAACCAGUGGUAGAUCAGCACUAGUGUCCUUCGCUCCUUUUCCUGUUCGAGCCUCGGUCUGCUGCCAGGAGGCCCGGUUAUGUCACCCAUAAAAUUUCCUGACAUCUUUCUCAAAAUUGAAGCCUGGGGGACUUGUUUUUUUUUUUCUUCCUGUCUGUCAUGCAUCUUUAAGGAUACUUUCAUCUGAAAAAUGCAGCCUGGCUAUGUCCUUAAGUUAUAUUUCUAUCAGACAGUGUUCCUCAUUUACAUAAAGCCUAGCUAAUCAUCUUUCACGACAUCAGUGAGGUAAUGUCUGGGCAGGUCUUUCAGGGAGGCACAAUUAAAACAUGUCCAAUCCUAUAAGAGGCAGCCAAUCAAUAAAGUCGAGGAAUGGCAGACUUUUUAUGGAGGGUGAUUUGGCACAGAGUUGCAAAGGUUUUUAUAGUUUUUUUUCUUGAAGAUUGCCCUCUCUUUGAUGCUUGUAGCUUGAUAGUUCUUCAAUUGUUCUAUUAUAAAGGAAGCAUAUGUGAUUAACCUCACAUACGAGGAGCUUUUUUUUCUGUGUGACUGUACAUGUGAGAGUAUUUUGAGUUGUUCCUAGUAGGUAAGAACACACCAGCCAGUAUCAUUUAGGGAUCUUUAGACUGUGUGCAUCCAACUCAAUUGCCAGUUUUAAUCUCAGCUGUUUGUCUGGAUGCCUUUCAGAUUUAUGGAGGUAGUCAUCAUCAUACAGAGCACACAUUCGAGCUCUGCAUCUCAGUGACAGAGCACCCGGACUCUCAGAUCAUAGACUGUGGGGUUUGACGGGGUGGGGCAUGUCCUGAGGUAAGCAAAGGCCUCUGGACAUAUUUAUUUUUCUCCUGUGAGCCUUUUGAGCAAGCUCUCCUCGUCAAUCUUGCGCUGUCAGAGAAGGCCCAGAGGUGGGAGCUCCCAUCCCUCUCGAUCUCACAGGGGCCACUGUGUACACAGAGACCCCAGGGUCAGGCCCUGGAUGCUCCUUUCUCUGUUGUGAAAUACACACUGUACAAGAAGAGAGGGGUGCUGGGAGUUGUCCUGUCUUUCUGCUCCUACAAAGCCAGGAAGCCUACUUUCUUCUUCAAUUUGCUCUUGUUAUUACUUCAUCAGGAUGUGAGUAAACAGCGAGCAUCCAGCUGAAAGAGACUUCAAAGCUGCUCCAGUUCUCCCAUCUCACCUCAUCUCAACCUCUCACUUCCUAAGAACAACUGUCAGCCCAGGGGAUUGACAGCUGCAGGACAGAUUUUACCUUCUGCAGAAAUCUUUACAUGUGGCUUCAGAGCAUGUUGGUGGGGGGCAGAGGCAGCAAGGGGAGAAAAAAAAAAGCAAGACAGAGAAUAGAAUGACCUCAUCAAACCAAGUUUUUACAUGUGUUCCCCCAUCUGACACGCGUGUGUUUCUGAUCUUACCUUCUUUCUGGAAGAGGAGAAUGUUUCCUGUUUGAGCAGUCUGGUGGGUUCACAGAGGAGUCGGGGGGGUAGGGUUGCUCAGCCGGCGUCUGGUUCUGUUGAAGUAGAUUCCCCACAUCUUCAUCAAACAACAGCUCUGUUUUGGCACGGCUCUGAAAACUGACCCUGGUGGUCACUGAUGUCUUAGGGUAUGUGGAAGAAUCAAGGCGGCAACACUGCAGUAGUUGUAUCUCGCAGCGAUCAGGGCUGCUGGUCCCGUGAAAAACAUGUGCGUUUUUUCUAAAUUUAUUAGCUUUAGAUAAAAAAAGUGUUGAUGGAUCCUCCUGUACAUGUGAAGGUGGCCCUGAUCUUGAGCAUUUGAGCCAGAGAUACUUGAGUGCUGAUACUAAAUAUUUAUUUAUCCUCUCUUUUUGUUUAUAUCUGCACCUCCCUGCUUUUAAUGGUGAACCCAAGCACACCUGGAGUAUGUGCACACAGAUGUGAAGCAGUUCGCGUAGACUUGCGUGCUUGUGUUUUCCUUCCUGUCAGAGGCUCUGACCGAACAGAGAAGCAGUGUGUUGAAUGGGGUCGUCCCCUGACAAGAGCAGUAAGCAAUCUUCUGUUGAUGUUCUUCCACAUGAAAUGUGAUACAGUGGAUGGGAGUGUGUGCAUGCAUGCGUGUGUGUGUGUGGAUGUAUGUCUGCCCUACCUUGUCCAGACUGGUUCCUGUUUUGCUAAUAAAAGAGAUCUUCUUUUAGUUUUGGAUACUGAUCUCUCCACACAAGUUUAAAGACCUCAUUCACGGUUCACACUGCAUUUGCCCCUUAAUGUCUCACAGCAGGUCCUCAGUCUCAGGCCGUGAUUCAUGGAGUGACAGGUCUAACUCUGACGGCCAUAAGGGCCCAGUCAGACAUAGUCGACUUGCACAAAUGCCCAUGCCGACACCGCAGACAAAAACAUGUUACGCACCAGGGCCAAGAUACUUGCAGUGAACAGUCCUGGUCCCUGUCAUGUAGAUUUUAGCCAUGCACAACAUUAAGAUAUUAAAUCGUCUUGUGGUUUUACCCCUUAUUGUUGUACUUGUGUUGAAACAUGUAGCCCUCUGACAUCAGCAUAUCAAUCUGGAAAUGUUUCGAGGAUUCCUCAUACGGACACAGCUGUAGAGUUUUGAGAGUCUUCUUGCGGAGUCAGAGGGAGAUGGAAAUCCAGACCUAAGAUGUUUAACUCAAGGGCAGAACUUGAUUUGAUGUCCAAUAAAAAAUCCCAAAUCCUAAUCACGGCCUGAUCUGUCCCAGAUCACAUGGUCCUUUUCUCUGAUGUUUUCAUUUUUCUCUCUUUGUUUAUUUUAGUGUUUCCGGGCACUGUGCUGUAAAGGACCUCCGCCGCCAAGACCAGAGUAUGAUGUGGUGUGCAUUGGCCUGACAGGUGCUGGGAAAACCAGCCUGCUCUCACGCCUCUGCAGUGAGGGCAGCGACGGCAUUGUACCUACAACAGGUAUGUGAUCAUCAAAAUGUUGAAGAGAGACACAGAGAAAGAACAAAGAUGUUUGAAGAGGAACAGGGUUUGCCCUUAAAUAGAAGCAUGCACUGCCCUUCCCUCACAUCUGCACUUGAAUGUUUUCAGAACACACUGUCCUCUGGAUUAGACCCACAGGUAGAGAAUCUUAUCAAGGUAUUACUGCUGCCCAACAGGGGGAAGCAUGUCUUCAGUUUAUCCUCCAAAGUCCCAGUGCUCAUGCCAGAAACGCUCUGCUGGAUCUCACCAGCUAACACUCGGCUUCUCCCCUCUGGUCAAGAAGGGAGGCUGAUUUUAAGUAUGUCCAGAAGAGGAGGCUUUAGGGUUAGUUCAUCAUUCUCUUGGUAGUCCACGCUCUGCUGCUUUCCAUAUACGCAAUGCAAUCCCUCAAGGAAACUGACAUUCCUUUUUCCACCCUUGGCUUUGUCAGCAGUCAGUUCUGAGCUGUUGCAGGAGUCCCGUUUUAGAUUUAGUCAUUGUGUACUUUUACAAGUCUAAGCUAAAUAUAAAGUGGUUCCUAAAUGUGCGGUCCAUAACUGUGUGUGUACAUUCGCAGGUGCGUGUGUGUACUGCUUUGGCAGGGGUUGGUUAAAGGAGCACCUUCACCUGCCUGCGUCUGCCACAGAGUAGGCCUUAUAGGAUAGAAAAAAAAAGUUGAUUACUUACCUUGGCAGAGUAAUUUGAGCAUACUUAUCUGAGCGAGAGAUUUAGCUGUCAGCACAGACUGUGUCUGCCAACAUUUAGAAAGGGAAGAUAAUGAAGAGCAAUGAGGGGGAACUCUUCAGUGUUCCUCCUCCACUUCCUUCCACUUCAUGAUUUUCUUCUGUUGUAAUGUGCUUAAAAACCACAUUUAGCAUUUAAUUCAUAUGUUUAUAAAUCAUAAUCUGUUGUCUCUGCCAUGUCUCCUCCUGUUUGUGAAUGUUUCCAGGAAAGGGAUUCCCACAUUGACAAUUGAGCAUAAUUUGUGCAACAUUAAAUCUCUUCCUUCAUGGGUUCCUUUACUAUUUCCCACCGUAUGUAACCGCAGAUACUCACCACAUAAUAAAUAUGGUAGCGCUUUAGGCAUGAGUUCUAUCCUGCACAAACUCCAACAAUACUACAAAAACUUUAAGCUUCUUUUGUCGUUUUUAUUUUCUGGUGUGUUUUGCUAAGUCGGACCACACAAAGUGUUUCUGUCUUCCUUUAGUUUUGUGAUACAGAUAUGUUGUCAGACCCUGUUGUGUUCACCAGAUGAUAUUUUGGAAGAGGUACACCAGAUAUCCCGAGGACACUAGAAGAUAGAUUGGAGGGUUUGAAAGGAGACUUUUUCUUUAUUAAAAGGAAAUCCAGGCAAACAUCUCUUAAACUUGACUGUUCUGUGUGCACAUAAGCUCUCCACAUAUACCACACACGAUUCCUUAAUGUCAUUGCGGUUAUUGAUUUUUCAUUUUUCUCUUCCUAGGUUUCAGCAUCAAAGCAGUGCCAUUUCCAAAUGCCAUCUUGAAUGUAAAAGAACUUGGAGGUAAGAAAUCAGUGUCCUGUAAAGUGUUGAGCAUAGAUAAUGACAUCCUGUUUUAGCCCAAGAAAUCCUCCAUGUGGGCGAAUCUUCAUUAGGUGGAAUAGAGGAGCCCCACAGUGUUACACUAAGGUGAAGUUUAAUAGUUUUCUUUUGUGAGCAGUUUUCUAUCCACCAUAAAACAGUGAACUUUUUUAUUAGAUAAAACAGCAAGCAGCGUGCAGAGUCAUCACUGUGUGUUUUUACAAGCUUAUUUCCUUUUUAAAACAUCAAAUCUUUACACUGUCUUCUUUCCAAAGUCCUGGUGAAGAAUGAUCCUCUUCAAAAAACAACUGCUGUGCUGAAAAUCCCAAAUCUAAAUAACAGGAAUAAGUGUUUUUUCCCAGUCGAAACAUGCUCUGCUCCUUCAGCUUUUACUACAGAAAACUCAGUCGGACGACACAAUCUCAUCUCAUGUGCCUGAGAUGCAGAUGUUGGUCUUUACCUCCAGAAGUCGAGCACCUUUCAGUCACUGACUGUUAUGUACAGACAUCAGACCCACUCAUGUGUUUUGAAGUACUCCUAUCAUCCCCACCUUGUUAUUCCUGGAAAUGCGCAGUACUCUAGGAAGUAGUUUACUAAGCACAGAUGAGGGAUCUGGAGGUGGAGACACGUAAACAGAACAAAUGCCACGGGAGACUUCUAGUCCUUAAAGGGAGCCGUAAGAGAGGGAUAAAUCAGCGCUUUCCCCUCUCCCACACGCCACUUAGUCACACAAGGAAAUUCAUAGUUUUGUUGAGUUGUUAAGAUAAUUUAUGUUGUUUUCUGCUCACCAUAGGCACAUGACAGGUGCAGUGCAUGUUUUCUGAGGCUCAACCGACCUAGUCUCCUGAAAAGAUGAAAAACAUACACUCACAGCCACCAACACACAGACUUACACAUACACACACACCACAAAGAGGCACAGAGGGACCACCAACGAUGGUGCUACCAAAUUUGGACAGAGCGCACCAGGGGCUUUUCAAAAGAGGUUUUUCUGGAUUGGUUGAAAGCCAGUCUAGUGGGACAUUAUUGUGGCUGGAAAAACGAUGGUCCCACGGAUGACACUUUUGAUUUAGAUAAGUUAGUAUAGGCUGCUACCACAGCAAAGGAUGAUGAAAUCACUUCCCUUCCCGUCUUAUUCCCCCUGCCGAGACCCUUCCACGACAGCUCCUUUUCUCGUAAAUACACAGAGCGAUUUAUGGUGCCAUCCAUUCUGGAUGAGUUGGAGAUGGUAAAAACAAGCACGUGAUGUUUUGACGCCUCUACGGACCAGUUCUUUCACGGCAGAUUCAAAUGUCGGUUUCUGACAGAGGAAAACUUUAGACUUGCUGCUCUUUUGUUUGGGUGAAUGAAGGAUAGUCUUUAUGAUCCAAACGCUUGUGACGUAAAUAUGGAGUCAGGAGAGUUGGUGCUCUUGCAAAACAGCCGUAAUGAGCCUUUCAGAUCACUCUGUGAUCGGUACAUCAGAUCAUUCUUAGUAACAUACUCAACACUCCCAAUUUCUGUCAGAAUUCUUUCCUUUUCCCAUAGCUGUGAAACAAGCAAACAUGCCCCGUUUAGUUUUAUGUUAUUUUGUACUGCAUCAAUGAUGCAGAAAGAUGAUACAAUAUGUGACGCACAGAAAUCAGCACUCAUGAGCCCAAAGGACUUGUGUUUGGGCAAUACCUCUGCGGCUGACUCUCUUCACUCAACAUUGACCAAAGCGAGGGCAGAGGCAUGGAGUAAUGAGGCUCCUCCUAUGUAUUUCCCUCCUCUCCCACUGGAAAGAUCAUUAGAUAUUAAUUGUUUUUCUAUUUUUCUCCCUUUAUAAAUGGGCAACAAAAGGUCUGCAGGUGUUAGAGAAAAACAAAGCAGGGUUAAAACGUGAUCAGAUUUUCACCUCAUAAUCACAAAGUCCAAAUAUUUCACAGUAAUGAUAUUAUUCCAAUGUUUAUAGAAAACUUAAAAUGGAAAAAACACCAUCGGUAAAAUUAGAAAAAAGCCAAGACAAGACCAGACAUAACUAAACAUAUUUUUUACUUUAUCACCAUCCAUGUCUGAUAAGGUUUCAAAACUCACCACCCUUCUCUGCCUCCUCUGUGAUUUAGUGCGACACAUUGUCCACUUCCCAUCCUUACAAAAUCGAAAACCCUCUCAAACUGGUAAGGAAAGGUGUUCCUCAUAGAAGCCCAAUCCUUACUCCUUUCAGCCACAGUUUUUUUUUUAACCUUGCUGUUGGCUUGGCAGGCUGAGCCUGGUUAUUGCUCAACCCGCUUCAUCUGGGAGACAAACAUGGUUCAGGUUUAACAGGAGGAGGGCACAUGGGAAACAAGCAAAUGUUAAGGUCAACACCUUUGGCACACAGAAAUCUCGCAUAGAGCAAAGAGCAGAAAAUGACCCUAACAUGGCACUUGGAGCUGGUUUAGGAGCCAAGCCAUUAAAAUGUUGCAGACCAUGAACCCCAGAAGGUGUGGUUGACUCACAACUGUGAUUUGUAUCGUUGCUGCUAAGCCUGAUAAUGCAUUUUUAACUCUCCUUGCCUUGAGUGCACUGGGCCAGCUCGUCAUAAGCACAAGCUGUCCUUUAAACCAAAGGCCCAAAGCAGCUUAUGUGCGACUGUGAGGUAUGGUGCCGGCAAUGAUUCAGACCGGGAUAUAUAUGUUUGUAUGAAUGCACUCAUGCAAUCAUCACGGAGGUCCCUGUUGCCCUGUUUGACUUAAUUCCCGUCUUUUCAUCUCACAUUCUGGUUUGCAUUUUUUCUUGACUUCCCCGUCUGCCUCCCAUCCUGUCUUCACUUUACUGUCGCUCAUGAUAUUUGUUCCAUCUUUGUCUCUUUUCGCUUCUUUUAAUCUUCAAUCUUGUCAAGUUCUCUUUGCGUAAUGCUUGUCAAGCACUGCCUGGUCUUCAUAAAGCUCACUGCCUGACAGUCAUUAUCAGGCUGGAGUUGUUGUUCCUGUCAUUAUAUGCCCUACAUGCUCGUAAAUACAUCAGAGUUGGACAGCUUUUUACAGGGUCCGGAUUUCUCGAAUACAAAAUAUAUUUUCUGAAUGGUUGUAACUGAUAAAGGAUGAAACACAGUGCCUUUAUUAUGGCUGUUUUUUAAAGAUGAAACUUUAUGUUUUGUUUCUCAAUCUGGGUUUGUGUUCAUGUAUAUCACAACAAAUCCUGAAAUGUUGUUGAAACAGCACUGUGGUAGGACAAAAAGUGCAAGAGAGUCCAAUCAAAAAUCAGGCUAAUGUUUGAGCUGAAGUGAAUCUUAGAGAUGCACCGAUCCAUUUUUCUCCGAUCCAAUCCAAUACUGAUACCUGGGCCGAGCUUAGGUAUUAAAGUUAUAUCCGAUACAGAUCCAAUACUACUGUUGAAUGAAUGAACUGUAUACCUUGCCAUGUGAGUGAAGGCAUCAGGCUUCACAUUAGUCUUGUUAAAAAAAAAGGUCACAAAUUAACACAGAUAUAAAAUUACUUAAUAUUAUUUAUUAACAAAUAACAAAUUGCACAUUAGCACACAGCAAAAAGAAGUAAGACUUCCAUGUAAACAUUUAGCGCAAAAGAAUAGACAGCCAUGGAAAAUAGAGCGAACAGAAUCGCUGUGUUGCUGUUUAUGAUAUUAAUUAAAAGGAAAAAAAAGAAUGGAUCGGAACACUGCAUCAGCGUCAUUCAACAGAUUUCCUAUCCAAUAAUUUGUCAAUAUCUGAGCUGAUAUCCGAUCCAAAUAUCAGAUCGGUGCAUCCCUAGUGAAUCCAUCUUAAACAAUACAUUACCAGAGCUGAGUUGCAGACUAGCUGUGUAGAUGAGACAUCUGUUUGCUAAGGAGUCUUCCCAAAACAGGGAAAAAAAUCAUCAGGCUGUACUGUCAUAUGGCAUAACUGUACUUCAUGUCUAAUAACCUUUGCUUAGUAAAUGAGUUUAGUCAGACUGUGUGUGGUAUUACAAAGAAUGAUUCUUAUCAAACGUGAUUACUCCCUUUUUGUUGUAAAGCUGCCAGCACAGAGAGAUGGAUGAGCUGUUCUGUAAAACAGUGGGCAGUAACACUGCAGCAGAACUAAUCAUCCACACCUCAAAACAAGGACUACUUGUACUUAUCAGUAUAAAGUGUGAGCGAGUCUUGGCCCCUAUACAACAUGGAGAAUUUAGCACAAGGCGAUCUAUAAUCUUCCAGGCGUUUGCUACGCAGCUGGUGCAGGUAUAGGGAUUAGGUGGGAAGGGCACCUCUGGGGACACAGGGAAGAAUCUAUUUAGUGUGGUUAGGAGUGUGUGAGUGCGUGUGUGUGUGUGUAUAUGUCUGGACAGUGACAUGACGUCAAGUCUAGACAGGCCAUUUCACAGUGUGAAUUCAUGCCACGCGAUGACAGCUGAUGAAGAGGUGGUCCUAAUAAUCCCCCGUCUAUGCUGUUGUUGCUUCUGAUUCUAAGUCGAGAGGUGGAUAUAUUAACACCUGCAGCAUUCUCCUUGAAGCUGUUGUCAUCAGCCCUUUCUAUAUUCAAGUCCAAUCGUAAUCAGACUACUUCCAUUAAACAUGCGUGCUUCAGUGGGUCGGCUGAAGUGCUUUCAUUUGCAGAUCAGAUUGGGUGUCUGCACAUAAGACUAUUAAUGAGUACUACAUGUCCCCGCUAUGUGUGUAGAAUUCCUACAGAGUAAGUAUGCGAAGACAUCACAGCACAUAAACCAGUGUCUCCACCGAGCAGCAGCCAAUGGCAGUCUGUGAGCACAUUGAAGAACAAAACCACUCCAUGUUAGUCAUCACAAACCAAACGUGGUUCUUGUUACUAUCAAACAGGACCACAGUGUGCGUGAGUUUGCCCUGCAGGGAAGCCUUUCGUUUGCGUUUGGAAAAGAGCGGACCAGAAUCUGAAAUAAUUUGUAUAUUGUCUUUGGGGUUUCAAGCAGAUGUGCAAGUGACAGACUGUUCUGAUUUUGGAGCUUUGAGGACAGCCAUGGAACCAAUAUCUAUUUCAGGGCCUGAUUGAAGGAUAUUACCCGAUUUGUUGUCAGAUCACUGAACCAGCAGUCACCUGAUUUUAUCUGCAGGAGUUAGGAGAAAGGAGGGAUUUUAAAUAAGGGUUGAAAAUGGUUGCACUUAUUCAGAGAUAGAGAUCCAGAGUGUCUGAGAGCCUGAAUAAGCUCCAUUACUCACACACACAAAAGAUAACUCCUAUGAUCGUGAAUAAUCGGAAAUGCUACAUCUCUGUAAACCAGAUGGAAGAAAAUCAUAAGCAGACUGAUCAGACAUUACCAACAGGUUUGUUAAUUAUGUGCAUAAAUGAGAGGGCUUGACAUGGGUUGCAGGCCAGGCCUCACACAGAAACUGUUUACUGAAAAACAGACAGUGCUGACACUGCAGGCUGAUGGGUGUAUCAACAGCUGAAGUGUUUUCUACCUCUCUCCAGCUCUAGUCUGGGCUCAUUCCUCAAUGAAGUAAGCAAACUUUAUUAUGAGAGGCCCAGCACUCCCUCCCAUCACUGUAUUGUAGCUGUUUUGUUCCGAGAACUGUCUGUUUUUCGUUAGGUACACUUCAAAGAGGGCUGCUUUCAGUGUUUCAACUUUAAAGAGUGAAAAAAGACCUGAUUAGCAACACAUUUGUGUUUUGUAGAAGAUAAAAGCUGGCAAAAAGCGUGGACGAUUGGAGGCAGAGAUCUCUGAGGAAGUAUUGUUGGAGUUGCCUGUGAAUCUGUAACCUUACCUGCAUCUCUGACCAACAACAAACACAACAAGCCUCAACAGUAGCCUAACUUGAAACAAUAUAUGGUAGUAGGUUUUUUCUACAAUGACUCAUUCCUGAAAUGUGGAACAUCACAAGCUGUUUGAAUCCCUGAAUGAAUUCACAAACACCAGCCUGUAAACACAGCUGAGAGACAAAUUGAAUUAAAAGUGAGCACAAUCUGCUUUUCAUUUUUACUCUCUAAUUGUUUGCUUGUGUUUUACUGGCAUUUGCGUCCCAAGAUUGAUUUAUGAAGUCAGAGUCACACUUCGCUAAAGAAGUAAUAUGAUCGCUCAAACGCAGAUCGCAGCUGUAUUUGUGUAACGAGUAAAUCUGUGCUCUCGCCGUUCUCUCCUCGUCUCCUGCGCUCUCAGCAGCAUCACCUCACAGAGAAUUGAUUUGUGCUGUCCACUUUUUUCAUAACAUACUUUACUUCUUGUCCUCGAACUAUAACCUCUUCAUCACUCAACUAAAUGGAACUCUGCCUAACUAAAGCUAAUCAAAACCACAGCCAGCAUCCCACCCAGCUCCUGGGCUGACUCUUCUCCCAUUAGCCUUCCUGUCAAGACGCAUUUUUGCACAGAGUGUCAUUGUUUGGUCUUUGCUAGGUGAACACAUUAUGUCUUCUGGUAAAUAAGAUGCAGAAUACACAAUUGUGUUUAUUUCGAAGUUUGAAUAUUCAAGCGUUUUAUUGAGACAGUCUGCUCUUUAUUCUUCUGAUGAUACAACAGAGAGCAAUGUAGCGGUAUACGUGUGGGAAAAGUUACAUACAUAGCUAAUGAGUGGUAGCUCUGGUAUGCUUUUCACCUAACAGUUGCCUGCAGCACUCAGCUGUGCAUACACUGAAUCACCACAUGUCUGUGAAGCAUAGCACAUUCAUGAAGAUUCAUGUCUCUCAUCCCCAAAUCAUGUAAACAUGUUCAUCAUUCAUAGAUCCUGUACAUGCAGGACUUCGCGUCGCAGCCGCUCUCCCUUUUCCACGAAGGGAGAAAAAAAGGUAGCAUGUUUGAGUGAGGGGGAGAAGGAUGGGUGGGCUGGGUGAGUGUUUUCCUCGGAUCAGAUUUCCAUCCGUUUGACAUCACAGACCUACAUCACAUAUUUGUUUUGUCUGCAGUGUCAGAGGGUCUGAAAUGUUGAAAUAUCAGCUUUGAUCCAACACCUUUAAAAGUAUAAAAUAUGAUCUGUUUGUAUGAAAACAAAAUAGGUAGAUGUAAAAACUGUCUGGUACAGGAGAGAAAGUUAGUUCACUUAAAAUUCUAAAAUAAAAAAAACUAUCAAUCCUGGAAAAGCUUGUCUACAUAUUUCUGCCAUCAAUCUUUACAUUGUCUGCUCAUGUUGUUAAUCUAUGUGCUUAAAUAAAACAAAAAAAAAACCAGCAGGAUCUGUGAAGCCAAGGACACAGGAAAAAUCAACUCUAAAAAAAUGCAACUCAUGUUUGAAGUUAGAGUAAAGUAAAGAAACAAUGAAACCACUGAAAGAAUUAAAGCAGAGUAUCCAGAUCUGGAGCCCUCAUGUUGUUUCUCAGACUCCGAUCAUGUUCCAUUCAAUACAUUGAUUUUACAAAAAAAAAACAUCCAUUAUUAAGUUAACACAGUCAGAACUCAAACUGUGAAAAAGUUAGGCAAAAAAAAAAGUCUUCUACAUGAUGAGUCAGCGCUGUACAGGGUCAGGAAGAAACACACACUUGAAAGGCAUGCGAUGUGCAUCAGUCCUGCGGCUCUGUUCAUCUUCGUGCGCUUUUGCAUGAGUAGAAUCCAAAAGUGCAAAACAUCUUGUCUGUAAUUACAAGCUGGAUUUGCACCAAAGUGGGAGGAAAAGUUGAAAGUAAAGAAGAAAAAACAGGAUGUGAAAGACCUCACUGGUGGUGUGCUUUGAUUUCUUACAUAUAGCAGAGCUGACAGCAUCCCCGAGACUCAUGAUGUCAUUUCUGUAAGUCCUCCUGUUACACCAAUAGGUGGCAGGAGUUGCCAACGAGACCCAAUGAAACGUGACGGACAUUCCACCAUUUCCAGGCAAAGAUGAGAGAAACUUCCUCGUCAAUCUCUCAAGUGCCACUUUGUCUGAUAGCUUUCCACUCCACUGAGAGGUGUGAGAAGAGAGGGGUAGGGGACAAGGAAGGGAGGGGAGAGCGUGAAGGAAAGGAGGUAAAUGUCAGUGAGAGCGCUUUGGGAUGUUUGAACAUUGUCCAGCCUUGUAGUUUGUUUCUGCAUGGCAUUAAUCUCACUGUAAACAACAAUAUCAACAAUUCACAAGAUUGUGAUGGAAACUGCAGCAGAUGGAGGAGGAUGGAUUCAACCAAAGAAUAAGACCUACAAUUUAAAACAGAGCCGUUUUUUUCACCUCAGAAAACAAAAAUCUAUUCUCAACAGAAAAGUGAUGCAUGAAUAGAAAUAUGAUGGCAACUGAACGUAAAUGCUUUUUAAAAAUCAUUGAAUAAUUAAAUUAAAGAAAAGGUCUUUUCUGUUUAUAAUGCCACACAGUGAAAAAGAAAAAAACUUUUUUAAGUCAAUUUCUUUUUCUUCGUCAUACUGCCUUUAUAUUGAGGCUCAGCCUUGACUCUACCUCACCCUCUGUUGGCUUGGAAUGUUAAGUUUCUCAGUGAAGAGUGUUAACAGCCUUAGUCAACUUUUCUUUCAUCACUUACAACUAACUCCAGCUUUUACAAGUGAGAUGCAUGAGUAACACAAAGUACAAAACAAGCGUUUCAUGUUUUAAUAAAAGCAUAUUUUCUCCGUUGCUUAAUCGGACAGCUGAAGAGAGAGAGGACAUGUUGAGGGUAGAGACUGGGAGAAGACCUGAACCAGUGACCACAGCCCUUCUACACAUACUUCAACCUCUAGGCCAGCUGGCACCCCUGUGCGCUGUUGUUUUGACUGAGUUUUCCCACUGCAAGAGAAGCAAAAGCAGGAGUUUUAAUUGAGCAUUUCUUUCUGACUUAAAAAUAGUUUGUUUUUUUUCUUACCUGACUGAAUAGUGAGAAUACUGAGAAUUAGCCAGAGCAGAAACCAAGCUUUCUCUUUAUAAGAUAAAUACGAGUUAAGGUUUAGAUGAGCUUUUAAGAGGUGAAGCCUUUCCAUAACUAUGAUAUAAUCUUUGAGUAAACAUGGGAUAUGAUCUCUACUGUCACUCCAGUCUAUACCAAGUUAAAGGUUCCUGACAGGAUUGUGACAUAGAGGGAAAAUUGAACUAAUACUGCUCUGAAAUUGAAUUGUUAGAAAAAGUCCCAGACCAUGACUUAACCCCGGCUAAGCUCUGGUAAGCACAUGACAAUGUUAUUCUUCUGGUGAGAUAUUGAUAAGCUUACAGGGUGGUCAAGGACGUGGGUGAGUUUAGAGUCGAUCUAAUCCUAUAAAGCAGAUACAUACCCUCAGUUUAAGCAAGUUAAACAGGGGUGAUAAAACAGGAUGGUUGUUUCAUUUUUCAAUGACAUGAAUCCUGCUCAAAAACAUCUCUCCUUCAUUUGUGAGGUAAGAGGAGUUGGUAGGAAAAGAGACAGGUCUGACUCAUGUUGUGAAUAUGUAAGUCUCUUCUUCAUAUUACUCACUUCAACUACUAAAGUUUCUUGAACUUAACCACUGUGGGCAGACUUUUGUGGUCGACAUCGACAAACAGAAAGGAACCAUGUGUUUUUCACUGUGAACUCGAUGUCAGCGUGGCCUUGAAAAUCAGCCCAGACUGUGUUGAAAUGAUGAAGUGAGUGUGUGUGAAUGGGGCUCACUCCUUUGUUUUUGCAUUUAGUCGAAAAAAAUCUCAAUGUGUUUUUUCUUGGUUACAAAGAAUCUGCUGUACAUUAAUCUGCUGCAGCUAAUAAAAACGGAGUGGAUGGAUUAGAUGGAUGUUAAGCAAGGAAAAAUGAUGAAUCAUGAAUGAUCAUUUAUUGUGUAGUGCUAGUUUUCAUUUUUUGACACAUGCUCUGUCAUCUGGCCACAGGAGCAGACAACAUCAAGAAAUACUGGAGUCGUUACUACCAGGGCUCACAGGGUGUAGUCUUCGUAUUGGACAGUGCCUCGUCGGAUGAGGACCUCGAGGCAGCGCGCAACGAGCUCCACUCGGCCCUGCAGCACCCACAGCUUUGCACACUGCCUUUCCUCAUCCUUGCUAACCACCAGGACAAGCCUGCUGCAAGGACGCCAAACCAGGUAAUUUGACCUGCUCAGUCUGAUAUUUGUAAAUCACACACAUUUGAAAAUAAACUUACAUAUAAAUCAUGAAUAUAUCCACAGAUGAAUACCCUUUAGACAUACAUAUACACAAUUUAGGACUACUACUGAAUAACAAGCCAGCGGCUGAAGACAGUGGGUGCAUGAGAAAACACAAGUGGCAAACAUGCACCUUUGUUGUUAUCUCUAGGUUCAUGAUAGGGAGUUUUAUGACUGGGAGGACUGGCAGUUUGAGGAACAACUGUUCCCUUAAUUUCAAACGGCAAUUAGCUUGAAAAGAGGAGAAUGAAAGGAUAGAGUUCGACGGAAGAACCUUAAGUUAUCGGUGAAGCUGAUUAAUCAAGCUGAGAGAGGAUUCCAGGUCCUCGUCUCGAUCUAAAUGUCCAUCCUCAGACAGAGAUGUCCCCUUCUCCUGUCUUUCUGGAUCUGUAUUUAUGGAUUUAGUUAUUUCUUACUUGCCAUCAGCUUUUGCUGUUCUGCUCCACUUCUUGUAUUGAAUGCAUCAGCAAUGUUAGCUUGCAAACCUCAAAUUAUCUCCCGACAUGGUCAGUCUUUGAUGCAUGCAUAUUAGUUCCAGUAAUAUUCUCUGUUAUUCCUCAAUUAUAAGGGGAGUAGUAUGAACAUGAUUAUUUCAGAUUAAUAUCUGACAUGACGAUCAGCUGUAAUCAGUAAUCAUUUUCUUUAAGGUGUAAUGGUUUUCUUCUGUCCGUUCUCUUUUUGUGGAGCAUUCAUCUGUUUCACAGGUCAGGGAACAUGAGAGGCAUGUGCUUCCAAGAUGCUUGCUUUUUAUCUUUGCAAGUAAAUGGACCAUGAAAGAGCUUUCUGGCCCUGGAACACAGAUCCUCUAAAUCUUCAUGUUUGCCUGUGUUUUCUCUCUUUUUGUAGUAAAAGAUUUGAUUGUUUGGAGUUCAGCAGACAUUCGAUCUUUAAACUGAAGAUCAGAUUUAUUACCACUGAACUCUUGAUUUUUAGUCAAUUUCGGUGAUUCAGACUGGAAGACUUAUUUCAGGUUAUAACUUCUGUGGAGUCCAUAUCCAUAUUUGAAACCUGUUCAUGUUAAAGGUUUAUUUAAAAAAGGGCUCUGAUAUCAGUCUGCAAUCCGGCCUCAUUUGAGUUUGUCUGACUGCAGACUUCAUAAUGGUCCAGGCAGAUCUUGCACCUCUAACCCUCCCUGCUUUUUGGAUCAAUGUACUCCUGACUGAGUGUCUUUCCAUCAGCUCCCAGCACAGAACCUCCUGAGAACACUCUUUUGUUGAGGUGAUUUUUUUUUACUAUUCAGAAGAUAGUAGAAAUGUCAUGUAGAAGCCAAAAUGGUAGGUCAUGUCACCACCUUCCCUCAGGACAGAAUUAAUCACUGCUGGAGGAGUCAGCACAACUUUGGGAGUAUGUCCUCUCUCUCUCUCUCUCUGUCUUUCUUCUUGCUCCACUCUACCUUCUCAGCAGAAGUCUCUUGGUGUGGGAGCUAUAUGUAAUGCUCGCAGCGCUCCCUGUGCACUGCUCACUCAUGUUUUACAGUCCUGGAACCUCACUUUGCGGCACGCUCUCAAAGCACUCGUACACAAACCUUUGCUGUGGCCGAUUUAAUGACUAAAGGAUAACAAAGAUGGAUGCCUGGAGAGAGAGGACCAUCUGCAUUUUGGAGCAUGGACCACCAGUGUUGCUCCUUGUCAUUGAUGUUACAUCUGUAGUGGGAAAUGAUUGAGAGAAAAGCUCUAUACCAGAUUCUGCCGUGACCCCGACUGAAUGAAUCUAAGAGAGAGAGAGAAAAAAAAAACAGAACUUCAAUCAAUUUAACGUAGUUUAAGUAAUUAGAGUGGACUGGUUGCACUUGAGCACCAGCCACUACAGUCACGUUAACCCACUAAUCUUAUUGAUAUUUUAAAUGGCCACUGCUCACCAUGAGCCCGACAACACUGGUCUCUUUGUUGGCCCUCAUAACGUAGCCAAUUAAUCCAGUCUGUGAGCACCAUUUGCCCGCAGGUCGUAGCGUGAUGUGUCCUCUGCCAUAUUUGACCCAUCAUUGCAUCAGUCUCAGGUUGUAUUGACUCUCCUGAACUGUUUGCAAACACUGGUGACACGUGAGACUGGCUUAUGGGGACGGGGACAUGAGAGGGAUGUCCCCUGAAGGCCUUUUCAUGUGUCGGGCCGUUACAGUUCAUCAUGAAUGACUUACAUAGACUGAGAGGAAGCUCAUGUUAGCACUGGUGCAGCUCAGUUGUACUUGCUUUUAUUUCUCAUCAGUUCGUUCUUCAUGCAUCUAAACUAACAUACAGUGCCCAGCAUAAGUCAGUACACCCCCUAUUCAAAGUAAUGAAUUACUCAAUAUCUAGAUGAGCAAAAGUACAAAGUUUUGACCAACAUAAAAAUGUAUUUACAUAAGAUAAAAAUAAGGGUGGUCUGGUAUUUAAAAUGUAGCUUUGCUCACAGAACUUUAAUUGGGGUGUACUCAUUUUUGCAUCCUGAUUUAAAAUUGAAAAAACUACUUUUUUGUCUGCAACUUAAAAAAUCUUGUUUGCAAUCAAUGGCCUACAUUUGGAGGAGUUUUUCGUUGUAUAGUCAGACAUAGAAUAUGUUGAUUCUUCUGACAACUCUGAAGGGGUGUACUCAUUUAUGCUGAGCACUAUUUAUUUGAACAAACAUUACAUGCAGAUUAGUGACAUUUUAAAGCGAUCGUUUUUAUAUCCUCCCUUUUCAGAUGUCCUUUUUUAUUUUCUAUUCUUGAUUUACAGCUUAAAAAUAUUGUGCAUAGGUGGUAGCUUUUCCUAAUUCCGUGAAGUUCAACAAUCCUUCUAAUAAUAACCCCUGAUAGGACAUUAUCUGCUCCUCCACCCGCAGCACUGCACACGGCUCAAAAGAGAGCCCUUAUUUGGUUUGGCUUCAAGUGUGGUUUUAUUCUUCGGAAGGCAUUUGUGUAUCAAAAAUGAUAUUGUUGUGACAGUGAGUGCAUAUUAUCGUCUGACUCAUUGCUGUGUCACUAAGGGAGCUUAGUGUUCAGUGACCCAUGAGUAAUCACAAGGAUGAAGCAGAAUUUCAGGCUGACAUAAAAUUAGUCAUCUGCUCCACCUCUUUUCUUACAUCUUGUCUUUCUGCCUCGAAAUCGUUUGUUAAGCUUUUUUGGCGAAAGCAAUCAGCCUUACUUGACGCAGCAAGCUCCGGGUUAUAUCAUUUUUCACACCUUUAAAAAUAAAACUAGAAGUCUUUGGAAAGGGUAAGUCGUCUCAGUCAUGGGGAAGUGCAAAGGGGCAAACCCUCCAUACGCUAACCAAACAUUUGUUCAGCAUCCACAGGGGUCUCUUCCUGGUGUUUAUUUUCAGAUCUCCCCAGGUUCCCAUGCUUUCCCUUUCACUUCAGUGUGGAGCAGCUCUCUCCUCUGUAGCGAGACAGCUUGGGAAUAUAAGGACCAAAAUAGGCCAUGUGUUCAGUAAGACAACAUUUUGAAGCAGCGUGCUGACAAAAAUGAAAACCAGGUACUGAUCUUUCAAAUUCACAUAAAUAACUGAUUGGUACUCACUGUGAGUGUAGUGUAUAGAGGCUCACAGGAUGGCUCUGUUUAGCCUUAUGUAGUAUCCAGAGCACUGUGUGAGGAUGACAAAUCUAAACAGUUGUGCCAGUUGCUGAAAGCACUCAGUGACCUUUUAUGAGAGAAAGUUUUUUGAGAGAGAGAGAGAGAGAGAGAGAGACAGAGAGAGCGAGCGAGAGAGAGAGAGAGAGAGACAGCGAGAGAGAGAGAGAGAGAGAGAGAGAUGUGCCUACUGUUAGCAGACAACCCAAACCUAUAACCCCAAAAAAAACACAUCCAUGCUGUUUAUGCCCUGCUGGUAACGUCCAUCAUUCAUUGGACGUAUAACUUGUGAAUGGUUUUGUCUUUGGGAAGUUUGGGAACAUUUAUGCGCUUACAUUACUUAUUGAUAAAGGUUGUCAGAAGGUUCUGCUCUGGAGAGCGGUUGCUUAAUAUUAAAUGAAAGUUACACUAAAAGUAGCGAGGUAGACGUCAGGAAACAGGUGACAAACCACUCUGAGCACUGGUCUGGCUGGUCCAGUGUAAGUGCAGUGUGUCUCCUCAGCUCAGGAUAAAAGCACAAUUAAAGAUAUGCCACUUCCUCUUCCAAGGAUUUUACCACCCCGAGCAGCAGCCGCUGAGGCCUCAGGGUGAACCCUGCUUGUGUUCCAUGUCUGAAACAACUCCCAUACGGUCUCACUUUUAUUUGAGUUAAUGUGAAUGUGUGUGAUGUGAAUUAUCUUUCUAUUAAGAUUUAAACUAUAGGGAUGUGUUGUGUCUGGAAAUAUGUGUGAGAGAAGGAGAUUGUUCGUGCUUUACGAGUUGAUUUGUCAAAACACAUAACAGGGCUAUACCAGGUUUGGGUAUUGGAUAUAGGAUAAAGAGAUAAUAACAUUUUAUAGCCAUAUAAACAUUCAUUUGAUACACUGAACUGCCAUAUUCAGCAUGAAAAAGAGGCUCCAUCAGCCACACAGCUUCUUCUUUCAUAGCAGGAUUCAAUCUCGCAUUCACAUGCACCCAGCAAAGGUCUCCUACAGGCACCAUAUAUAUACCCAGUUUCUUAUAUAUCUGUACAUUAUUUAUCAGAACUUCCAAAAGCCUUUUCGAAAGUAAACAUGUCCCACUAAGGGUCAGUGCACAUUGCUUUGAAAUCUUUCAGGCCAGUGGAGCGACUUGAGUGUAGCUCUUGCUGCAGACACUUUAAGGUCAUUUCCAGGUUAGUAGAGUAACACUGUGGAAAUACUGUCGAUUUUAGGUUAGUCUCAACUGUAACAUGUUUAAUCAAAGAUAUAUGGAGGGGAAAAGUUGCCCAAUUCUAUAUUUUCUGCAGUCAUGUUAAAGCAAGAGAUGAUUAUAGUACAUGUGUGUAAAACCUGAUUGUUUUAAUGACGAUUUACAUCAGAAACGUGUCUGAUAAUGUCUGUAAUCUGUACUGUAAUCCAUAACCCUUUGAGUAUAACCUUUUCAACCGACUUCACAACCUUUGAUCCACUAAAACAAUUUCCUCAGCAUGGUUACGUCCUCAGUAAUCCCUUUGAAACGUAGAAGUGAUUUAAGCAUGUCCAAAUGUUUAUCAGACAGGUCACUCUGCAUUAAAACAAGAAGUCAUGCGUUUGCUUUGUAUAUACCACAUGUGAUAUAUGGAUAUAAUACGGAAUAUCUUAGCCAUCGUGGCCCUCCCUCACUUUAAAGUGUUUCAUAAGAGACUGGUUGGAUUCUGGGAGUGUUUCCAGAAGCAAAUCUGAACAUAUUUAGAGUUCAUUUAGGCGUGAGUUUAUUCAGUAUUCUCCGAUUUAGUGUCUGUGUACCCAUCAAAUCUAAAACAAGAUAAUAUAUCGAGCUAACUCAACAACGUGGACUAGGAUAAUGGCCGUGAUAAUAGCAGUUAAUGUGACUCUAAACAGGGAUUUUCUGAAGCAUAACAUUUUCAUUUGAACUCUGUGCUUGAUGGUUUGUUUUGAAAGUUCUGACAUUUCGGAAAUCCUAAUCCUCAGUCUGCGUGCUUUGAAGCUUUCCUCUGUAAAUUGUGUUAAAUUGCCCAGAUGGAAUUGAAAAGGAUUGUAUGUAAAUAUGAUAGCACACACUCCCUUGGACGGUCAUUACAUGGUGUAUAAUGUUACAGCUGUGGAUGUCAGCCUGUAGAAAGCUGUGCAGUGAGUCAGUCAGUCACUGAGGGUCUGUACGUGAUCGAGAUUACAGAAUUAAAUUAGGCCCACAGAUGGAGGUUGAUGCACAUGUCCUGCAGCAGACCCCUGAAUCCUGCGGCUGAUUUUUAUCUGAACCCACAAUCCUCCACAGACAGCAGCUGCAUAACAAGUUCUCACUUCAUGAGAAGUUUCGACAGACACCUCCCUUUAAAACUCCCAGCUAGUUAGUCUGAUUUCGACGGCAGCUCUACUUCCAGCGACAUUAUAUCCAGAUGACAUUUUGAGGUUGACCCGCGUCUCACCACAACCACUCUGUUGACAAACAAGGUGGCCCAUUUCCUUACACACACACAGACACACACACUUGCAUUUGCUGGUGCUGUUUCCAGGGGCACUCCUUGUUUACAGUGUCAUGUUAGUGACUGAGGGUGUUGCUAACACUACUAAGGGGUGAGAGAAGGUGGCAGUGGGCUAACACAGCUGACUGGGCCUGUUAAGGCCGCACUGAGGCCCUCUGUGCUGGUGCAAGUGUUUUUCAGGAGCAGGGUGGGUCUGGAGAAGGUCGAAGGAAAUGUGGGACAAAAUUCCUUGUUGACAUCAAUCUCCUGCUGUUGGGGGGCCCAAGGAAGCUGGGGAGGAGUGGAGGGGAGGUCGCCCUGUUGAUAUAACACCUCAACAAAGCAGGUCUGUUUGGAUGGAUGGGCCUAAUGGACUGUGCUACAAUGGUGUUAGUGGGCAGGGCCUUUCUGGGGGUUCUAUUGGCACUUGUGUGUUAUCUGUGGGAGCGAGAGUUCAGAGUGAAGCAGAUGAGACAAAGUAAGAAGAGUGCAAAAAAAAAAAAGAAGGGAGAAUAAAACUGUCUCAUGUGAAAACAGGGGGAUGUUACUGAAAAAAAGAUGAAAAAAAAAAUACUGUGAACUGAAGACAAAGAGAGGAGCACUGCAAUAUCCAACCUUAAGAACUGUGACGAUGACUCUCCAGAAACUAAAGCAUUCAAACAAUCAAACAUUUAAAUCGACUUAACGGGAAAAACACCUCUGCAUACUCCACCACUCUCCUCAUCCUCUUAUACACACACAGACACACACACACACAUAGUCCUCUUUCGGACAUCCCCUCUCAUGCUGUAGUCCACUGUGAGGAAAACAGAGCCUGGACUGAAUUGGAGCACAUCUGUUUUUAGUGUACCAAAGCUAAAUCUGAUGUUGCUUAUGCAGUGUGACAAAAUUACACUGCACAGUCAAGCAGCCAUUCAAAUGCGUCAUAUUCAUUAUGUGUGGCACACCAGUAAAAACCAUAAUAUAAAUUAUAACAUCUUGGUGUUUAUCGUUUUUAUCGCUAAUCCAGCUCUCUCAAUUUUCUGAAAAAUAGAGGAGAACCACACCGAAGCAGACUGGAGGCUGUGACAGAUUUUCACCUCCUCACCAAACUGUCUGUUUUUGUCAAAACAAGGAAAAAUGAUGAUUAAUGACAAACAGGUACACUGACGCUGACAUUCCUCCAUGUCUUCUACAUCAGCUGAUCCUAAAGGGGACAUUUCUCAUAGUUGUAGUUUACUGCUAAUGAAAACACAAAACAGACCAAGAGCACCUUCACAUUUACAACCAAGACCUGCAGAAAAGACAGCAGAUUAGGAGAACGGCUUUGAAGAGGUCCAUUUGUACCCUCUUUUUCACCAUCUGUUCAGAGCUCCAGUUUUAUACGGAGUAAUCUGAUUGUUUUUUUUUUGUUUCUUAUAGAAAGUACCAUGUCUUGGAUACUUAAUGGUGUAAUUUUAGAGAUAACUGGAAGCAUACUUGCAGGUGACAGCUGAUAAAUGGGAACAGAGUGGAAGUCCAUGCUAUACUUCUAUCACCCCCAGUGUACGCCUCUGAUUUUCACCUCAAUGUGACUCAUUUAGAUUCAACGUUGUAACACUUACAUACUGUGUGUGUGUGUGUGUGUGUGUGUGUGUGUGUGUGUGUGUGUCAGAGAGACUCACUUACACAUAGAAAAACACUGAGUGAUAGACAGUGAGGGAAAGCAUUACACAUACACUGAAAUGCCAUCUGAUGAGUGGUGAAGUAAAGACUUUGCAUCUGCACUGCAUCAGUGAAGUCACUGUUGGCCAGUUGCCUCAGAUUUAACCCUUCAUUCACACCUCCUCAUCCAUCUUUUGUACUGAUUCCUCAUCAGUGUGCAUGUUUUUGAUUGUCGCUGCCCUUUUUAACCCCGCCCUUAACAUUCUUCUUGACUUUUGUUGGCUUCAAUCAAAGAUUGUGCAUUUUCAGAAUACAAUUAAUUCAAAUCAUGAAGCCCCAGAGACCUUUUUUCUUACCCAGACUCCUCUUGCUGUGUUAGUCUGCCCUUUUUCUCUUUUUAUUGUGUGGUUCCAUUUAUCUACCUCACAUAUCACACCACUUCUUAGGUGUUGAGGCUGUGCCACCUGGUGCAUUAAUUAUGGAGUGCAUUUCAAUGAAAAGAAAGGAGUUUUUAAUCUCUUGUUACAUGAUGUGAGAAAACAGUUAAGAGACAUUAGGUGCCACAAGUUCUUGGGGAUGUCAUCAGCUUGCUGAGAGGAAAGCUGUGCCUCAAUAUCACCUCAGUGUGACUCCGCCCCCUCACCUUCUUUAGGCUUCAGUUGAAUUCAGAGCUCAGCUUGAGCUCAAUCAGAGCUCUGUGUGAAAAGGUAAUAAUCUGACUAUUACUGGAAAUCAGAAUUCAGGACACUCCUCCAAAGUGGAACAUUCUUCCAAGUACUCUGUGUACUUGACCCUCGUCUGGUCCAUUUUGUCUUAAAGAAAGGACAGAAUGGGGUCAGUCUGCAUCCUAUCCCAGUGACACCUGAAGUCGGUUGCUUCCUUUCAGUGUCUUCCAGUCUCCUCACUAGUCUGUCCAGGCUUCCCAUGUCUGAAUCUUAACUAAAGUAAUUAAAAGUACAAGAAAAAAGAGACGAGGGGAUUAGAUAAGUCUCUCAUACCACCUCUAAGCCAAAUGAGAAAAAAAAGAAAAGAAGUUUUGUUUUUUUCCACUUCUUUCAAGACCCUUAAAUGUCAGCUGCUAAAGAUUGUUGCAUAAUAGAUUUUCAGAACCGUACAUUGAUGAUUUUUUUUUAUUUUUAAUUUAAAAAAAGAAGGCUCUUUGGCAGAAGCAAUCAUCUGAUCAUUUUCACUGAAAAGCCCUCUGCCCCUCUCUGUGCUGCUUCUGCUCUGCCCCAGCACCAAUGAUGCACCAAACACCCAAGCCAACUUUUGUCAUGCAAACUGUCCAUCCCACUCAGCUAGUUUUGUCAGACUGAAAGAAGGGAGACACUUAUUGCUGAUCAAUAUACUUCCCAAAAAUCUGGAGAUUAGUAAAUGGUGUGAACCCACAGCUGUUGUGCUCUCAGCAUACUUAGGCAAGGAGCGAAAGCAAGAAACAGCUGUCAAAAAGCCACAAUGAAGUCUGAUGAUGCACUUUUGUACGUAGUGGCUGUGAUUGGCUGUGAAAUACAAGGGGCGGGUGUUCAUGGACACAGAUCUGAAAUGAAUUAUUUAAAGGAACAUUUCAGUUUGACAGUGGAAGCAACCUGAAAUGAGUGCAUCAAUACAUGUUAUGUUUACUGUCACUAAUACUUUAAAUUUACUUGCUUUUGAAUCCAUUAAAAAAGCAGACAGAAUACAGAAUUUCCUGUUUGUUAGCAGUCCAUCUAGCUUCUUUAUUAAUUAUAAUCCAAUUCUUGCUGAAGCUUUAAUUUCAAAAUAAGAACCAUUCAAAGAGAAAAGGUUCCUCUGGUACCCCAAAAAAGGCAGUCAAAGGUAGUGAUGCACGAUAUGAAAAAUUUCAACCGAUACCGAUAACCGAUAAUUUUCUUCUUCUCAUGGCCGAUACCGAUACCGAUAACCGAUAAAUUCAUAUUUUUACGUUUAUUAUAAUCUUCAUAUAAUCUGCAGUUUGUGCAGGAUGCAGCGAUUGAAAACUGAUAUUUUUGUUGCUCUGGCCUAUCUAGAACAACAAACAAAAGUUUUUGGCUCUUCAAAUGUGGUCAUUUGCUAUAAAUAACAAUAACAGAACAAAAAGCAGAACUUCAUUUGAUCCCCUGAACUGUUCAACAGAACUGUAAACUGUAAAGGAGCUAUUAUGAGAUGUUAGGCUUAGCAUGCUGACCGGACUAACAUCUGACGUCCAUAUGUCUGUGGUAAAACUCACGUGUAGUCCGUUCUUGUCGAUCAGGUUGUGAAUGUAUGUGGCGACAAUAUCAUAGAGUGCAGGAAGGGACACAUCCGAGAAGUAGCGGCGGCUUGGGAGAGUGUAACGUGGCUCCAAGUGUGCUAAUAACUUACGAAAACCCGGGUUCUCAACGACGGAAAAAGGCUGGUCGUCGACCGCUAUGAACUCCAUCACUUUGUCGUUAAUGGCUUUAGCCUUUUCGCUGUCUCUUGAGAAGCUUUUGCAGUUUUUAAACGCCUGCUGAAUGGGGACAUCAAUCCUCCGUAGUGUUGUUGUCUUAGCUUUAGUACUGCUAGCAGCUUCGGCGGCUGUCUCAUAUUCUUUUACUACCGCUUCGCCGCGAUGGCGACUUUUCAGAUGAGCUAUCAGACUCGUUGUGUUAAAACUUGACGUCUUCUUUCCUCCUCUCGGAAUCCUCGCUGAACAGGUUUUGCAUAUAGCAAUGCUGUUGUCAUCUUCUGCCACUGAGAGAAAAGACCAUGCUGGUGAAGACAUUUUAUUAUCUGUCAGGUAGUGACGGGGUCAGGCUUGGGACCUGCGAGUAAGGCGCGAUAGAUGACUUAACCAGCGCGUCUCGGACGGGCGGCUACUCCGCCUGCAAACGUUAGUCGUAAUUUCAUUAAUAUAUCGGAUCUUUCUAUCGGAAAAAUGCACCUAUCGGACCGAUAAAAAAUGACGUAAUUUCUCCCCAAAUCGGCCGAUAUUUUAUCGGUCCGAUAAAUAUCGUGCAUCCCUAGUCAAAGGUUCUUCCAGAGACCUUUAAGGAACCAAGGCUCCUUAGAUAUCUGGGGAGUACUUUGAGGCUCCUCUUAUUCCAGGAGUUUCCUUACUUUGACUGUAACUGUUUCUCAGUCUGGAGAACUUUCUGACAGAUAUGUAUAGCCCCUGUGACUAAUGAUACAGCGCUGUACUCUGUGUCCAUACAUUAUACAUAGCUUUAUUAAAAAGAUGCAGCCCAGGGGCAAUUAUUUUAUCAUCUGUCAAGCUUUGUGUCAUUUCUUUCUUUUCAUCUGUUUCCAUGUCCUCCUCUCUCAUUCCUCCAAAUCAAAGUUAAGUAUAUUUUACUUCUAAAAAUGUUGAACCCUAUCCAGCAUGUGAAAAUGCUAUAAUUCACUGGAAGGCAUGUUUUCUGGGGAGAACAGUCUCACUAACCCCACAGCUGACAGGAUUUCUCCACAGCCUGCUCUGUUCUCCUGUGGUCCACAGGAAUGUGGCUACACAGUGAUGGAAAACCCUCGACCACCAAAUAGUUUUUCAUAUGUAAUAGGUCUCAUUUGACCAGGGCUUUUGUACUACCUCCGGAUGCACACAAUACAAGUCAGAGAGCAUUUGUACUGAAAUAGAUCUCUGCAUGAUAAGUGUGAUUGCAUGGUGUUUACAAAGUUUUAUUCGUAAUGAAUCCAGUAAUCACUGGAUUGUAAGGCUGUAAUCAACCAAAGAAAUUCUUGGUCAACUACAACCCUGAAAUAUUCGACCAAAAAUCGACUAAUGUGGGGGAGGGGGUUCCCGACUCUGACGGCAGACCCUUUGGCUUGACGGGGUGAAUAUAUACUGAUAUCAGCACAAGAAGACAUUAAACACAAUUAUUAUAUUUAGCAAACCACCGGAUGUUGAUUAAGGUGGAUGCUCUACAAUCUUCCUGUCUCCAGCCGGGCUCCAGUGGGUUGGGCAAAUCCAAAUUGGUUAAGACAAGGAGAAUGUUCUGAGACAGGCUGUUACCCGUGAAACAGGGUUGCGCUAGAAACACCCCCAGUAACACUUGGUAAGUUCCUUCUAAUGAAAUUAACCAUAGAAUGUAAAUUGACGGGUAAAAAAAUCGAGUCGACCAAUGAGAAUUUGGGUCGACUCAGCAUGUAUCGACCAAUAGAUUGUUGCAUAAUAGAUUUCCAGACGAUAAAUUGAUGAUUUUUUUGUGAUUUAACAAAAUAAGGCUCUUAAGCAGAAACAAGCAUCAGAUCAUUUUCACUGACAAGCCCUCUGCCCCUCUCUGUACUGCUUCUGCUCUGCCCCAUCACCAAUGAUGCACCAAACACCCAAGCCAACCUUUGUCUUGCAAACCACUCAGCUAGUUUUGUCAGACUAAAAGGAGAGAGACGCUGAUAGCUGAUGAAUAUACUUUCCAAAAAUCUGGAAAUUAAUAAAUGUUCUGUCUGAUGAAAUAAACCAUAGACUAUAAAUUGACGUGGAAAAAAAUUGAGUCAACCAAUGAGAAUUUUGGUCUACUCAGCACAUAUCAACCAGUAGAUUGUUGCAUAAUAGAUUUCCAGAAUGAUAAAUUGUCAAUACGUCAAUCAAUACGUCAAUACGUAUCGACUUAUUGGUUGAUACGUAUUGACCAAUAAGUCGAUAAGUUGACCAGUCGACUAGGACUUAAAAUCCAGUAAUCACUGGGUUGUCAUUUUAACAUGGCUAUUUUUAUUUCUGCUUUAGUGUCUGUGCUAAUUAAAGGCAACAUAUAGAAGCAGCUCAAACCUUUAGGUGGUGUAGAAAAAAAGAUGAAAGCAUCUAUCCUUUAUACAGCAUUCUGCUUAGCUAUUCAAGCUUCUAUCUGGGAGAUUCACAGGCAGAUAAUGGAGAUGUUGUGAUCAGUGAGUGGUAGAACUGUCUGUGACAGCUGAGGGUUUGGCCACCGCCAGAGAUUAAGAGGCUUGUUGGGUCAUGGCGUUGGGAAGUGGUUUGCCAACCUUUUUGUCUCUAUUAUGAAGCUUCCUGAAAUAAAGUGGGUGGAGUGGGGGUUUGGGGGCUGGGCCACGCUCUCUGUUUGAUCAUUGAUCUCCAUGACCCCAUUCGAAGGGUCUUAAUCUCUCAGUUGACCUCCUCAGGGAUUUUUUUUGAGCGAGAGUGACAGGGUUGGAUGUUGACUAGGAGCCACCAGGAGAGUUAGGAUGUUGCAGAAAAAGUGACGGGGGCGUCCCCCACUGGAGGUGGAGAUACAGGAGUCGCAUGAGCUCAGUAGGUAUGUGGAUACACACUUGUGCACAUGCAGAAGUGUGUUACAUUUUUGAUAUGAUACUUAGUGUAAGCAGCUUUUGUGUCUUGUGCUUCUGUCUGCCUCUAAAACAUGUGGAGUCACACCUCAGUAAAUUUCACCAUGAAAGUUUACACAGGCCUCGCUCGCCCACACGCAAGGAGAUUCAGAGAAAUGUUUGGUGUCUGGCACUAACACGCCUUUCUGUGCAGAGUUUUUAUUAGGACUCCUGUAUAGACUGAACGGCCAUCUUUCCUUGUAUAGUCUUAGUGGCUGUAAUAGUAGGAGUUGUAUUAGUUGUUGUCGUGGCAUCAUGAUUAAAAGAAACAAACCGUUCAUGUGACUAAUAUGCAGCUAGCAUUAAAUUGGUUUUCUUUCCCCACCCAACUGAUUGAGAAUACAUAAGUGUUAGAUGAUCUCCAAAACAGCUCUGGGGUUAGCUUUCAUUCAGCCUCCGCCAGGCACUUCUCUCCAUGACAAUAAGAGGAUAACAUGGUCUUCGUCUUCAGGGCUCACACUCAGUGUUGUGACAAGACAACCAGACUUCACCCUUUCACAUACAUCUACACCGCAGUUGAGCUGCUCACACUGAAUCAUGGGCAUGUUAUCACAGGAGAGCUCAUUGAAAAUAGAAAUAGAUUUUUUUCAUGAGAAUUAUUUCUUUUUUUUUUACUCAAGAUUUAUUAAAAAUGGAUUCAUUAUAUAAAGUUGAAAGUAAUGCUCAGUUUCCACUCCUUUUAUCAUUUGUUGACAUUGUCAAUAAAUGAUAAAAGGAGUGCUAACCAAAUUAAACUGACCUCUUCCUCCACACACACACACACACACACACACACAAACUAUUUCUUCUUCACUGUAUUCUGUCUGCCAGAAUCCCCGUAAAUGUUAGCCAUGCAAAGGCAUUAGUUAGAUAACAAUGAGUAUGAUACACUCAGAUUAAUUCAAGGCUUUACAAAUCACUGUAAGAGAAACAGGAGUGUCUGGAAAUAUCCUGUGGUUACAGCAGAUAACUGUUCACAUUACGGCCUAUCUUGGACUCUAUCGGGACAUGAGCUCCUCUGGAUUGCAGCUUCAAAACAGCUGUAGUAAGUGAGUCAAAUAGAACCUUGUUAUUGCUGAGCAAAGGGCAAUCCAGUAGUGGGGGAUCAAGGGCAAUUACUCCAAAGUAUUUUAAACAGGCUCUUUCCACUACCACACGUCAGAUGAAGUCACUGUGUGUGACUUAUUUCCCAAGCAGUCUCUUUAGCUCAACAUCACAUCAGCAGAUUAACAUCCAAAACACCCAAGGGUCGGAGCAACUGACUGAUUCAGGUGGUGUGUUUGAUUUGAUUACAGGGGAUAUCUUACCAAAAGUUGUGUGGAAACAAGUUAUGCGUGUGACUUCUGAGAAAAGCAGGAACUUUUAGCCUCCUGUCUUUGAUUUUUGUUGUGCUCACAUAAAUCAUAGUUUUGCAAUACAGUUCACUAAGGUCACCGUGUUUUCUUUUCUUUGUAAGCGCUCCUUCCAAGUGCAAUUAACAGCUGAUGAUAAGGUGUUUUGGUACACUUUAUGUGAAAGCUUUCAUGUGGAUUGCAAGCGUUUAACUGUUUUGUGAGCAUAAGAAACACCAUGACAGGAAGAGUCGAGAGGAGACGAUAUGGGAAUGUUUUCAUUUGAGCGUCUUUGGUAUUCAGGCCAGAUAAUUAGGUAGCUCUUUUAACUUGUCUCCUCUUCAAGACCUCCAGAUGUGCUUCAGUGCUGUCAGACAAGGUGUGUCGCUCUGACACGUCCAUUCACAAGCAGCUGUGCGGAUGUGCUCAUUUGUGCGCGCACAUCGCGGAAAUCAAACUGUUGUGUUUUACAUCAACAAACCUUUCCGCCGUAAUCUCCCUCCUUGUUGUGUCACACUCCCACACAAGCACUGUGGUGUUAUGCGGUCAAUUCACUGCUCACCCUCAGGAAUGCAGCUGCACUCAGGCUACACCACACAUAGACACACACACACACACACACACACACACACACACACACACACACACACACACACACACACACACACACACACACACACACACACACAAGCGCUGUGGUCCCCUCUUCUUUACUGUCCUCAGCUGGAAAGGUUUAGAAAACGGACUUACUCAAAAUCCCUGGGAAGGAAACCAUAAAGAAUGGAUCUGAUGUAAGGAGGAAAACCACAGUGUCACGUGAACGGUGAUAAUGACAGAUGGGACACUUCCUGGCUUCUUGUUUUGAGGGGAGAUACGGAUCUCAAGCACUGUUACCUGAGAUUUUCGCUACAGCCAGACACAGAGAUCAUACUGACGGGACUGAGGAAAAGCGAGAGUGUUGAGGAAACUCAAGGCUGCAAAUAGGAGCGUCAAAGCCCCAGACCUCCCCUCCUGCUUAUCUCUCUGCCCAUCGUCUGGGGCUCUUUAAUCAGGGCUCUAGAAGUAUCAGGGCCCUGGGGUAAGCCUGAGUUUUCAAACAGAGCUUUACUUGGUUGUUGUGCUGGAGAACAGUAUUAAGGAGGCGACGCACUUGUAAUAAAUGCAUUGUUUGGGUUUUUGAGUCUUCUUUGUGGUCAGCCUGUAUUUUCAUAUAUUGACUAAGAGGACCUGAUUUGAGGUCUUUACUUCGUUCUUGUACAGCAUCAUUAAAGAAGAUGGAUUUUUUUUAGAUUGUAAUCUUUAUGAUUUUUAAUUAUUUACAGAAAAACAGAUCUUUCAGUUACCCUGAUGUUAUGGAAGCAUAGCUCUGUCAGGUUACAAGGAGGUCUCAGCUGAUAAAGGACCUGUUUGUGAGUCCAGCAUCUAAACAGGGUAAUAUAGAGUUGUCUACAAGAACUGUUGCUGCAAGAAAAGGUCUGAAUGUUUUCCCGGCAGUCUUUGCCUGUUGGUGUUUUGUUUUUUUGUUUUUUUUCAUGCAGACUGUACUCACACACAGUCAAUGCACUCAUGUUGAUAUGGCGAUGCUCUGCACCCCGUCUAAAGCCUCUGCAUUCCUUCUUGGCACAACCACCUCCAGAUGUUACCCUCCUAUACUGUUACUGUACCCAUGGACUUCUUUUUAUUAAAAAAAAAAAGGCAGGGAACCCUGGCUUGGGUUGGAUUUCCCCCCAUAAAGCCGCUUUAUAUGCCAGUGUUUUUCAUCUGUUCAAAAGACUUUGACAAGGGAGCCCCUCAGCAGUGCAUUCUGGAUAAAAGAUCAGGGAGUGAGGCCUCACAAAUAAACCCUCUCACUGGUCCAAAGACAAAUAAGAGCUUCAGAUAUAUGACUGAGAGGCUUCUAUAACAGGCAGGAAAAAACAUGAUCAUGUUUAUCAUGUUAUCAUCCUCUGCACUAAGUAUGCGUUUUCCAUCAUAGUGAAGUUGUCAUUGAAUCACCAGCCUCUGCCUCACGCUGCUCUUAGCGUUAAAUAGUUUUUUGUCAUUAACUAUUGCUAGUAUCAGGAGGACACUCUUCUUCUACUGUUUCAGCUAAGUUACAUCUUUGUUUUCUCUCAAUCCCACAACCACCUUACCCCCUGUGAUGGCAGACAUGACUGAUCUGCGGGCUUGUCAGGUACCAUCAGUGCAAAGCUGGUGCCAUGUGACGCUGCCGACGGCUUGCCAAAAGCUAAUUGUGCUAAUUGGCGAGCGCCAAUCCUGUAACGAGGCUUUGAGAGGCGACCCACCGACACAGAUGAAAGCGCUCAGAUCUGUCUUGUGUCAAGGACUUGCGGGUAAUCGGUGCAUCCACUGACCUACAGGCCAGGAGGGCAGGAUGACAGCGCUGUGGUCGGUCUGUGUGUGAGGAUGUCAGAGGACAUGAACGAGAAGAUCCAUUCACUGGAUCUUCACGGACCUCACACUCUGGAGAUUCAAAUUACACAAUUAGAGUUCAACUCACCUUAGAUCCAUGAACGGAUAUAAAACGCUCAACAUAAUACAAGGGUACAUUUUAGUUGAUGCAUAUUCCAUUUAAUUUUAGCAAUUUUUUAAAUUAUAGACUAAUUUUUUUGUCAGUUUCAUACAUAUAUAAAUGCUCAUAACAUCUUAAGGAUGUAAGAUAGGUAUCAUCUAUAAACUCAGAUGAGGUCUUUCUCUACGUUUUGUGCAUCUGAAGUCAGAGCUGAGCUGGGACAAAACGGUGGAGGAUAUAUAAUCCAAUCUCCGGACUGAUAGAUGAGCACAGAAACCAGACAAACUCUCACAAGGGCUUUAACAGUCACCAGGUCAUUUUACUUUUGCAGCUUUAGUUGUCUGAUAGCCUUAGCUUGGGGUGGAGGGUGGGGUGUUGGUGUGGACUGUCUGCUCUGGGGGAGAAUAAUGAACAUAUGCUUCCUGUUGGUUUCUUCAGCUGCUCGUUACCCAGUUUGUUUUUAAAAAUGUGCAGAGAAAGUCAGUGUUAGCUUGCUUGCUAAUGAAUAUACCGACGCUCUGAGAGUCAAACUAUGAGACUCACUCAGACAUUCAAGAGAUUACAAGAUAGCAUUCAGUCAGAGAAAUAAAAAAGACAGUUGAGAUUUAGUCACAAUAUAGUAAAUAUUGAGGGACUCCGGUUUACAACUGUUGGAUUGACUAAUUUUAGAUAAACAAAAAACAAACAAAUAAAUCAGCAUCAGCAAACAAAUAAAUAAUCAUCCUGACCUUAUAGGCACAAUGUUGAUGGGUAAAAAAAUGUAAACACUAUAUCAGUGUAAACUAUAGAGCACAUUGAAAAUGUAAAGUUAAUGGUUUCCUGAUUCAUCCUGUAGCUUGUGGACUGCGCGGACUUCACUCUUGUUCAGCCACAUAAUUAACCUUUAAUCUGACAACACCAGACAGAAAAAUAUCAACUCAACAAACCCUCCGACAUCCCUGCACACUUUAGUCUUUUCUUUUCCAACAGGGGGCAGCUCACAACCCUAAUAGCAAGCAACCCGACUUUAAUAGGAUGACUAACCUGGAAUUCCUGGUGUGAGGGUGUUACUGUUGUUGUAGGAACUCUAUGAAGUCGUACUUUCUCCUCACCAAAUGAAAGGUAGAAGUCUUUGUAGUUGUUCCUGUCUAUUCAUCAAUCACCUCUAAAUGUAUGUGUUAUGAAAGUGUGAGGUAUUGUAAUAUUCUGGCAUUCAACCAGAAAUUUUCACAGUCUGACAUAACAGUGGGUGGCUAACUUUACAGUAUUUCAUUGAAAACAUACAGCACAUUAGAGAAACCUCAGCUGUCAGUGAUCUGAGUUUUCCCCUUUGGCUUUUAGAGGGUUUAAUUAAAUGUUGGAUCUAAAUGAUUGAAAUGCAUUUUACUGCUUCCCUUUGUUCUGUAAUCACACAUGAAAUAAAAUACAUUACAGAUAAGCUGAAGUAUUAUUCCUGCAUACUUUGGUUUGAAGUCUGGAACUUGAUCCAUACCUGUUUCCAAACCAAUUCCUUCCCAUGGUUGUACCACUCAACAGUAAAACGUAGUAUUUUCACUCAACCCGAUUGGCACUGGUGUUAUAUUAAAAGGUAACAAAGCAUAAAAGUCAACAAUCAGUCAAGGGUGCUGGGUUUUUGGUUGCCAUUCAUUGAAUGUAAAGACAGAUCAAACACAUCUCCUCCUUUACUUUGUUACACCUGUGACAGCUUCUCUUGGAGGGGUUGAAGCGUGUGCACCAGAAAUCAAAUGGAUGCACCGAAUACUUGGCAAGUCACUCUUCCCCAGUGCAAUGUAGCUACAUGAACAUGUAAACUGUCUGAGUUUUGCAGACAUGGCUGCAGGGCAAAGGGAAUUACACUGUCACACAGAGGAUAUGGAGCUGCCGUGAUAUCCUCUUGGCACAUAGUUGAAGACCAUCCAGGUGGAAAUCGGUAUGCUCUGCCAAGUGGUGGGGAGUGAGGUAGUUACAUGGGAGGUGCUCAUCUGCAUCUGCGAGCAUUGUCUUUCAAGUAAGGGGUAUAUGGCUUUACCUGUUGUAGCUGUCAGAAGGAGAAGAGCUUGUUUGGAGAGUUGGGUGUGGAGAUGUUAAGACUUGUAAGCGUAUUUGCACACCUGUACAUUUUUGGGAUUAAAAAAGUUGUUUACACAUCUGUCACUACCUUAAUUGCACCACACAAUGAGGACACGUGGCAAGGGGAUUUAGUUUUUACCUUUUACCCUUUUACCUUUUGUUUUUAUUACAAUUCAAGCAUGUUGAUCUUGACAGGAUUGUAUCACCACAACUGCUCUCUGCAGUUUUCUUUCCAUGCAUGUACUGUAUGCAUGUGGAGUAUAUUAAAUGGAAAAAUUCUGCCCUGUGUUUUCUACGCUCCUUGAAUUCUUCAGAAAUUAGAAAAUUUUGGACAAAAAUUUUAAAAUUUUAAUACAUAAUAAAGCAGCAGUUACUAGCAGCUGCACAAUGAAUAACCUGUGUGCGUUGGAGUUAAAAAGGUAGACACACAAGUAUAGUAUAUAUGGUGUGUACAGAUUUAGUCUGUAUAGAGCUUAUUGGCUUCACAAAGCUGACUGAGUUAAUUCAGUAAGAUCAAACUACAGUAGCACUUUCACCAAAACAGUUAGAAAACAUUCAACGCUGUGGAGUUGUCGCAGGGGCUCAGGUUUGCGCCUCUUCUGCAAAUAUCAGAAGUUCUGAUCAUUUUUAGCCCUUUGUUAACAACAGCAUUCUUCUGUUGACAUACCUCAGCCACAGCUGGUAAACAGCCACAGCCACCCUGUCUGCAGACACACACACCGAGCCACAUUUAAUGGCUCCAAAAAAUGUCGACCAAAAAUGGAGAUGUGAGCGACAGGAUUUGGCUGUCAGGUUCCUCGAGCACCGCAAGCCUGUUGGGGUUUGUUCAAAGCCUCGGCAUUAUCGCAGACAUUCUUUUGUCAUGAUAAGGUAUCAUAUUGAAGGGGAAACUAAACCUGUACUGCUUUUUACUUACUGAGUGUGUACACCAUUAAGCAGCUGUUAAGUCACUCCCAGUUGGUGAACAGGUCUAGUAAGACUGGUUCAUGUUCUUGAUUUAAAAAAUACACACUACUUUUAUUUAGAAAGUCUUUCACUGUGGUCUUUUCCAUCUGGCCAGUACACAUGGACCCCACACACCCUUGGGACCAAAAUGUGAUCAGUAUCUGGAUAGUCUAUUUGUGUAAUCAUUAAUCCAACCAAGCCAUGUGUGUUUACGCACAUUAUUCUUGUGGUGUGUUGUUUGCAUGCUGCUCACAGUGUGACCGUGUCCCUCCAUGGAGGCCCGGGACAAAAAGAACAGAGAAUCAAAAAAAAAAUCAACGUUUACUUGGUGUAGUUUACCAAGUAUUUGACCAAAAGAACCGUGAUGAUCGUAGAAAGUGUUAAAGCACAAUAGAGAGAAAGUGACUGCCAACCAUCUAUCUUCCUCUAAGUCAUGAUCCCCGCACACAUUCCACAGCCCAACCAUCACUGAUUAUAGUGAGUGCUGCAUGGGGCAGUUUCAUGGUUCCAGCCCGAUUUGUGUCUUAAUCACACUGGAUGACAGAUGAGUCCCCUGGGCAGUCUGAACCACAUGAGACACUCCUCCUCGGCUUCCUGUGAUCUUGGUUUCUUUACCCCCGAGAGAACAGUGAGAGAGCGUCAAAAAAACAAAACAAAAGAAAAAACAGGAAAUUAUUAAAGUGCGACUAAGCUUACAGAAAAUAAUUCCCACUAAUAAUAGAUCAUUUCUACUGUAUGUUUUUUUUUUUUUCAUGCAACAGAUUCAUCAAUGGAGCUCCAUAGUCACCUUCAUUCAGGGGGAAGAGAAACUGUAAUAAGUCUCUGGUGGAAGCUUUACAGUAAAAAUGUCCCCGAAAAGCAACAAACUGGGACAUGUCUCUUUCCCCCUCUGUCUCUGAUCCAGAUUUGAAAACUCACAUACAGUCAAACGUGUGGUAUUUAAGAAGUGACGUCCUUUUUCCUCCAAAAGUAUUAUCCUCUGGGAACUGCUCAAUGCUGUUCUUUGGAACUGAUGUGGGUGGUGUGAGCCAUGCAACCCUGCCACCCUGCUCCAGUGUCCUCGCCUGUCCCCGUCUGGCCUGCCCACCCGUCCACCUCCCUGCCGUGGUGUCCUUUCUGAGGGCCAGCUCCUCUGAACCCAAACAACAGUUCCAUUUGUUAUGCCAGGGCUGGGAAUGCACUCAGCCAUCUUUAGCUGUGUUUCUGCCAGCCCUGCUGGGUGCCAAACCUGUGGACCUUAUUCAUAUGCCAGCUCUUCCCCUUCUUUCUCUUUCUUCCGCUCUGUCUGCCUCAGUCUGUGACAGUGCCAGUUUCUAAGUCAGUGGUGGAGGAUCUUGAAGAGGGUUGGUCUGUGGGUGAUGUGAUUGUAAUCAUAUUGAACUACAUUUUUUAAUUUUCUUUUGGUGGAUUUAUCAUUAGCUAACAAUACAGAACAUGAAAACACUAAGUUAAACAGAAUUUUGAUAUUGAGAAUAAGGUAUAAAUGGGAGAAUAGAGGGUUAUGUAAUACUCCUUACCUUAUCAUGACCUCAGACCAUGUAAAAUAUGUCAAAAUGGUAGAAUUAGGGUUGCAAUGGGGCGGAAAAUUUCCAAUAAAUUUAUAUUUAAAUUUUCAGAAACUUUCCAUGGGAAGUUAAACCUGGGAAAUUUGGAAAUAUUCCAAAUUGGAAACUUUCCAUGGGAAUUAUGGUAAUUUAUAUGAAUUUUGGGGUAGCUACCACCACCAUAAUAAGCUAGCCCCUUAAAUGGUCAAUGAAAUGAAAAAUAGCUUACACUUAGCACCUAUUUUUAUUUUAUUUUUUUGCAAGUUAAAUAUUGAAACUAUUAUAGAUCAAAUAGAUUUACCCCAUAAUAUUAUCAAAACUUACUUGACUUUAUAUAGUCUGUGGGCUCAAAGUGUGGCCUCCAGGGUUCAAGAAAUCAUCUGUGCGUGUGACGGAGGAAUGUUCAGUGCAUGUAGGGGGUGUGGCCUCAAUAGCCCUGCAGUACGCCGUGUGCUGUGUGCAUGUGAUUGAGGAGUGUACUUGCAUUAAAUCUGGUUGUUUUAGCCAAGAUUAUGCUACAAUAUAUUUUCCCCAGCUAUGUUUAAGUUUCCUGUUGAGGGCCAACCUUCAAUUUUGUAAAUUUCUGAUCUAUUCCCGUUAAUUCCCAUAUAUUCCCAUAUAUUCCUGUUAAUUCCCAUGGAAAGUUUCCAACUUUGAAAAUUCACGGAAUUUUUCAACCCUAGGUAGAAUAAAUUUAAUUCAUAUUCUUUAAAUUUCACCCGGUUACAGUUGUAUUAGUUUAGCUAUACAUUAAAUCUUCUCCAAACACAUUUAUUUGACUUUCAGGAGUGUUAUUUUUAACUCAAGACAGCUAGAGCAACAAAAAAAUGAACAUAUUUUUUCAGCUAUCUGCAAUCGAGCAGCCACUGCUCAUUGGAGACCAAUAGGCCAUGGAUGAGACGUCAAUGCCUCAUUGCCAAACACUCGUCCAUCACCGUUGUGUGCGAGAUGGAUGAGUGAGUGUAUGUAAACACUGCACAGUGUCCCAGCACUGCUCACAGGGCAGAACCAAUGUGAAAACCCUUAGAUUGCUCUUGAAGGGCUUAAAGAAACACAUGUCACAGAUGGCAUCCAUCACUUUUCAGAAAUUUGAUUUUAGCAAUCACCUUAAACAAAACUGGAUGCCAAAAUGUUAACACCAAAGGAUAUGGUGUUGAAAUUUUAAAAUGGGAUUAACAGAUUGCACCCACAGCUCUAUGAACUCAUACUGUGAUAGAUACACCCUUUUAGCAACUGAAUUUCCUGGUCCCAUAUUUUUUUUCUUGUAAGUACAACUAAGGCACCAGAAUUACUGGUCUUACUGGUGUUCAAAACUUUUGGUAUAAUAAUGUGCUUCACAAUAUCUGUACUUAUGGAGUAAUAAAAACCACCUCACUGUUAGAUUUUCUCAAUCCUAGAUUUCUACAUGGCUGACUCCUUCAUGUCUGCCAGCUUGACCAACGUGACAUAGAAAAGAGAAAGUGGGUGAAAAGGUUUCCUGGGCUAAGCAGAGAGAAGGAGGAAAGGGGAGUAAUCUCCUCUGUCUGGUACAUUACCUCUGAAUGAGGCCUGAGCACGUCAGGGGACUCAUAGAGGAUGCACUCUGGCCUUCAGAAACAAAGACAGGCCACGACCAGUCACUUUGUAGCACUAAAAUCCACCGCUCCUGUUUCCACACAUCAUUCACUUUUGAAGUCGGUGCGCCUUUUUUUUUGUGACCUUUAACCUUUCAAAGCUACUACUUGAAAUGAUCAAGCUCAAUCAUGAGAUAUUUCAGAGAUGACUUUGGAAGUUGCUCCAAAAAAAAAAAAGUCUUUAUUUUACACCAUGGGUACUAGACAACCUCAUGUGUAACAGUCACAUUUAUUCAAACUUGAUUGAGCCAUGACACAGGACAGUCCUGCUUCCUUCCUCUUGUUUUCUUUUAUAGUGGUCUCACCUUUUCCUCCCUUUAAUCAUAGUGUCAUCUACUCUCUCAUCCCCUGACUUCUUAUCUGUGUUAUUGGGCAAACACCCUGUAAACAACUCGCCAUUUGAUCCCCCAUGCUCCAUCUCUCUCCACUUUUAGAACCAUGUGGCCCCUUAAUGGGGAUGUCCUGACCGGCAUGGGUGUGUCCAGACUUGUCAUACAACAUGAGCCCCAACCACACCCCCCUUUCCCUACACAAGAGGGGGCCUCCCGCAAAUCACGGAGUUACCCAUGAUCAUCUUUCAAGUCAAUUGGGCAGCGUUAUCGUCUGGAGCUUAUUCUUAUCAGCAGUUACCAUGUAGGAGGUCUGAUUAUAGCCCCUUACUAGGUUUACCCAUGGCUUAUUCUGUGGUUAUGAUGUCAUGAAUAUAAGACAUGUCCAUGACCUCAGUGCGACAUGUUUAUGUGCUGGCUUAUUCUAGGGCACCACCAGGGAGUGAAGCGUCGGCAUGCCUCUGUAUGUGCAUUAUGACACUACAGAGACGCAGGUUCAAGUUUCAUUGGUCUGCCCCUGGAGUGUAUCAUUAGAGGUGAUUUAGCAGCCCAAAAUACUGCACAUUAGAUAAAAAGUAGCUCAGGAAUAAUGAUAAAGGCUAAAGUAUCAGGGGAGGACAAAAAUGAGAAUAAUAAGCUGUAAUGAAAGAGGAGUAACCUUACUUUGAAAUCUUUCCUACUUACAAGACGCAGUGGACGCCACAGUGCUGGAAAAUGAUUUAUAAUGGCACAUUGGGUCAUAGUCAAAUAUAGGCUUAGUGUUAGAGGAGAAUUAGUCUGUGAAGUAAUGCUUUAGGCCAUUAUGCAUCAUAGUCAUCUAAAAUCAUUGCAUGCGCAUGAAGGAUUAACCAUUUGUAGUCCGCUGAGCUUUUGCUCUUACUUAUUUUAAAUUGGAUUAAUUAAUGAAGAGACUUGUUUAAAAGACGCAAGGAUGCACCAGAAAAUCCCAGAUUGGGUUCUUGUACAGGCUUGUAUCGAUUCACAGGUAAUUUCAGAUGUAGGUCUGAACAAGGGCAGAAAUCUUUGGGCAAAAAAACUGCUAUCGCUCGGAACAUAUUAGGUAACGCACCGGGCUUAGAUGCAGUUUUGGCAUUCAGCAGAGCAGUUUUCGACUGUUUCAGUAGAUUUGAUCUGCAGCAAGAAGAUGCACCCGAGGUUUUUAGGACGUUUUGUUCUGUAGUGCAAUACAACUACAACACAGACAUUGACUGCAGACAGCAUUGUGUGGGACUUGGCAGACACCCCCUGAAGCGUCUUUUGAAAAAGGUUACCUUGUUUGCCCCUAGAGCUAUUUUCGCUCUGCCUCUCUGUCUGGACUCGCCAGUCUGUGAAAAUACUGCUCGCUAACUUUACCUCCUCCUCUCUCCCUCCCAUCUCGUGUCUGUCAUGACAUCACCAACAUCAGGUAUCCAAAGCAGACAGCAGUAAACGCCAUUUGUUUAAUAAGCAUUAUUAACACACCUGCUUUGCAGCACAUUCCUGAUUACACGGUCUAAUGGGACGGGCACUUCAAGCGGGAUUAGUCGAGCCUGGGGGCCUACACCUGAACCUCAGUCCUACUCUUUUAUGCAAAGGUUUCCUCUCUGCACACUUAAAGGGCUGCAGAAAACUCCAUUGUAACCAACUUUUAACAGGGUGUUUGCUCACUUUGUUCAGCCAUGCACACCAAAAGUAAUGAUCUCUCCCGUCUAUGACAUUGUGUUUAAACUUAAAGCGCUGAGCCAGCAACUCAGCCAGCAAAUGAGUGCAGUGAUGGUCACUUUAGAAGUAACUGAGCAAACACACUGUCUGCCAGUGCCCUUCUAUACUAAUCAAAAGCAAAGUAAUGGGAUUGUUCCCAGUGCCAUGAUUUUUGCCAUGAACAAUACUUCUCUGUAACUCUAGUUGUUUAAGGAAAACCUCACAUGGUAACAUUCUGCACUCUGUCUUUGCUGAGGGUGUGCAAAUGUUACCAUGAUAUGUCCUCAAAUUAAAAUUCUUCACGCUGACAUUUGAGGAAUUGCCCCACAAUCUAAAAACAGAUUUAAGUAUUGUUCAGCUACUGUACUAGACACCAGAGUCCUCGUGCUAAUGCUGCGUUUGUUUUUGGUUUGUUUUUAAAAUUAAAUUAAAGCAAGUCUGUCUUUAUUCCCACACAACAUUAUAUCUUCUGGUUGUAUAAUCGGUGGCUGUAAUUGUUAAUUUUUCUUUUAAGAAAGGCACAUUAUUGUCUCUCUAUACCACCUACAUGUACCAGGUUUGGAAAACCACGUAUUCAUUCUUUUAAUCAUUGUGAAUAUGCGAGCACAGAUUUGAAGCAUUCCCCCCAUUGUGCCAUUUAGUGUUAUUCCAUGAAGGAGCUGUGGGCUGCUACUGUGGCAGGUUCUUGGUGUUUGUUGCAAGAGUCAGGGCAGUUUUGUUAGCGGGUGUUAUGAGUGUUCUUAUGUUUCGAUAAACAAACUAACAAACAAAAAAAAUCACCUUUAUAUAAAAACCAAAUGAGAAAAGCAGUUUAAAAGAAAUUUACAACCCUCCUCCCUGCAUGCAUUCUCCUUGCACGUGUCCUCCUGUGGAAGUCUUGACAUCUCACGUCACUGGCCUUGAGGUUUAACCAGUGAUUGCAGUGAAAUGCACAAAAUGUCCAGGGACAUGACUAAGCCGACUACGAUGGUAAAAUGUUAAAGGUCACUGUUGAGAACAGUGAGAACAGCCUUGUGCGGGUCAACUUGCACAGUGUCUGCCUGAUGCGUGCAGCCUGCAGCAUGGCUGGUCCUCUGCACUAACAUCCUCUAACACUCUGCUCCUGCUGAUUAGAUUUCACCAUUGGCUGGAAGUGAAUUCAAUAGUUCAGGGUUUUUUGAGAGGCAGCUGUGUCAUAGCUUGCAGAUGAAGGUUCGGGCAGUUCUGCUUUCUAGGGACUCAGACAGUCUAACAGGAUACCCGGUUGUUGCUUUUAUACCAAGAAUAUUUGGAGUAAAGCAUUAAAAGCUCUUACCCUCCUUCCUGCUCCAUUUGAAUUCCAUCUUUUAGUGUCUUUUGUGCUAAAGGGGCUUUCCACCACACAAAAUUUAUGAUAUUGUUCCCUCUUUCUUUGGUAAUCCUAGCCUGUGGAAAGAUAAAACCGGUUUUCAACUGUGGAAACACACUGGCUGUCUUUGACAAUGGGGAGGAUGGUAUUACUAUUCCAGCUGAAAACUGUAUACAUCCGGACAAUGACAUGUUAAACGGAAACAUUUAUGUGUAAUGAUCUCUUGUAAUGGAGGCUUUUUGAAGUGAUGCAUGGGUGCUGAGGGGCCGUUAUUGUUGGCUUGACAUGCACACCAAACCACUGUGAUCACACCUCCAGCAGAUCAUUUCACCAACAGAGGUAGUCAGACCUUUAAUUGAAUGAAAGCACCACAAAACAAAAACACUGUCUCAAAGAUCUCACUGAAGUUCAAAUGUGUAAACACAAUAAAGAGCGAACAGUAUACUCAAAGUUUAGGAGUGAAAAUACUCACUGCAGGUGUAAACAGAUGUAAAGCAGUUCAAGUUUAUUUCCAACUAGGGCUGGGAGAUAAACUGAAAAUUUACCGAUACCGAAAUUUACGACAAUAACCGAUGCCCAUGUUGAUAUAUUCGCUGUAAAAUAAAUAAAUAAAUAGAUAAAAGUUGGUUUUGGAUGCGUGUAGGUAGGUUAUAGUCUCAUGUCCCUUUAAGACACUGUCCUACAUCAGAGACGUGACUCCACACCAUCCAGUCCGUAAUGAAGAGGGAAGGACAGGUGAGGAGAUGGAAGAUAGUUCAAUAGUUGUAGCGGCUGGAGUGGCAGCUGAAGUAAACAAAGUUAAUGUGGGAGUGGGUGAGCAGCUUUAGGAGUAGUUAUCGUCCUUUUAUCGUUAUCCAGUCAAACUGCUCAAUAUAUCGUGAUAUUUUGAGGCCAUAUUGCCCAGCCCUAUUUCCAAAUGAAAUAAAAAUCACAUAAGUAGCUCAGAGUACAACUCUGAGCUACUAAACAGUGCUCAAGUAAGUGUCUUGUUUAAUCCAUAAAGUGAUAUGAGCAUUUCCAAAAAUGUUUGUAAAGAUGCAGGUUACACCCUGAAGUACUUGACGAACAGACCUGAAAGAUCUUAAUUCAGAAAGACGGAAACAUUGUUAAAGAUGAACAACUCUUUCUACAGCUAAACAAGCUGCUGUCAAAUUCCAGACUUUUAUGCUUACUCAGCAAAAUAAACCUUAUCUGCUCAAAUGGGAUUUAUCCAUGAAGGAUUAUUUUACUUUUGUUUGACCGUCAUCCAAAAUAAACUCAUUCAAUCCCUGCGGCGAAGGCGUCUCUUAAUCACUGAGAUGUAAUUUUCCUUCAACAUCAGAGGAGAAUCCUGUGGCAACUUUCGUGACUGCCUGAUCAACCUGACAAGAGUCAAUCAAUAACUCUGUGGUGCAUUUAGUAAACUGAGAGCACUGCACGCAGAAACUGGUUGAGCCCAGUGACAAAAUAGUAGUCCAGCUAUCGGUUAAUAUUUAUAUAUCUCACUGUCCCUGUUUUCUUCUAUUUGAUACAUGUUCAUUCAUUUCUUCUCUAGGAUCCUGGAGAUUUGUGAUCAUAAUUUUGAGCUUUUCUGUAUUGAUCAAACAAUCAGCCCUUUGGUGAAGAAACAGUGAACAGUCUAUCAUACAAAAUUAACAUAAGUUUGUCUCAGUGUGUGCAUGAACAAAAAUCAUGGCUCAGAGGUGAGACGGACAGACUGUAGAUUAGUGCAGGUUGAAUAGGUUUAGAUAAAUGAUCAAUGCAUUGGUGGUUAGACAGACGGAUCUGUCGUGGUCAGAAAUAUCUCAAUGACUAUUUUACUACUGUAGUCAGGGAGAGAUCAAAACACAAUCCACGGUGACUUUUUCUUUGAGUAUGACACGUCUCUCUUGAAGCCACGUGAUGUUCUUACUCACCCUCUCCAGCUGGUUGAGAUCCAGGCUGCAACUUAAAUGCUACGACCAAAAGAGCACUUACAUUUAGCCAUGAAUUACUUCAUAAACGCUUGCAGUGUGUGGCACUUAUUUAUGCUACCAUGUUCAAGUACUGCAGGUCUUACCCUGCACCACUUUCCGAGCAGGGCACAUGCUGAAUCUUGCUAGCCUUCCUCACACCUUCGGCACAUGCGAUCAGAUUGUGAAAAGGCUCCUAAUAAAUGUUGGCAUGCGAUCUGGCAGAUGUGAUCAAAAAGGGUAAUUUGUUAAUAUUGAGGCUUUCAUAAUGAGUCAUGUUGAGUCUCGUACAAUGUCAGUAUAGAUGCAUAUCAGGCUUUGAUCACUGAGGAAUUGUAGGAAUUCCUAAACCUUUUUUGACACUUGUAAUAUAUCACAGAGCUGCCUUUUGAAAAAGAGCAGCUUUGUAAUUACAGGCAUCUACAAGAGGACUUGACUGUUAGCCUUUAUGACUUUCAAAAGUGGUAAAGAACAUAUUAACCUAGUAAUGAACUUAAAUACUGAACUACAGAAAGUGGAAGAAGAAAAAAAACAUUAUCACUUUCUAUUAGGGCUGGGCGAUAAACUGAAAAUUUACCAAUCUUCAAAUUUACGACAAUAACCGACAUCAUUUUGCACUUGUCAAUAUAUUAAGUGUCCAAAAAAUGAAUAAAUAAAAGUUGGUUUUGGAUGUGUGUAAGUAGGCUAUGGUCUCAUGUCCCUUUUAAGACGCUGUCCUACAUCGGAGACGUGACUCCGCCCCAUCCCGUCUGUAACAAAGAGGGAAAGACAGGUGAGGAGAUGGAAGACGGUUCAAAAGUUGGAGCGGCUGGAGUGGCAGCUGAAGUAGACGAUGUUAAUGUGAGAGGGGGUGAGCAGCUUGUGGAGUAGUUAUUUUCCAUUUAUCGUCAUUGAGGCGAACUGCUCAGUAUAUCAUGAUAUUGAUUUGAGGCCAUAUCGCCAAGCCCUACUUUAUGUUCCUACUCUCUAUAGAUGUAGUUGCUGCCAUCCCCUAAUUAAAGUGAGGAUUUUUCAGCAUGAGGGCUCAGAGCACCCAGAAAAGAAAAGACCUGUGUACUGGAUUUUUACUGUCUCAAUCACUGCAGUUGUUUGUAAUUUCUGAAGUUGAAAUACGAGCUCUUGAUUGGACAUGCAUGUAAAGAACUAUGUUAAAAGAGUUUGGAGCGGAAGAGGCUCGUCAACCACUUUCCUCUGUCACAUUUUGCACAUGGUGAACUUGAAGGUCUUGGCGCACAUUGGGUGGUGGCUGUGCUCACUGACUCAUGUGGCGCCCAGUGUCUGAAACUUUCGUCAAACGUCUGGCACAUGGUGUGUGUGUGUCACUGAGGCCUGUGACGCUGGUGGCUCUCAAUUCCCCAGAGGCUGCUGAUUGGUCGUGAGGAAGAUGAGGCACAGGUAAAGGCCAAUCUCUGGACCUUGAGAGGGAAACAACACAGUGUGAGCAACACUGCUACCAAAUGGCUCCAACUAAGUUGUUAAGAUCACCCUUACAAUACCUUGCACUUGCGUCAUUGCUGAGUGGAAAUGUCUUAUUAUUGCCAGCUCAUCUAAAAUAAUCAACAGGAUGAAAGUUCAACAUUACUCACGAAUAAGAGAAAGUUUUCUAUCAUUUCCAUUCAUCCACUUUUGGAAGCAUUCUUUUUUGAAGAAUCCACUUGUGAUUACUGCCUCACAUUUGAGCCUCAUUUCUUUUUGGAAAUUUGUCCGUAGAGUUCUCAGAAGUUGGUCUCAAAGCAAGAUGGAAUAAAUUAAGACUCGCGUUUAUCAGAGAAGUAUCACUGAAGUCAACAUCCCCUUUGUUUCAAGAAUGCAAAUGAGAGAGAAGAGACCAAACAAAGAGAAUAAAGCCACACUCAAGGGCAGAGAAAUGUCAUCAGAAAUGACAUCCCCUGAGGUUUCAAACUAGCUGCAUAUUUACAAAUGAAUCACUACAACACAAGAUGAGUCAUGGAGUGAUGGGGAAUAAAAUGGUCAUAAUUUUCUACGGCUUAGUCAUGUCCAGUGAGCACGGUGUAUGAAGAGAGGGUACAGGUGUGACAAGAACCAGAUGACACAGUGUUAACAAUGAGAACAUCCCCACCCCAUCAAAACAGUUGAAGUCAGUCUCUCACUAGGAUUGUUGUUUUCACACAACUCUGACAGCUGCCUGUGAUAUGACGCCAGCAUGGCCCUUUGAAAAGGAACGUUUUGAGCGGGUCAUGAAUGAGGGCUGCCGCAGUGUGCGAUCUUCGAUCUGGAUGUUUGAUAUCUGAUGACUGAUUGUCCCAGUCAGUAAGAGUCAUAAUAGGAUGUGUUGUGUCCUCCCUCUGGUGAUUUGGUUCUUCUCAAUGUAAGGAAAGGCCGAUACUCACGACAGGAGUGAUGCUGUGCGUAACACUGCACAGCAUGUCUCUGUUGCGUCGGCUUACCCUUUGUAUUCAUACAUACCUCAUAGCUGCAGGCCGUGCUUAAUCAUCAUGAGGGCAGGCUGUGAGCUGUAACCUCUCUUAGUCUGACCAUCUAGAUUAAAUCUUCAGUAGUAAGCACUGAGAGCCACCAGACAAUCAGUAACAGUUUGCUGCAGCCCUGUCAAAUCAUUCAGCAGAUGUCAGAAUCCCUCAGUGGUUUGUUUUUUUCUUUAGAGAGUUAAGUAAUGUUGCAAAUGUAGAAGCGUGCCAAAAUAAUCUUUCUUCUUCUCUCUGCAGAAUAAUAAUUAAGAGGACUUCCAAAAGGGCUCCUUGCCAGUCUUGUAAAGAUGAGGUCAUUGUGCAGUGUCAAAUAAUUUUUAUCAGCUAGAAAGCCAAAGAUCAGGACUAAUGCAAACCGCACAUUAAGUGCAGUCAGCGUUUCAAACAGACAGUCGUUUUCAGAUUCUGCUAAUUCCCCAUUAAAACUCUUCUCUGGGAUGACAAAUGAAGAAAAAUGGGCUCUGAACUUUCAAGGUCCAGCCGCUGCUUCGAUAUUUAUGGUGGAGGGUUCACACUAGACACAGCGUCAGCAGAAAGAAUGACAUACAAAGGUGAUACCUGGAGCAGGUGACCCGGGUUGAUUCAUCAAAUACAGCUGGUUCUUUCUCUAAAAUCUUAUCUGUGAUAUAUCAAACUACAUGUGCAGGUUUUCCUCCAACUCUGACUGUCUUUGCUCUCCGUGAUCGGACUUUCUCCUCAUGUGUGCUGAGUGUGCAGAUGAGGCUGACGGAGAUACUAAGAGGAAGAACAGGGGGAUGAACAGCAGGAAAGCAGACAGGCGGAGAGGCGGGCGGGGGGGUCAGGUGGCGUGACUUUUUACUCUGCGGCUCACUGACCUUGACAGUGGGGCCACAGCCAGCAACUCCGAUAGUUCACUCUGAUAGCUUCUCUCACUCUCUUUCUCCUUCUCCUUCACUCUCUUCACUCUCUACCUUCUCUUUUCUCUCCCUUUCUUUUCCUCCCAUCCUCUCUCUUACUCUCUUACUCUCCCAUCAUCUCUUUCUCGCUCCCUCUCUCUCUCCCUCUCUCUCUUACUCUCUCCCUCUGUGCUUGCUCUGUAAGCCCAGCCCAGUCAAAACGCACCACCACCUCUCUCUCUGCUGCAGCUCACCCCCUCUUACCUCACGUCUGCUCUUUUUCCAGACAAGCGGGUUUAAAAAGUCAACUGCAUAUUGAGCCGUCUAGACUGAAGCCGGUCAGCAACCAGCCCUCCCCAUCCCCCACUCCCCUCCACAGCCCCUGACUUGUGAGUUGCUGGCUACAGUGGAAAAACGGAUGAGGAGCAGGUGACCUUGCUGAGCUCUGUCCCUCAUUUGUAUCCAAGUGCAAAGCUGCUCUAUAGACGGAUUAUAUAAAUAUAUUGAGUGACGGGUCAAUGAAAGCUUGACUUGGUAUGGUCACAGAUGUGCACGUCCACUUCUCUUGGUGGUCAACUCCACUCCUGAAAUGAUGUUAUACACAUGAACCACAUGAAGACACAUGUCUGUAAUCUACUGUUUACAUACAAGCAGGAUAAAUCAGUGCAGCUUUUCUCACCUUUUACAUUUUACAAGGUGUUAGGUGUUUAAAUGAGGGAGCGCUCUCUCCAAAUAAAGUACAAAUGCCUGCACACAAGUCCACUUCCACUUCUACUGCUUGGUACUCUUUUGAUGUUUAGGUUUACGAGUAAUUUUCAACUUCCUGAUUGGGAUGCCAGUAGCAACCGGUUUACUUGACGCAUGCUUGUCAUAAUUGUAGUUCUUGUUGUUUCAGAGUACACAAACUAAGCGUCCAAUGAAAAUAUACGGUGUGAACCUGUGAAACAUCCAGAUCUCAUGCUAUACAAACACCAUAUCAAAAUAUAAGUGAAACAUCAAACCUGCUUGAGAACUGCAGGUGGGGUGUGUCACUGAACGACUCUGCCAAACUGGAGCUCUAUUUUUUUUUAGCAACAAUUUACACCCCCUGCUCCUUUAAGCUUUGCAGAUAAAUACGUUUUUUGGGGGUUCUCCUCUGUCAGUUUAAGAAGUGCACUACACGACACCUUCAUGUGACACCUCAAGAGAUGUCUCCUGCCAGCCAGUGACUCCUCCAUGUGCUGUAAGAUGACUCUGCUCAGUUCUCUAUCAGAAUAUUUAACUCCCUGCCUUUCAGUUUUGUCUUUCGCUCCAUCUUGUCUUUGCUCCUGAUUGUGUGAUUUCAUCCCUAAAUAAAGUAUGUUGAGAGAUGAGAUGCUUGAGUGCUCCAUCUUGUCAGUUUUGGGGUUCUCGUUAAUUCCUCUAACUUUAAAGCAAAGAUAUUCUUCAGGAAUUGUUGAAUCUCCCACAAUGAGUUUCCCACUCCACACAGCCUGUGAUCUUUGUAAAACCCUCUAUUAGUGAACAAGGACGAGUUUCUCAGUGUUGAGUGGAGAGUGAAUGACACCUCUGCAUUUUGCAUGUGGAACAAAGUGACUGUGUGGUUGUUGUAUCUUCUUACACUUUGUGAAACAAAGUCAAGUUACAGAAACGUUGUUUGUCUGUUAACACAGAUUGAAACAUUGAAAACAGGAAAGAGUUUGAGUGUGGGGCGACAUAUUUGGCAGAGAAACAUUGUUGUAUUACAAUGUGACCUUACUCAUGUCAGAGUUGUGUCCAGAUGUUUUUUCUGGUUAAUAUAUCUCUGACUCUUUGAGUCACUUUUAGGGACUCUGGACAUAGAUAAUCUUGGCGACCAUUUCUCUCUGCAUGUGUAAAGUUUGAGUGUUUGCACAUGAAUGGACUGAAGGUCCUCAGUGUCAAAGGAGAUCUUACAGUCACCUACUCAGUGUGUCAUCCAUCCCACCUUGUGAGGCCUGUGCUGGGAAAGCACUGAGGCAGUCCAUAUUGAUUACCCUCAAGAGAAUGUGCGCCAAACCCUUGAAGCUCAAUAUGUGAAGCUACUUAAAAACAGUGAGUGUCUUUGAUGGUUUAUCUCUCCUACAUCUUUGUAUAUCCAUCCCUCCGCCCACCUUCAUCUCCGCUUUCUUUCCCUUUCCCACCCAUACAGCCUUUCUCAUCCUGUCAUCCCUGGGCUGGUGGUCUGUCCCUCGGGGAGGUUAAGGGGCACCGUGGGUGAGAGGGAAGUCGGCAGGUUGUGCGGGCAACGUGCUCCCCUUUUCCCACAGCCUACGUCAAAUGCUACUGAACCCUGACCUCAGUGGGUCCUCACUCUCAAAAUCACUGUGGAGCACAAUUCAACUAGCCAGACCCCAUUCAGGACUGGGCUCUCCAUUGGAGGAGAAAAGAACCCUCCCAAACCAAUUGUGGUCAGUGCCCUGCCUUUGUCUGCUGGUCAAGCAGGGUCGGACGACCGGCCGCCACUAGCCAGGACAAGACUUCCGAAAAGCCUAUUCAGCAUGUGAUUUGACCCCAGGUUCCAUUGCUGACUCACAGGGAUCAAACGCUGGAAAUCUCUGGGGGUUCUCCUCCAUGGAGGUUUUCAUCUAUUGAAAGUUUCCCUUUUGACAAAACUCAAAAUGACUAAUGAUUUUUUCUAAAGGCUUCCCUGAUGGUAUAACAAUGUUUUACACAUGUGGGACUCCUGGAAAAGUUCAAUCCAGGCUCUUCAGAGGCUGACCAGAACUUCUCUGUUGGUCUCCUUUGUUCUCCCCCCGUUAAAUACCUAAAUAUUUUUGAAUUGACGCACAAUUAACUGAAUAAGGAGUGCAGAUGUACUCCACAGUUAUAGUCUUAACAUAUCAGGCGAUGCUGAACCUGGAGCUGCAUUUGCUGUACAUUCCUGAAAUCAUGAUAGUCAUUAAAUGCAGGUCUUCAGGAUCAUAAUGAACACACUGUAUGUUCUGAACAACUUUGUCAUCAACUUUAUAGGCUGAGCUCUGAAGGCAAUGCUGCUGCCGACACACUCACACCAUGAAUGGACUUCAAAAUAGCCAAGUCAUUGGAGUGUUAUUUUUUUUCAUGAGAGAAGUGAAACACUGAUACAGAUGUCCCGUGUCUAGUAAAAGUGCCCCUGUAUGCAUGCACUACAUAAACUAAGAGCGAAACAAUGAAUUCAUUGUAUUUUUUUCUUUAUCGUGAGUUUGUAUGUUUUCCGUUUUGGAGUUUUACCCCAUUUUUUGUUUUUGUUGUUGUUGUAGACUGUUAGAAACUUCUGUGAGUAAUUUAAAGAACACAUACACAAACACACACAGGCACAAACAUGUCAAACCUUUUCAAGAUGUGGUCGUGAGUACAAACAGAAAAAUCAGGAACUCUGAAUUUCAAAUAUGAGAGUGUGUGAAGGGAAAGAGGGAUAUGUGUGUGUAAGUGUGUGUGCAGACUCCAACUUGACGCAUGGUUAAAAUCUUUGCAGAAGGAGAGCACUUUGAUAGAAAUGCCGCGUGCUGUGUGCUAAAGCUGGGGCCUGCUGCAGCUUUAAGCUGGUCAACUGUCAGGACUGCAGCGUGAAAGGGGGGCCCCAGAGUGAAAGGGGUGGAGGAUCCCAAUAGGGGGGGGUCCUGCAGGAGGAGGGGUGGCUUGUGAUGGACCUCCUGGGCUUUGAGGGCCCUCUGUGUGGGCUGCUACAGCAAGGCGGCUCUUUUCACAAGAAGCUCAGAGAGUGGGAGGGCGGGCUGGAGGGAAGGUGCUGGCGCAUUGGCCCUUGCAGCAGGGAGCGCGGGCAGGAUGCCAGCUCACCCGUUCAAGUCUCACAGACCAGAUGUUCCUUGUCAGGGAGCUCUUGGCCUUUAAUAAAUUGAGUUACUGUAAAUCUGUAAUAAAGCAAGGCAAACAUGGGCACCCCAGCUCCCCCACUCCACACACAGCCCUGAUAUUCUCCCCUCACAGACUUUCUUAGUGUCCUGCUGCAGGUCAGCCCCUGGUGAAGGGGCCAUGUUCCAGCUACUGAACCUGCCAAUUACUCCCCAACCGACAUAAGAGGACGGAUGUUUUUCUUCUCCUUCGCCUCAAGCUUUCACUCUAACCACAGAGAAUCAUUUUUAUCCCUGUAGACUGUACCAUGACCAGGUUUCUGACCUGUAACCCUUGAUCUCCUUCAGGGACCUGAACCAAAGAGAAAUGGUUUUGAGAUGUUAUGAUGUAACAGAGAAUCAAAGCUCAGGAAAACCAUGUCAACUAAGUUUGCCUUUCCUACAAACCCAAAACUGAGGGUCCGGUUGCAUAACUGAUCUUGAGUCAGAGUCUGUUCCCAGUAGAGAUAGAAAUCUGGUUGAAACCUUACCGCCGUACUGAUUAGAAUGUAAGCAGCAUAUUAAGAUAAUAUCAUCAUCCUAUGAGUCUGCUCAUUACCGACUUAUCACCAGUGUUUCAGGUUGUUUGUGCUCUGCAAACACACACUGCAUCUGUUGUUGUCACUAUCAGGCUGAAGGGUACGGGUCAUUUCUCCAGGUAACGGCAGCCAGUGUUUUUGGAAGUCAUCUGAUCUGCUGCUAGAAAAAUAAAAAUAAAUGCCUCUGUGCAAGUGAAAGGGCUGGGAAGAAUGUUCCCUGCACAGCCUUACUGAGAUUUACAGCACCUCCGGGGACGGCUCUGAUCUGGCAGUGGUCAGUUGGCUUUGAAGGGAAGUGCACCGGGAGUGAAUCACUUUGAACCUGUGCUGAGCUGAGCCUAAGGGAGACCCACGGUCCCACCUGAGUGGAACAGGACAGUAAAUCUAAAGGCAGCUCAGUUUUUGCACCAUGACAUAAGGACUUAAGUCUUAAUUUGUUGCCUGUUGAAACCCCUGGUCCAACAACUCUACAGCUAUGGCCUGGUUCCAGGGUGGCCUUAACGCUUUUACGUGCUGGCUCGGUCUGGAUCGUUUCUACAGAAAAAGAAGGACUAAACUCAAAGUCCAUAUCUUUCUGUUUUCCCCAAUCCCCUCCUCGGAUGCGUGGAUUUAACAGUUCCUCUAUUUCAUUUGUCGAGAUCACUUCGCUUCUUUCCUCUUUCUUCAAAGAUUGCAAUCAUAAUCUGUAAUUUAUACUCGUUGGAAACAAAGUUAGUAGUGUCAUGUGCCUCAUCUUCAGCUGAUACUUUCACUUAACAGCUGAUCAGGUCAUUAUCUACCUUUGGAAAAGCUCGGGGACUGUAAUCCCUUCAGAUGGGAGACUGUGGGUCUAUUGCCCAAGGUGUUACAGCCAGGCUUAAAUAGGCUUUAGGUUUACUGGCAGACCAGUAGGUUGUCUCACUUGACACCUCCCACAGUUUGUGGUGCAAUGUUUGUUUUUUCACAGGCUUCCCAAGUGUGUUCCUCUUUGGGACCUCCAGGCUUUCUCAUGUCUUUAAGGCUCUUUAGGUGAGCCGGAAAAGCAAACAAAGACAUAUCUAUUAUAUGGUAAGUGGAUCCCCCAUUACCCUUCCAUUUCAGUGCCGUCGCCAGUGUGGGCCACUUUCCAAGUGACUGAUAUUUUCACAGGGGCCAGCAUGUCAAGGGAAGGUGUAAUUGAUUGUCUUGGAUAUUUGAGUAUGCCACUUUCCCCGGUUCACAGACCUCCUAAUGCUUCCCUCUCCAGCUCUCCAGCUAGCUUGUGUGGCGAGGAUUUGACACAUGACAGAGAAGCGGGAUAGACAUGUGGUGAUGGUAUAUCAUAGGACAAGGGCAUUGGAGGCCAUAACUUCCCUUGAGCAGCUGAGACCGUUUUUCAGCCAGUAAUAUAGGAAAUGUCCAUCAUAAAUGUCAAAUGUUUUUCUAUAUUAAAAAGAUGUAUGCCGCCUCCUGCUGCCUUUACCGCUGGUCAUUUCAUGCACACAUGUUCCCAAGUAGCUUUUGAACGGAUGUUAUUUCUGCUGAAAAAGGAUCCCUGCUGAAAUUUAUCCAAAGGAAAACCUCAAGGCUGAAUUCACCAGGUCCUGUCCGAGUUUAUUGAGUAAAGCUCCUCUUGCGCCCCAGACAGGUUUUGAUAGCUGCCUGCAGGAAGGCAGUGUUUGGAGGAGAACUUAUCUGUUUAGGUGAGUCUCUUUAUCAGCUUGUGUUUAGGUUUGGGCUUCUCUAAACAUGACUGAGAGGCAAACCCCUCUCAAGUGAAUGUUUCCUGUUCUUCCUUUUAUGAUCUAAUUACUUAAACAGGAAGAGAUUAUUAGUAUUAUUUGAUAUUAUUGAAUUUGCUUUUCAAUAUUUUUCUCAGACUUUUGGAACCAGAGGCACUUCCAAGAGCCAGACUGAACAAAAAAAAAAAAAAAAAAACUUGCUCUAGAUGAGAAAUUGAGAGUUGACAGUGCAGGUCAUUUAACUUUCUUUUACGAUACUGAUCUGCUGUCGGGAGUCGUGCCAAAAAACCUGCGUCUGUACCAUCUGGCUUUCCUGUUAACUUCUGUGAGAGUGCUACAACUUUGACUGUAGAUUUCCAAAUACCUGUAUAAAGGCGCAAGACCAGUCAACCGCAGCAAGUCUUACAAUCAGAUAAUCCCUAACACGGCUAUUAACUGUGUGCACCGUGUUGUCUUGGCCCUCUGCCACUGCACCCCUAAGAACGGCACUUACCCUGAGUAAAUCGAUGCAAACAAGUGAAGUUAAUGCCACAUGGAAAAAGACUCCCAUUCUGAAGUUGAUAAAUCACUGUUACAAACAUGACCCUGUUGCGUCAUAUUAGUCUGCAGGCUGGUGUUUCUCAGCUGCAUGGGUCUUGUAAGUGUCUAUGACAUUUUUCCAACUGAGUUACCGUAUUACUUUUUCAGUUUUAAAUCAAUGUUCCUUUAGUGUUAUCAAAAUACAGACUAUUUUAAGAAGAGGCUCUUUGUCCAAAGUUUGGAUCACGAUCUCUAUUUAUAUACGAUUAACACAGAGUCAGUGAUUUGAUUUGAUUUAUUUUGGAUCCACCAUUAGUUACAACAAGAUAUAGAGUAACUAUUUUUCCUGAGGUUGUAAUAUUAUUUUUCCAUUUUCCAUUUUGAACUUAGACAUGUACUUACAGACAUUACACUUACAUUAACACUCACACUGCACUUCAUUCAUACAGUAGCUCUUAUUCUCUCUUGAUCGUUGAAAAAUAAACAAAUACAUAAAGAAAGAAAGGGAAGAAGUGUAAUGGUCAUCUCUUUUUGGGAAAGUCCGGUCUUUCUGUUAACUGUACCAUUCACGCAUGGAUCCAAUAUGGACACCCAUAUAGUGUCCAGGAGGUGAACUGGACCCUCUCCUCCUUCCACUCUAUUCUGUAAUCUUUGCUGGACCUCACUGGGCCACCCUCCAAGUCCCAGUCCAGAUCCCUGCAAAAUGAUGUACUGCAAUACCAGCUGCUUUCUAGUUUUGACUCUUAGUUUUAUCUUUUAACCGAAACGCCACUGCAGAACAGUGGAUAUAAAUUUGUGAAGGAUAUAAAUUUGUCAGGGGCUUUUCUCACAUAUAUCCUCAGCAGCCAAGAUUAUACACCUCCAUGACUAGACUUGGCUUCAGGCAUUUUUCUCCUCUCUCUCUUUCUCUCCCUCUCAUACAGCCUGUCUUUCUUUUUUGUUGUUGUUGUUGCCUCUGUCUGCCUCUCUGGUCUGUUUAGUUGGUCAGGAGGCCAGAGCAGGGCCCGGACGACAGCAGACAGCUGCCAAAGCUCUUCUUAUUCGACCAGGAUAUCCUCUUGAUUUGACAUCAUGCCAGCAAUGACCAUCGAAUGUAGUAAUCUGGCAGACGGGUCAGGGAGCAGCUGGGUGCACGUGCCAUGCAUGCCAGUCCACUGUCUUAAGGAGCAUGAAGUUGGCUUGCCAGGUUUGGAGCUUAAGCUUAGCUGACUAGCUGUACAGCCUCUCCUUGCAGGCACUGGGUCACACCGGGUCAAACUUAAUGGCCUAUCAUUUAUGUAGCGACACCUCCUCAAGGUCUUUUAUUUUUCCAAGAAGUAAUGGCCGCAUUGUCUCUUUUAAUCAAGUUGUGAGAUUUUAGACAAAUGUUGGACAGAAUGAAGUCUUUCCAGGGGAAGCAAACGGUCUCGCUCUCCAAGUUUAUUUUGGUUUCUGUCCCAUAAAUAUCUCCGAUACUGCCUUCUUAUGGAAAGCAAACUUGAACACUGGAUCUUUUUCAUCUUUUUAAUCUUCAAAUCAAAGUUUUUCAAUCCAAUUAUUUUCAUUCACAUGGUUAAAAUUCUUUUAUUCUGCAUUUCUCAACAGCUUCUAAGUUCAUGUGAACAAUUUAAAACUUUUUUUUUAGUGUCUGGAUAUUGGAAUUGAUUGCAAUUUAUUGCUCUUUUAUAAAAAAAGGUUGAAGUAAAUGCUGCUCUGCUACACCACUGCGGUCUGAAACUGAAGUUCGAGAUAGGAGACAGCUUCAGAGUGAUUCACACAACGGCCUGUGACAGUACACACACUCUGCCAGCUUUCAGGACAUCAGUCUGAUUAGCUUCACUUGUGUUCUUAGCUUGAAGUUAGUUAUUUGACCCAAAAUGCAUUUUACUCAAGCUGUGGAGGCUAAAAUACAGUGUGCCAAAUGGGACAAAAUAGCACACACAAGUAAACUAAAUCAAAACGCACUGAAUUUACAGUAACACCAUCUUUGACUUUGUUGCAGCAUGUGUCUCAUCCUGUCAUCCUUCAAAGUCUAAAUGUCAGUUCUACUGGUGUAUAAAAUGUUAAACCCCAAAUUAAACCUCAUUCUGUAAAGCAUUUGUUUCCUUUGGGAGGAAGAUUGACUGGUAGUAAUUGGUCGUGGUUUGGCUUUCAGAAAGAACGCAACAUAUCCGAGAUGUCUGCCAACAUGUCAAAAAGUGUGUGCAAAUCGUAUAUUUAUCAGUUUUUCUUUUUAUAAAAUAAGACACUAACGAUAUAACUGUAUAUUUACAAUUUCUAUAAAAUGAUGUAAAGAAAAUGAAUGUAAAUUCCAGCCCAUUUAUUCGUCUCACCAGAAGAGUUCUACUUUUUCUAAAUGUCUUUUCUGCAACGUGACCGGGUUUCAACAGUUAGGCUACAGUUUACACACACACACAGAUGCACACAGGUGAUUAUGGAUUUUUUGACACCCUUCUGCAUGUAUAAGCCGCUUUCUCCCAUGCACAAGGCGAGGCCCCAGGUCUGUAUGACCUAGAAGAAGCUAGACUGGGUGACCCACUGGUCAUCCAAGGAGCCAUCUGGCAACCCAUGUCUUGUGUGGCUUACCCUUCCCACUGCCUCACGCAAUUCCUUAAGCAAGCAUAAGUGCGCUUAGGAGGACUUAAUCUCAGGGAAACUGGUUUGGGCCACACUGUCGACUGCCAGUGUGGAUGCACCCGUCUGUUCCUGCAGGUCAUGGGGUUCUUUCAGUCAUGUAACACCGAGACAGUGUUUUUGGCCAUGGAUCCUGGCUGCCUGUUGUUGUGCAUCUAAAAUCUCUAGGGUGGAUGUAGCCCCUCAGAAGGUGUUCAUACCAACUCGGUAUUAAAUAAAUGGAGGAUCCUUUGGUAUUUCAGGACUGUGCGACUGCAACGCUGCUCUGAAAACCUGAUAAGUCAUGUGGUAUCAGGUUUCUGGGAUUAGUUGUCUGAUGUUACAAACGAUUGCGGGUAUUCAACGCGCUGAGAUGCGCGGUAAUGUUCAGUUGGCCUGAGAGGGAAGGAGGAGAAGUGAGAGAAGCUUGAGCUUGUCUGCACUUGCACAGAGGUCACUGCUGCCCUUUUGACUGUCUGCCAGUGCAGGGGCUAGAGUCUUCCAGAAGAGGGCCUUGGCUACAGGCAGACAAGUGAGCCAGCCAGCCAGACAGGCAGCCAGCCGCAACGUCUGCAGUCCAGGUCUGGGGCUAGAGCCUGGGCUAGGGCAGCUCGAGUUACCCAGACAGAUUUGUUAACACUGUUUGGGUCCACUCGGCUUUCUAGCCAGGCCUCUGAGCCAAACGCGGCUGAGGUGACUUAAUCUGUCAUUAAACUCACAUUACACCCGGACAGAGACUCGGCUCAGGGGCAGAGACAGCGCUCGCUCUCCCACUCACUGGCAUGGCUGGCUGGAUUUGAGCAGACACAAAGAAUACCCCCACCUUCCCCCCUCCUUCUCCUCCUCCUCCUCCUCCUCCUCCUCCUCCCUAUCCUCUUCAUGCCACACACCAUGGCACAGCUAGACAGCCCAGCACGGUCUAGACAAAAGCAAUUUCACUUGAAGUUGAAAAGUCAUUUGACUGUGUGACAGGCACCUGUGUGGCUCUGGUGGCAUUUACAGACUGCUUUUGUUUUUUUUCUUUUCUUCUUGUAUUGGAAAAGAAAUCUCUGGUCAUGAAAAGAGCUGCUCAGACACUGACAUGAUAAAACAUCAGCAGAAAUAUAUACAAAUGCUGCAUGGAUACUAGACAUGUUGUGAUGUUUGUUUUUCUGUGGUGUGUACUGUCAAAAAUGGCUUCCCAGGUCUGCAGAGACUAAUAGUCCUCCUUCCAGUGUACAUCUUUGAACAGAGAGUGGGUGUAAAAUCCAGAUCAAACUUCUCAAAGUGACUGAAACUAAACUGAACAUCUCUGAAGAAACCGCAUUUCCUUGAAACUUGAAAAGUUUGUUGCCUUAUUUUGUUUUAUUUUGUCAGCUCCAAAGACCAAAACGAUCAAACUCAGCUCUAAGGGACUACAUAAUCAGUCCCUGUUGUACUUUUAUUACACCAGUGACACUGUUAAUAUUCAGAUGUCCUCCUCAGAGCUGCUGACAGGUCAUAUUCUCCUCUGUGAAUUCUUCAAUGGCCGUCAGACAAACAGGAGGAGAUGGCUGGACUUCGUUCUCAUGGCCCAAACUAAAUUGCUUCCAUUAGACUCGUCUUCAAAAUGUCAGAAUCCCUAACAACCUGCAGGACCCUCAGUUGGAGGUCUAAGUCAUUGUUUCCCUCGGCUCAUAUAUAUAUAUUUUUUUUUUAACCCAACAGCUGGUUCUUGUUCUACUGCCAACCUCACCGCACCCCCACUGUCAUGAGCCGCAGACAGCGAGCAUAUGAACUUUAUGAUUAACUGUGCCAAACCAGCACGGCCAGAUUUGUCAAAGAAGGCGCACGCAUCAUUUUAUUAAAUACCAUCUGACUAUUACACAGGAUUCAUUUGUUUAUUCCUCAAUCUUGGGAACAUGCAGCAGCACUGUGUUAGUAACAAUGUGAAGAGAACACAUUGUGCAUGUAAUUAAAGUAAAGAUACAAAGGGUACUUUCUCUUUUAUGACCUCUGUUCCCUGAAGACACACUUGAGGGAAAAAAUAAAACUUCAAUCAGCUUCUUAAUCACAAAGUAACAUGUACUGUACUUUGUUUUCUCACAUCUGAAACGUUUUAUUCAAUUCUCUGAUGUGUGUGUGAUUGCUGUUCAUUACACAUGUUGCAAUAAAGGAGAUACAACUGUUCAUUUUUAUGGUAAUAAGAUAUUACAAGCACACCUUUUGAAGUGCAACUGUUUGAUUUGACAUUUGACAGGUUUCUAAACCCGGCUUUGUUGACUGAUCACACGCUGUUUGUCUCCACAGAUUAAGAAGUACUUUGAGCUGGAGCCGCUGGCCCGAGGGAAGCGCUGGAUCCUGGAGGGGAGCUCCACUGACAACAUGGAGGCCGUGAAGGAGACCUUUGGCCAGUUUAUAGGUCUUCUGGAGGACAAAGACACAGAGCCUGCAAGGAUAUGAUGCUAACGCUGCUAAUGCUAGGAGACAUUAGCGGCUAUGACAAAAAGAAAACAUGCCACGUGCUGCUGGUGCCCAUGUACACACACAUGCACAGACACACACAUGAACACAUGAGAUGAUAGAACAGAAGGAGUUGGCCUCUCUCUCCCUCUCCCUCUCUCUCUCUCUCUUUCUCUCUCUCUCUCUAUCCCUUUCUCCCCUUUGGAAGUAUAUUGUAUGUUAUCCACCUUUCACUGGGCUCUCAUUUACAAAUAGGAAAGAUUGUUCACAAUCAGUCAGCCACUACAACCUGACCGAGGGGAUCUGCCAGUAAAAGCAGCCGAUGUAAAGCAGUUUAUCCAGGAAAAUCGCUGAACUCCGCCAGAAAUGGAAAUCUUGUUUACUACUGUCUGUGCCAUUGGGAUUAAACCAGCGGCAUGUGGGACAUAUGGCAUUCCUUCAGUCAUCAUUGGACACUAACACACACACACAUACUGAGUGUUACACACACAAUAUCACACACAAAGUGAGCCCUAGGUUGUCUGUAGAUAUGUUUAACAUCUCCAGUAAUGACUUUACAGGCUGUGUGGGUGGGCACUCUUAACGUUUUCACAGAGAAGUACUGUAUGGCUGUCAGUGUGUGCUUCUCCUCUUGACCUGGUAACAACGAAUGUCGUUGUGUGAUUGGAGUGUGUAGUGCAAAGCCUUGUGUUAUGUACGGUAGUUACAUAUCUAUUCUGAAUAGUGUAGUCUGAGUAUCUCAUGGAGUAUUAUGUACAUGCAAAGAAGAAUACUGCUGUGUACCCUCCUGUGCAGCCAUACACCAGUACAACUAAUCAUGUGACUAUAAGUGCUUACUUUACUGAGACGUGAGGUGGGAACAAGUCUGAAUGCUUUUAUAAAUGUGCAACUUAGGAUCAAUUUUAUAGCUCUGUAUGUUAACCUUGUAGAGCUGUGUUCAGAUUUUUAUAUAUAUCACACCUCAUUUAUGAAUUCUUUCAAAUUCAAAGUGAAAAAAAAAAAAGAAAAAUCAAAACAAAUGAAUGAUUGACAGGGCUCAGUGCAGCCACAAUGAGGACAAAUGUGAUGGUGGAUUUAGUUUCCUUUCAGUGUUAAGCAAAUGUCAUGUUUGUUUGUUUUUGUUUUCUACAUUUUUAUUGUAUUUCCUUUUUGUUUUGUUGUUUUUUUUUUCUUUUCAAACUGAGAUAAUCCCUCUCUGUCCCAGCGAGCAGCUCCAGUCUCCCAUCAGGGUGGAAUACAAACUCUAUCAAUCAGCCACGGCAACAGCUGCAUCUGACAAGUCCCUGUCCGACACCCUAAUGCCUUCCAACUGUCUGUGAAGACCCCUCCCUGUCUGCUGUUUAUCGUGGACCCCCACACCACCCCACUCUGCCCCCCCCUCCACAGCAGCUCCACUACUCAUCCCCAUUCCUGCUCGGUGGGGUUUUCAUCAUGUGGACCGCACACCUUUAAAUGGAGGGGUAUUGAUCUGACACAGGUUUAUUAAUGAAGGUCGUUCACACGCCACCUCUCUCUGUGCUUUGUAUUUUUAAUGUUGUUGUUUUGUUCUCAGUUUCGUCCGUUUUUUAGCCACUCUGUAUACCUGAUCAGAUCUGUCAGGUAGCUUUUAUCAGUCUGGGAGGGCCUGUGUUCAGCCACCUGAAUGCAAAACAAAUCUGUGGACGAGGGAUUAUACAAAUGUCCGACUUUGCAUAUCAUCUGCCCACACUUUCACUGAAGUCUGUUUUCUUUUUUUGAACAUUUGUUUGUUUUUUCCAAUCAAGCUUUUUGUCUAAUACGGCAAUUAAAGUUUUAAAAAACUGAAA